CACACAGCUCGCUCUGCCUGUGUUGUGCUUUGAAAGCCGCGCUCCCUGUGCCGGUGCGAUCACUGAGUGACAGGCGCUGCUGCUGGUGGUGCUUCAAUCCCAACAAGCACAGCGAGCCCCCGGCUCUGAGACCUCACUGCACUGCAGCCGUCCUGCCCCCAGUACCUCCAUCAACCCCUGCAACCACCAGCCUCCCCUACUCCCAGUACUCCCAGCCUCCCCCAAUCCCUGUACCUCUAGCCUCCCCUGCUCCCAGGACCACAAGCGUCCCCCACUCCCAGUACCUCCAGCCUCUCCUGCUCCUAGAACCACCAGGGUCCCCCACUCCCAGUACUUCCAGCCUCCCCCACUCCCAGUACCUCCAGCCUCUCCUGCUCCUAGUACCACCAGCCUCCCCCACUCCAAGUACCUAAAGCUUCCCCUGCUGCCAGUACCACCAGCCUCUCCCACUCCCAGUACCUCCAGCCUCCCCUGCCCCCACUACUUCCAGAAUUCCUGCUCCCAGUACCACCAGACUCCUCUGCUUCCAGUAUAUCCAGCCUCCCUUCUCCCAAUACUCCAACCUCCCCUGCUCCCAGUACCUCCACCCCCACUCCCAGUACCUCCAGCCUCUCCUGCUCCCAGUACCACAUCAGCAGCAGUAAGUAACCGGGUGCCUUUAGGCACUACUUUAUCUUCUAGCUAAGAUUUGCUGUUUUGUUUUCUGUUUAGAUUUGGAUAUAUUAUAUGCAUAAUGUAGCUAUGCCAAUCUGUUCUGCAAUGGUUUUUACAGUUUGCAAUUAUGCAACAUUUAAUUUAUAUUAAUUUAAGCAUUUAAUUAAAAUAAUGGACCAUGCUCUUGCAACAAAUAUGGAUCCCUGCCUGGCACUUCAUUUAUUUUUUUUGUUUUGUUUUGUUGCAUUGCAUGUCUUUUCAACACAGUACAUAAUGCAUUGACAUUAAUAAAUUACAGAAAUAUUUUGUAAAUAGCUGAUUAAAGUUAGUGAACUAUUUGGAAUGUUUGUACUCUGUGCAUCACCCCUGCCUGUGAUUUACAAACAUGACUCCCAAGUUCUUUACUGUGGCAUUGUCCUGGCAUAUAAUUCCCAUGUUGAUUUAUGUCAGUGCACUUCCUGCCCCUUGUAACUGCUUGGAUUGCAGAGUACUUACAUUUCUUCCUUUCUUGGGUAUACUGUUGCACUGAAUAUUUUGUUUGUCGUUUUACAAAAUGCAGCUACUUUUGUUUAACUAGAUAUAAUGUAAGAUUAAUAUCAUUAUGGAUAAGUCAGAUGAACCUGUCUUUAGCUCAUAAUGUGCUAGAACAGUUAUUUGUUUACUUUCUUUGUCUUUUAGCAAUUUGUAUGCUUGUAGACUGGCAGUUUUGUUGAAUAAAUGAUCUUUUUUACUAUUGUCUUUAUACAGAGUGAUCCUGAACAUACAGUAAGUGCAAAGCGUCCACUUGGAGUUUACGCCAAAGACAACUAAAAUCCUUCACCAUGAUUUCUGCAGCACAAGAAUGGCUUAAAGUGGCCGUCUUGCUAUUUAUAGCCCAAACAGUUGCUGCAAUGGUUAUUCCAAAUACCACACAUUUAGAAGGCCUUCUGGAGAAGUAUUUGGAUGAAGAUGGUGAGUGGUGGGUUGCAAAACAGAGAGGAAAACGAGCCAUAAUCGAGAGUGAUAUGAAGUUAAUCUUGGAUCUCCAUAAUAAAUUAAGAGGCGAAGUUUAUCCCCCAGCUUCCAACAUGGAGUUUAUGGUAAGAAUAACUAUGGGGAAAAGCUAAUGCACCUUUCAGGAUUCGAAUGUUUAUCUAAGAUCAGUUUAGAAUUAAAUACAUAAUAAGAUGAGUGUUUGUACAAUUCCACAACAGCCAUAGUAACCGUAAACUCACACAUCAGAAUUCUUGAACUCUUUCCCUUUGAGCUGUGUUUGUCUGUGCAUAUCACCAUGCUUUUGCACAAAAUUCUCUUUUUUUUCAAUGUCCAUGAUGUCAGUUGGCACUCGUCAUCUUGUACCAAAUGUUGCCAACUGUGUCUGUUCCAGAUAUUGGACAGGUUGUUAAUUUCUGUACAUAUUACACUAAUGAAUUAUACCAGUAUUCUACAGUCCAUUCAUUUAUCCAGGAGUUUGUUUUUUAGUUUUUUUUUGUUUUUUAUCCCGAAGCAUGUUAAAGACCGGUACUGCAUUGCAAACAUAUGCCCUAACGUGUCCAGAGUCCUCGCUACCUUUUUCUACACUUGGUUGCUGUUGAGGAGCUCUGCGCACAUUGAUCCACGCAGGUUCCUAUACAGUGUAUAAGCGCUAUGAUAUUUACAAUCCUCUGCGCAAAACAGAUGUACUGACCGUAACACAGCUGUUGUCUAGAGGUAAAGUUGUGUUUUUUUUUUUUUUUUUCUAAUAUGAAUUGUGCUUGGCAGUGCAGUGAUAAAGGUGAGAAAAGAACUUGCACCGAGUUUGUUGGUGGUAAAGGGGUUAUGCGUAAGAAAUUACAUUAGUUUGCUUGGUGUGGAUGUAUGAAUGGCAUUCAGCCAAAUGCAGGGGCGGACUGAGAACACUCAGGGCCCCCGGGCCCUUCAGGCCCCACCCACGUUCUGUCGCAAGCCCCACCCUUGUCCCACCUCCAUGCCCCUCCUCCAGCCACACCCUACACAAUCUUUAGACACAAGGAACAAAAGUGCAAUAUGUUCUAAACAAGUGUAAUUUAAUUAACGAAUGCAAAAACCAAACUGUGCAAAAUAAAUAACAAAUGCACAAAGACAAUUGCAUUACCAAUGAUAGACAAACCAAAACAAGUGCAUUACAAAAUCAUAAACAGACAAAGCCAAAAUCAUAAAUAGACAAACCAAAACAAGUGCAUUACAAAAUCAUAAAUAGACAAACCAAAACAAGUGCAUUACAAAAUCAUAAAUAGACAAACCAAAACAAGUGCAUUACAAAAUCACAGACAAACCAAAACAAGUGCAUUACAAAAUCAUAAAUAGACAAACCAAAACAAGUGCAUUACAAAAUCACAGACAAACCAAAACAAGUGCAUUACAAAAUCACAGACAAACCAAAACAAGUGCAUUACAAAAUCAUAAAUAGACAAAACCAGAGUAAUACAAAUCAUAAACAGACAAAACCAGAGCAAUACAAAUCAUAAACAGACAAAGCCAGAGUAUUACAAAUCAUAAAUAGAGAGCAGACGUGCCAACUCGAGCUCCAGUCCUUCUGAGAAAAACGACGAUUAAAGAAAGAAAAUCAAGCAUCAACCCACUGCAGAGGGAUAUUGGCACAGGGAUCAGUUAAAGGAUCACCACGGUGUCAGGAAAACAAACUCGUUUUACUGACACUAUAUAACCCUUAGGUUCCCCCUUCCGGUGUGCUAAAGGAGUUAAAACCCCUUCAGCCACUUACCUUUAUCCAGCGCCGGGGUCCCUCGUGGUGACCUCUCCACCCCCGCUGGCGUCAGCUCCCAAGUGGGGCGUAAUCCGCGGCAAGAGCACUAUUUUCGCAUCCAGUGUCACAGAAGCGCCUCUAGCAGCUGUCAGGAAGACAGCCACUAGAGGCUGGAUUAAUCCUGCAACGUAAACAUAGCAGUUUCUCUGAAACUGCUAGUUUUACAUUUGAUGGUUUAAAACCUAGGGGGCCAGGCACCCAGACCACUUCAUUGAGCUGAAGUGGUCUGGGUGAUUGUAGUGUCCCUUUAAGUAAAUAAAGGGUUUAUUUUGUAUGCAUUGAUGCAGACUAGCAUUCGGCCGAAUAGAAUACUGGAGUACUGGCGAAUGAGUUUUAAAAAUAUAUAUAUUUAAUAUAGUCAAAAAUAUUUUUUUUUAGAUAGAGAUAUAUAUAUAUAUAUAUAUAUAUAUAUAUUUAUUUUUAUUUUUUUAUUUAAAAAGGGUGCCCAAAAGGUAGAUUCCCAGAUGUUUUUAAACAACAGCUUAUACAAUGCUUUGCCAUUCUAAAAGCAUGCAAAGCAUCAUGGGAGUUGUAGUUCUACAACAUCUGGGUAGCUACCUUUCGUGCACUCCUGCUAUAAACUAUACAAAAUCCAGUACACUCACCCACGUUUUGAAAAAUAUAAUUGUUUUUUAAAAAACACAGGAAUGAAGCAAAAAUAGAGGUACUCUAGCUACAGUAUAUGAUCAUCUGCAUCAGCUUGUCACAAAGUCAAUGUGUCCCAUAAUGUAAGCACAUUUAAGAGAGUGCAGAUUCACGGUUUCAUAUAUAUGUGCUCCGUGAAUGUUAUAAGUGAUUUUAUAUAUUUUUUAUUUUUCUAACAAAAGUUACUAUAAUGCAUGGCUUGACAAAUUUGUUUGGAAUCUAGGAGUCAGCUAAAAAGUUAGCAGCCAGUCUUUUUAACCCCUUAAGGACACAUGACAUGUGUGACAUGUCAUGAUUCCCUUUUAUUCCAGAAGUUUGGUCCUCAAGGGGUUAAACGAACAAAGCUUCAUUUUAAAAAAUGAAAAACACAAUUCUUAAGGGGACACUAUAGUCAUCAGAACCACUGCAGCUUAAUGUAGUUGUUCUGGUAUCUGUAGCAUGUCCGUGCAGGAUUUUUAAUGUAAAGACUAUCUUUUCUGAGAAAAGACAGUGUUUACAUUGCUGUCUUGGGACACCUCUUGAUACCUCUGAUACCUAGGCCAAGUUGGCUCCUCUUACCUCAAUUACGGUUGCUGGUUGGCAGUCUGUGGCCGCGGCUGGCAGGCUGUGGGCUUGCUGGCUGUAGGCCUGUGGCCGGCUGCUGGCCUGUGGAUGGCUGUGGGCAGCUGGCCUGUGGGUGGCGGGCGGGCAGGCUGGCUGGCCUGUGGCGGGCGGCGGCGGCUGCCCUGUGGCGGGCGGGCGGCCUGUGGCUGGCUGGCUGGGGGGCCUGUGGUGGGCGGGCGGCGGCUGGCCUGGCUGGCUGGCUGGGGGGCCUGGGCCUCUGGCUGGCUGGCUGCUGGGGGGCCUGGGCCUCCUGGCUGGCUGGGGGGCCUGGGCUGGCUGGGGGGCCUGGGCCUCUGGCUGGCUGGCUGGGGGGCCUGGGCCUCUGGCUGGCUGGCUGGGGGGCCUGGGGAUGGCUGCCUGGGGGCCUGGGGCCUGUGGCUGGCUGGCUGGGGCUCGGGCCUCUGGCUGGCUGGCUGCUGGGGCUGGGCCUCUGGCUGGCUGGGCUGCUGGGGGGGGCCUGGGCCUCUGGCUGGCUGGCUGCUGGGGCCUGGCCUCUGGGCUGGCUGGCUGCUGGGGGGGCCUGGGCCUCUGGCUGGGCUGGGGCCUGGGCCCUCUGGCUGGCUAGGGGGGCCUGGGCCUCUGGCUGGCCAGGGGCCUGGGCCUCUGGCUGGCUGGGGCCUGGGCCUCUGGCUGGCUGGGGCCUGGGCCUCUGCUGGCUGGUUGGCUGGCUGCUGGGGCUCUGGGCCUCUGGCUGGCUGGCUGGCUGCUGGGGCCCGCCUCUGGCUGGCUGGCUUGCUGCUGGGGCUCUGGGCCUCUGGCUGGCUGGCUGGCUGCUGGGGCCUGGGCCUCGCUGGCUGGCUGGCUGGCUGCUGGGGGGCCUGGGCCUGGCUGGCUGGCUGGCUGCUGGGGGGCCUGGGCCUCUGGCUGGCUGGCUGGCUGCUGGGGGGCCUGGGCCUCUGGCUGGCUGGCUGGCUGCUGGGGGGCCUGGGCGCCUUGCCGACCUUGCUUGGCUGGCUGCUGGGAUCUGAAGACCUGCUGGGAUUCAAGUUAUUCGGGACAGCAUGGCUUCCGGUCCCGUGCAGGCGGCGCCCGUCGACGUCAUCGCGUCACGUAGUGACGUCGACGCACCUCCGCGCACAGGACCGGGCCCCUCCUCCUCCUAUAGAGGUAAGUAUGCUGCGCCAAGCCCGCCCCCCGAUCGCCUACAAAAUGAUUUUUGAAGUCCGUGCACAUUAUGUUAUGUGCACGGCAGCGGCGGGCCCCCUUGCCGGCCGGGCCCUCGGACCAUGUCCGAAGUGCCCGACCGGUCAGUCCGCCCCUGGCCAAAUGUAUAUCUGUAAAGCAGUGCUUAGCUAAUCUUGGCACAUUCGCCUACUCUACAGUAUUUAAUUGGAAGCUCAGAUAUCUUAGAUGACUGAGCAUCCUGGGAAAUGUGGUUCACAUAUAUUUGCAGUGCUGAUGUUAAGGAGGAAACGGUUAAGGAGGAGAAAAAAAGGAGUUCAUCUUAAUGGGGCUGCUUGGGCUGCUUACGGCACCACAGCAACUUCAUCUAAAUUAAAUGUUUAUGGUGCCAGGAGGUCCUCGAGCACACUCUCACCUUCAGUGGCUAAACCAUUCUUGAACAGUUUAAUGCCAAAGCUGCCUCUAGUGUCAGUCACUACUCCUCCCCCAGUCGGCAUCUGAAAUUUCAGUUUCAGGAAGCGCAGCGUGCCAUCAGGCAGAGGCAUCGCUGAUUGGCUGAGAGCGGUCAUAUGACGCUUUUAGCCAAUCAGUGAUUCCCCAUUCACAAAACUGGCUUGGAAAGAAACAUAUCUUUUCCAAACCAGUUAUGGUAAUGUGGAGAUUAGAUUAAAAGACCACUUUAGGCACCCAGACCACUUCAGCUUAAUGAAGUGGUCUGGGUGCCAGGUUCUUCUAGGGUUAACCCAUUUUUUUUAUAAACAUAGCAGUUUCAGAGAAACUGCUAUGUUUAUAAAUGGGUUAAUCCAGCCUCUAAAGCCUCUAGUGGCUGUCUCAUUGACAGCCGCUAGAGGCAUUUGCGUGCUUCUCACUGUGAAAAUCACAGUGAGAAGACGCCAGCGUCCAUAGGAAAACAUUAUGAAUGCUUUCCUAUGAGACUGGCUGAAUGUGCGCGCAGCUCCUGCCGCGCAUGCGCAUUCAGCCGAAGAGGAGGAGAAGAGGCGGAGAGGAGGAGGAGAGCUCCCUGCCCGGCGCUGGAGAAAGGUAAGAUUUUAACCACUUCCUUCACCCAGAGCCCGGUGGGAGGGGGACCCUAAGGGUGGGGGCACCCUCAGAGCCCUAUAGUGCCAGGAAAACGAGUAUGUUUUCCUGGCACUGUAGUGGUCCUUUAAGCUGUUUUGGUGCCUGGAGUAUUCAAUUUAAGAGUUUAUUCACUAAAUAUAAAACUGUAGUAAAAUUAUAACCAAACUACAGCAUUUAGGCCACAAUAACCAAGCUCUGACUAAAGCUGAGUUUUUUUUUUCAUAUCAGAUUCUUUUGACUAUAGUUGCAGUUUGGUUUUCAAUUCAUUACGAUUCACAAUUUAGUGUUACUGAAACAUAGGCAGUGCAAGAUGUGAGUAUUCCACUAUUCUGUCUUUAAAUUAAGGAACAGUCCAGGCACCAUAACAACUAGCUCAGGUCACUGGCUUACCUCAUUGGCUGAGAGUUUCAGCUGAUGAGCUAACCAAUGUGCCGGCUCAGGCAUGUCCGUUUCUCGGACCUUGCUAGUGGAGGCAGAAAGAGGCGUCCGGCAAACUCCAGAUAAGAGCAGAGCAUUCAAAGCAUUAAAAACUGUUUGACCCUUGUAAUGGGGGGGGGGGGGGGUACCAGAACACUCUUGGCACCAAAACCACUACACUGAGAUGAUGUGGUUAUGGUGUAUGGAGUGUUCCUACAAAAAGUCAUUUUAAGUUCUUUGUUAUUGUAUGUUUUUUUUUUUUAUACUGGCCUUAGUGUAUAUUUUGCUUUGCUAAAAAAACACAACUUUAUUUGAUAAUUAAACAUUCUUUCCUUCAUCAUCUGCAUAGCAGAACUGCAAAGUUUAACAUAAGAGUUUUUAUUGAAAACGAAAAACAUUUUACCUGCUUGUAUUUGGAAUCUAUUGUUCAGAGCUAUCCCACUGUGUUUUCUCGGAACUGUUUCUGUGUUUGAAUGCACAAUAUUCAAGAAACCUUAUCUGAAAUGUUAUGUAUCCAUUGACACAAGAGCCAAUUGAGCAGGUUCACAAAGUAGCCUAAGAUAUACCAGACUUGUCUGAGAUCAGUAAUCUGACCUGCAACCUGUGGAAACAGACUGAGGAAAGGGUUAGUGACCCCUAAGACGUCUAGUCUAUUUAUUUCCCUUCCAAACAAAUUACUUGCUGCUCUUUGCAUUUACACUGUGUUGUGUCUUAGUUUUGGCAUUUCACUUUCUAAUUUGAAGAUAAACUAAAAAAUCUAAUUUGUUGGUAAGGGACACAUUUCAGCUACUGGGCUCAGUAGUUUUGGCAGGUUGCACUAUGUUGUGGGAGUACGUUCGUAAGGGGAAUAACUAGCUGUAUGCUUCAUAUCCAUUGGUUUAUUUAUUAAACCAGGAACUCUGGUAAACUUAAACUGACUCCCUCCUUUAAAGUAAUACUGUAACCCCCCCCCCCACCCCCACCCAAAAAAAGUAUUUCAUAGAGAUUCUAUUUCAUAUAUAUUAAAUCUUUAUGAAAUACUAACUUUGACUGUGUUGGAAUUUCAGUAAAAUUCCAACCCAGUCAAGGAUCUACUCAGCAUAGUACUUUGUCUCUGUAUAUUUCCUACGCCUGACAUUUCUAGACACUGAGUGGAGCUACCACUGUCUAGAAGUGUCAGUCCCCUCUCAGCUAUCACCAUUGACCGCUGCAGGGAAUUGGCUCUGCUUGUGGAGGAUACUGUACUCUCUAUCCUCCAUAGACCGUGAUGCACCUCUCACGCAUCCCCUUCCCAGCCACCAAACCCCCACCAGUAGUUUUUACUUUAAGCUAAUAUAACAGAGUUGGGGGGAAAAAAACUCUGAAUUGGGAUAUUUUUUCAACUUGUCAAUUCUGGCUCUACAUCUUAUCACAAUUCAGUUAUGAGUGAACAUAUCUAUUUUCUCCUUCGCACACAUACUUUCCGUGUAUUUUUUCUUUAGCCACCUUUAAGUAGACCUCUUCCUUCCUUCCUUUUUUUUGUUUAAUGGAUUCUCAUUUGCCCCUAGGGUGAUUCAAAAUGACCAUUGGACCCCCAUAACUAUUUAUGUUCACUGAAUAGGUUGUGGUGCAAGAGGAAGCCCUGUUUCCUUGCACAUAUUUGCUUAUACAGUUGCAAGUAAAAGUAUGUGAACCCUUUUGGAAUGAUAUAGAUUUCUGCACAAAUUGGUCAUAAAAUGUGAUCUGAUCAUCAUCUAAGUCACAACAAUAGACAAUCACAGUCUGCUUAAACUAAUAACACACAAAGAAUGAAAUGUUGCCAUGUUUUUAUUGAACACACCAUGUAAACAUUCACAGUUCAGGUGGAAAAAGUAUGUGAACCCCUAGACUAAUGACAUCUCCAAGAGCUAAUUGGAGUGAGAUGUCAGCCAACUGGAGUCCAAUCAAUGAGAUGAGAUUGGAGGUGUUGGUUACAGCUGCCCUGCCCUAUAAAAAAAAACACACACCAGUUCUGGAUUUGCUUUUCACAAGAAGCAUUGCCUGAUGUGAAUGAUGCCUUGCAUAAAAGAGCUCUCAGAAGACCUACGAUUAAGAAUUGUUGACUUGCAUAAAGCUAGAAAGGGUUAUAAAAGUAUCUACAAAAGCCUUGCUGUUCAUCAGUCCACGGUAAGACAAAUUGUCUAUAAAUGGAGAAAGUUCAGCACUGUUGCUACUCUCCCUAGGAGUGGCCGUCCUGUAAAGAUGACUGCAAGAGCACAGCGCAGACUGCUCAAUGAGGUGAAGAAGAAUCCUAGAGUGUCAGCUAAAGACUUACAAAAGUCACUGGCAAAUGCUAACAUCCCUGUUAGCGAAUCUACAAUACGUAAAAAAUAAAUAAGAAUGGAUUUCAUGGGAAGAUACCACAGAGGAAGCCACUGCUGUCCAAACAAAACAUUGCUGCACGUUUACAGUUUGCACAAGAGCACCUGGAUGUUCCACAGCAGUACUGGCAAAAUAUUCUGUGGACAGAUGAAACCAAAGUUGAGUUGUUUGGAAGAAACACACAAGACUUUGUGUGGCGAAAAAAAGGCACAGCACACCAACAUCAAAACCUCAUCCCAAUUGUGAAGUAUGGUGGUGGGGGCAUCAUGGUUUGGGGCUGCUUUGCUGCAUCAGGGCCUGGACGGAUUGCUAUCAUCGAAGGAAAAAUGAAUUCCCAAGUUUAUCAAGACAUUUUGCAGGAUAACUUAAGGCCAUCUGUCUACCAGCUGAAGCUCAACAGACGAUGGGUGUUGCAACAGGACAAUGACCCAAAGCAUAGAAGUAAAUCAACAACAGAAUGGCUUAAACAGAAGAAAAUACUCCUUCUGAAGUGGCCCAGUCAGAGUCCUGACCUCAACCCGAUUGAGAUGCUGUGGCAUGACCUCAAGAAAGCGAUUCACACCAGACAUCCCAAGAAUAUUGCUGAACUGAAACAGUUCUGUAAAGAGGAAUGGUCAAGAAUUACUCCUGACCGUUGUGCACGUCUGAUCUGCAACUACAGGAAACGUUUGGUUGAAGUUAUUGCUGCCAAAGGAGGUUCAACCAGUUAUUAAAUCCAAGGGUUCACAUACUUUUUCCACCUGCACUGUGAAUGUUUACAUGGUGUGUUCAAUAAAAACAUGGCAACAUUUCAUUCUUUGUGUGUUAUUAGUUUAAGCAGACUGUGAUUGUCUAUUGUUGUGACUUAGAUGAUGAUCAGAUCACAUUUUAUGACCAAUUUGUGCAGAAAUCCAUAUCAUUCCAAAGGGUUCACAUACUUUUUCUUGCAACUGUAGCUGCCCUGCAUUGCAAACAUUGCAGUGGCUUUAACACUGCCCCUUUUCUAUGUGAUGUAAAAGGAAACAUGUAGGCUUCUUUAAUUGGCUGUACAAAUAUUUACACAGAGGUUGCAGUCCAUGUGUGUCUCCACCUCCCCUGUGUAAUUCUCUGAGACAGCUUGAGCUGCAGUUGUGCACAUUAAUUGUCAAUUGCUCAGAUGAUAAUGUGCACAGUCCCAUUUGCAAAACAUCAUAGCAACUUGCACUAGGCUUGUGAAUGGCAAGAAAUUUCGGUUCUGCUCAAUAAUUGUUUCUAAAGAUAGAAAAUGUUUUAGGCAUGCCUGAAAUGGUGCUGGAUGUUGGUUCAUCUGGGCCGUGUAUACAUUUGGGAGAACAGGAAAACUCUCAGCAGCGUUUCGACCUGCUAAGAGGCCUUUAUCAAGCUUGAUAAAGACCUCUUAGCAGGUCGAAACGUUGCUUUGUUGAUCCAAUAGACCUGCCUGUGUCUUGAAUUCUGUGAGUGCCUGGAGAUUUUUCCUGUUCUCUGUGAUACAUAUUCUGGAUUUGCUGGUCCUGCUUCGGUGUACAUGGAGUGCAGUUCUUAUUUUUUCGUUUAACAGUAUAUAAAUUUGGGAACUGAAUCAGAAGAACAAACAAAAAAUUUCUGAAAAUAGGUCAAUCCUUGUGUUGCAAAAAUAUAUGUAAUAUAAUAUAUAUUAUAUUAUGUAUAUAUUUUGCUACACAGAUACAAGCAUGUUCCUGCCUUCCUUGGUUCACAAAUCAAACAGAAAAACUAACUAAUAGAGGGGAAACUAGGAGGAGCGGUAAAAAAAGUCCAUAUUUAUAUUAUAUAGUUAUUAAAGAUUUACUAUAUAAAUACAAAUACUUCUCCUGUUUUUUCCUCUAUUGCUCACUUUUCACUUGCUCUGUGAACAAAAUCAACAUUUACUGGCUGUCCCUUAGCCAUCCAUCAUCUUUGUUUCCCAGCAAUCAUCGCCAUGGGCAGAAUUCAGAAUAUUGAUCCCGCCCGUAAACCUGUUCAGCAUUGCUCAGUUCGGUUAGUCCGUAAAUUGGGUAUAUUAUGACUCGGAAUUUGAAAUUCGGCCAAACGCCUUUGCUAAGUGAAAUGUUGCUGGGGGUUGAACUACAUAUCCCACCUAUCUUUUACUGGAAAGUGGAUUUGAAAAAGACUAGGCCCCAUGGAUCAUAAUGAGAGGGUCCUGUUUUCAGAUUUAGGAGAUAGAAGUGCCUUUGAGGGAGAGAUUUAGGUAAACCAAUCUUCCAUUCAGUUUCUCCUCCUUGCUGCUGUAGACCAAUAGAUGUCACAUCCUGGCCAAGUCUUUAAAAAAAUUUUUUUAUCAAAAAAUGACAGUGAUCAGCAGAAUGUUGGACCCCUACUUCGCAUUUCCGCUUUGAUCUAUGGUCACCUUUUUUGGGUUAUUUUUCCAUCAUUAUAUUGCGUUAUGUUCCAUUUUGUGUACUCUUGCCUUUGUCAUAUUGUACUUAUGUUCCAAUGUGUGUGUGUGUGUGUGUGUGUGUGUGUGUGUAUAUAUAUAUAUAUAUAUAUAUUUUUUUUUUUUUUGUCAUGUGACUUCCUUAUGACCAAAAAAAUCACAUGAUUUUAAUUUUCUGCUUAUCUUUCUCCACAAAUAUAUGGCUAUUUUAUCUUCCUUAUAAACACAUUUUAAUAUUAGCAGUAAAGUCAUCCCUUCAUCGUGUGUUUUAGACAGUAUUCACCUGUGAAUUCUUUUUAAUUUUUUUUUUUUUUAUAAUUUGCAGCAACCUAUAAAAGCAGUAGAUACCAGGACUCUUCAUACACUUUGAAAAUGUCCUAUUUACAGGCAAAAUACAUUGGUGUCUACUUUUUUUUUUCUUCUUGUUUUUUGUUUAUAAAAUGUUUCUAGUCUAUUUAUAUUGGACCUUCAUUUCACUUUGCUGCAUCCUACAAGAUACAUUAAUGGUAGGAAUUAAAGCCAUUUAGCUAACGUGGAUUAAGGAACCUAUAUUGCUCUUAAAGCUAUAAUAAGGUUUUCCUUCGUUUUACUCACCAUUAUACGCAGUGUGCACUAUAUAUGUGUCUCUUUCUUGCAUAUUCACACUGAAGAUACUUGAAGGAAUAUUAUGGAGUGUGACAAAAGCACCGUCACUGGGAUUUGGAGAGGCCUGCUUGCCAGCCUCUUGCCCUGUGACUAUGGCCCCUGGGAUGUGUUGCCAUUUAAACACUAUAUUUGGGCAUAUUGGAUUUUAACAUACUGUUUCUGCCCCUUUAACGGCACUUUAAUAUUGACAUUUGCACGAAUGGCCUCCGUUCGUCUAUUUGAACUACCGUUAACAUUGGAAAUAGACCAGCCGCACAGCCAAAUUCUCUGGAACUGUUUUGGGCAUGAAAUCAUGCAUGCGGUCAGUCAAAAGAGACUUCCAUGGAACUUUGGAAACCCUGCUCUGAUCUGGGUGAUUUUUGGAUAUGUUGUUCAUCCAGAUCAGGGCUAUCAGGGGAUAUCUUAUGUUUUGGGGUGUUUUCUAGACUUUGGGGAGAAUGUGUGAUUUUCUGCCUGUGGAUAAUUAGGUUAUUGUAUUAGCUGUUUUAAUUAGAUCACAGGCAGAGGAUUGUUUGCUGUAUGUGGGAGUGUCGGUCAUUACUACAGUGACUUAUUGGUUUGUAUUCUUUGUGUGCCUGUGUACCAUCAGGUCCAGGGGGGUGUGCCUCUGGCCUGAGAAACUGUAUAAAUUGUGAGUGCUUGCUGCCAUUAAACAGACCUGCUUACCCCUUCAUGAAGUCUUGGCUCAUGUUUGAGGGAUUGGAGACCUACACUCUGGGGAUUGCUAAAAUCACUAUACUCCCCAGAGUAUCAUCAUUAGCCCUUGUAAGAGCUGUUCUUGUUUCUGCUCUCUGGAUUUAGGAGAGGUUCACCCACUGUAAGCUGGAGCCCGGUCUUGGGUCAAUGGUGGGUGGAGGAUGGCGAAAUCCCAAACCAGGCUGCGGUGGUUCGUGGGUUUGGCGGUGGUUGUGGUGUCGAGUGCGGUGCUGAUGGUCCUUGGUGAGCACUAGGAGCAUAGGUCGACGGAGGCACCCAGUCGGGGUGGCAGGCGUUCCGUCACAUGGGGAAUUAAUGAAAUCAUAGUGGAGCCAUGCUGAGCGCUGAAAUAUGUGAGUGUAUAUACAUUAAUUUUAUUACUGUUACUUGUCCUUCAAGAACUUACUACACCAUAGAGUAGGAGUAGACACCCUAUUGUCAGAUGUCGUGAACUAUGUGACGGAACCUACCGCCAGUUUCGUCUGUUUUGCCCCAUUUCGCAUGUUUUUUUCCCUUUUCUGUUCGGGAGUUAUUGAAUACGAACCUCUUCCAUUCAUCUCCCGAAUAAGGACCACCCCUGUACCCCAUUAGAACGUUCACACCAGCAACUUAAGUGCAAAAUCGCAAGGGAAGUAAUUAAUGAAUGCUUCCCCUGGGUGGCCACAAUUUUGUAAAACCGAACACGUGGCAGACAAAAGCCAUUUUGUCCCGCACUCAGGGACUUGUAAAUAUCACUAAAACUUAACUUUUAAUGUUCAAAAUAAAUCAAAUCAAUGUUUCAGCCCCAUAUUUGGGAUUUCAUCAGUAUGGUAAAAAACAAAAAACAAAAAAAAAAUUUUGUUUUUUUGUUUGUUUUUUUUUACCAUCCUGGUGAAAGCCCAAAUAUGGGGCUGAAACAUUGAUUUGAUUUAUUUUGAACAUUAAAAGUUAAGUUUUAGUGAUAUUUACAAGUCCCUGAGUGCAGUCAUUCUCUGUUUUUCUAUCUAUCUAUCUAUAUAUAUAUAUAUAUAUAUAUAUAUAUAUAAUUAUGCGCGCGUACACACACACUUUACUCUCAUUUAAGGUUGUCAUUACGGGUACACUUUAAUGCAAGAACAUAGGAUUCCUGGAGACAUUAGGUGGCUUUUUGUUACAUAUGUGUUCACUUAUCCCAGUGCCUUCUACUGCAGAGUGAAGUAACGCUACUAAAUCACUGAGCACACAAAGAAGCUUUAAAAUCAUCAUCCUAUUUAAGCUUAAAGAGAAACUAUAGUGUGAGGAAAACAAACUUGUUUUCCUGAAACUAUAGCUUCUUCCUCUGAAAGGCCCCCCCUUUCCCCCAUAGUACAGAAGGGGUUAAAAAUCCCUUCUGUCAUUUACCUGGAUCUAGCGCUGAUGUCAAACGGGUCCGCCUUCUCUCCUUCCCGCCAAUGAGACCUAACGCGCAUAAGCGGUAAUGGCUGCACUUGCAUUAGGAUUUAUCCAAAGGAAAGCUUUAGUCUAUGCUUUCCUAUGAGAGUUUGGGUGAUGUGGACGUCCAGCAUCAGGCAAGCAAAGGUCGCCUAACAUCCUGGAAUUCCCUCUAGUGGCUGUCUGGUAGAUGGCCACUAGAGGUUGCGUUCACCCAGGCAGGUAAUUAUUGCAGUUUAUUAAAAACUGCAAUAAUUACAAUUGCAGGGUUAAGGGACCUGGGACAGUGCAUCCACACCACUUUAAUGAGCUGAAUUGAUCUGAGUGCCUAUAGUAUCCCUUUAAUAUAUUGGAAGUAACUAUAUGCUCUUUCCUUUGCACUGAGAUGGUAGAUAUUUUUGUUGUUGUUGUAACAGAACAGCCCAGGUAAUAUGAAGUCGCAGAUUACCAGCGAGAUGCAGUUACUAGUACCAUUUUUGAGACCGGUGAUAAUAUCAGUUUUCUGUAAAUCAAAGAAGCAGACUACUAUUUUUGAAUACAGAAGAAAAAGGAAAAAAAAUGAUUAUAUGAUUUAUUAAAACAUAACUUUUAUUAAUCUAGAUAUUAAAAUUUGUGAAAUAAGCUGCCUGUAAUGAAAUACACGUUUAGCACGUGCAUUUCAUUUUCUAAAACAGCUAGGCAUAAAGGAAAUAAAAUAAAAAAAUAAAAAAAAUUUCUUCCUUUUCCACUUGUACUAUUUAAGGAAACUUUUUUUGAUUACUUUUGGAUAACUUCCAGUCACCAUAUUCGUGACAGAAAUUUCAUACCUCUCAACAUUUGUAUCCGUUCAGUUUCCAGUCCAACCAAAAAAAAAAAAAAAAGGUAGUAUGGUCGCACAAUUUUAUUUUUCAACCAUCUUUCUUGUGCACAGUUGUGUAUAUGUUAGCAUUUUUCAAUAGGUGUGUUGAAAUUACAUAUGUUUUGCAUUUUCGUAACUCCCGUUAUUUGUCAAAAUUGAUAAUGAGUGGAAAAAUAUAAUGUUACAGGCCUGGCUACUAUUUAUGGAAUAUAGAACAUUUUUUUUUCCUUUCAAGUAUGUUUGAGCAUCUUUCAAACUUUAUUUUUUUUAAUUCUAUUAUUUUUACUUUUCAUUCAUUUCUAAGAAUUAGUAUAAGAACACAUACCUGCCUCAUUUGCUUUGCUGUACUGUGGCCAUAUAAUGGAAAACUAUUAGCCUCCAAAUUCCCCAGAUCUCAAUCUGAAUGAGCAUCUGUGGGAUGUGCGAGAACAACAAAUCCAAUCCAUGGAGGCCCCACCUCCCAACUUAUAGGACUUAAAAGAUUUGCAUUUAAUGUCUUGGUGUCAGAUGACACAUUCAAAUGUCUUGUGGAGCGGCAUAUCAGGGUUGUUUUGUCAGCAUGAGUUGUACCUACAUGAUAUUAAGCAUUUGGUUUUAAUAUUGGGAUCGGUGUAAUCGAGUGGUUAGACCCAUCCAUUAUGCACAAUAAACAUGUAUGUAAUUUCACUCUAUAUUAUUACCUAUACAUAUUAAUCAAUCACACACAAUAGAUAUGUCCCCCCCCCCAGACAUAAGUGAUUCAAUCCUUUCCCUCAUACACCCUGCUUGUACUUUGCUUACUGAUAUUAUAAGUCAUAAUAGACAAAUGUAUCAUGGACUCUUCAUAGAAUCUACAUAUUUAAUCCCCUCACAUAAACACCACAGUGGCAAAUGCGUUCAAAGUUGCCAGCUGUCCAGAAUAUUCUGGGACAAUCAUUUCUAUGGACUGUGGGUUUUUCAAAAUGUCAAAAUAGUGAUUUUUAAAUAUAUAAUCUAUAACAUAAUUUAAAGAGAGGAUGUGGCUAAAAGAAGAUUUUUGAGAAAUGAGAGAGCUGAAAGGGGGCAUGUGGUGAUGAGUAAGGGGGCACUUAGUAUUAUUAGAGAGAGAGCUAUAAAGCAAAGAAAUACAUUGAGAUAAAAUUGUGUGUGCUACAGUGACCCAGGAGUUUUCCUUUUAAUUUGGUGGGAUUACCACUUUAUAUAGUAUGUAUAUGGCCUUAAGGGUUUAUAUUCUAUGUAAAAUAUUAUGGUGGUUUAUGGUCUCUUCUUGUAGCAUAAUUAUGAUUUGAAUCAUACUGUGGAGUCAUAAAAAUUUUAAGGAACGCUAUAGUCACCUAAAUUACUUUAGCUAAAUAAAGCAGUUUUAGUGUAUAGAUCAUUCCCCUGCAAUUUCACUGUUCAAUUCACUGUCAUUUAGGAGUUAAAUCACUUUGUUUCUGUUUAUGCAGCCCUAGCCAUACCUCCCCUGGCUAUGAUUGACAGAGCCUGCAUGAAAAAAAAACUGGUUUCACUUUCCAACAGAUGUAAUUUACCUUAAAUAAUUGUAUCUCAAUCUCUAAAUUGAACUUUAAUCACAUACAGGAGGCUCUUGCAGGGUCUAGCUAGCUAUUAACAUAGCAGGGGAUAAGAAAAUCGUAAUUAAACUUGCAAUAAAGAAAGCCUAAAUAGGGCUCUCUUUACAGGAAGUGUUUAUGGAAGGCUGUGCAAGUCCCAUGCAGGGAGGUGUGACUAGGGUUCAUAAACAAAGGGAUUUAACUCCUAAAUGGCAGAGGAUUGAGCAGUGAGGCUAUACACCAAAACUGCUUCAUUAAGCUAAAGUUGUUCAGGUGACUAUAGUUUCCUUUUAAAUCUCAUGGUACAUGUGAAGGGCAUGGCAGUGUAAGGGACAAAAUACACACAAAUUACAUUUAUUGUUUCGUAAAAUCCAUUCAUUCAUUCACAUAUUCUCAUACAGUAUGCAAUGGCACACUUUUUCAUUCAUUCAAACACUAUAUGUAUGUUCUACACAUAUAUAUACAUUUCUAAGUAUUUAAACUUUGCGAGGAGCAACAGCUGAGUGGUAGUUUGUUACAAUGUUCCAUUUUUGCUUUGAUAUCAUGUGAGUCAACUUUUUACUAAAUGAUUAUUUUUUUUUCCUAUAAGAUAAGUGCUCCAUAUACAUGUACCUGCACUCUUUCUCCAUCUACCACAGUUUUAUUAAUUUUUAUAUAUAUAUAUAUAUAUAUCUCUAUCUAUCUCUGGGAUGCAUUAUUGAUGAUAAUUAUUAGAACAAAGGUGGCCGAAAUGUUUCUUUUUCAGGCUAUUUAAAAUGACUCUGUUAACUUUGCGUGUUUUCAGGAUAUUGCCAUUUGGUGUGUAUUGGCCCAGGGGAGCAGAAGAAGGUAGGUUUUACUUACCUGACUGUGUUCCUUAGUGGCUGACGUCAUCUUAAUCGGGUGCUUCUUGAGCUCCUGGUACUUCAUCUACUUGGUACCAACUUCUGUGCUGUUGUCUCCCAUAUGUGCGAGAGUAUGACCCUGAUGUCUACGAAAUAUUUGGUGAGACCCCGGGAGCCACCAUAGGCAAUGUCUUUUUCCCUCUGACACCGUGAUGGCUUGGGGGACUUGACAGAGCUUUAUAGUGGUAGCUUGACAGAGCUCUAUAGUGGUAGUCCCUGCAUCUUAAUCCGGUGCUUCUUGCGCUCCUGGUGCUUCAUCUACUUGAUACCAAUGUCCGUGCUGUUGUCUCCCACAUGUGCGAGAGUAUGACCCUUAUGUCUAUGAAAUAUUUGGUGAGGCCCCGGGAGCCACCAUAGGCAAUGCCUUUAUCCCUCUGCCACUAGUGAUGGCUUGGGGGACUUGACAGAGCUUUAUAGUGGUAUUCCCUGCAUAUUUUAAAUGCAUUGGAAUUUCAAUGAAAUUCCAACACCGUCUUUAGAAGCAUUUCGUAGAGAUGUUAUCUUUAUGAAAUGCAAAUUUAUUUUUUUUGGGGGUGGGGGGGAGGGCUGACUUUACAGGCUAUUUAGAAGAAUGCAUGAACAAGACUAUGGGACUUAGGUCUGUUUUGCCUUUUGACUUUAGUAUGAUGAACCUAUUCUGGUGCACGUUUCCCUUCUGUAUGUGUACGUGCAUUUUUUUAUAUCUGAUGUUAAGAACAAGCUAUUAUCACUCAAGAAAAGUAUUUGCGAAGACAAGAAAAAUAAAAGUAGUUCAUUCACUGCCUGCUCUUUGGUAAACAAUGGUGCUUUCAUCUUCAAGUUUGGUGCAUUGUAAUUUUGGACCUUGCUACUUGCAUUGAAAUUGGAGCCAUUUCUUCCUGGCAGUAUUGGAUGUCAAAUGUGCAAUCACGCAACUGAAAUAACAGCAUCAUGAUGAAAAUGGACAGUAGUGCAUUGUACUUGCUUUAUGAAAAAGAACACAAAAGGCAAUCCCAAACAACAAAAUCUCUGUACAGAUGCAAAACUCCAUUCAUUUAAAAUGUUUACACCCCAUGGUACAAAAAAAGGUUUGAAGCAGAAAUACUUUGUAUAGUUUCCUCUUACUGUAAUAUUUUUUUUAAAUAAAUAUUUAUUAAUUUAGCAGUUUCCCCUUGAUCUGCCACACUUCCUUUAAAUCAGUGGUAAAUAGAUCUCCCGGUCUUCAUGCUGCCAGUGGUCUCUGAUGAAGCUGCCAUAUGUAUAAGCACAAUGUGAGUCAGACCUUUCUUCAUGGUUUUUAACAGCACAUUUAUUUUGAUAGCCUUUAGUUUUAAUAUGAGCAUAAUGGUAUAAGGUGGCCUGAUGACUAGAGUAAGCAGGAGUGUUUUGAAGUCAGUAUUGAAGUAGGAGGUAGGUUUCAGAAUUAUAUGGAGUAGGUCUAUUGAUUGUAAAGACAGUUUUUUUUUUUUUUUUGGUUUACUACUACAGCGAUGGUGAUCAAUUAUUAGUGCAAUCGAUCCAUGUGCUCAAAUCCAUAUAGAUGAAUAAUAUCCCUUAACCCCUUAAGGACCAAACUUCUGGAAUAAAAGGGAAUCAUGACAUGUCAUGUGUUUUUAAGGGGUUAAUCUUUAGCAUGUCCCAUUCACACUCCCUGCCAGGGCAGUUAUAUCAUAUCCUGAAUGUACAAUAUGUAAGCAAUUUCUGUGCAAUUUGAAAAUAAUUAAAUACAUUUCUAUACAAUGGUUUUGCCAUUUCCCAGUGAUCUGAGUUUGUUUAAAUGGCAAACCGAAAAUACUACAUGGUUUUCCAUGAGGCUAUAACGUUGCCAUACUGAAUUUAUCUAAGCGUGUAUUGCCAACUGUAAGAGAUACACUUUGAGAGGGACACUUAUUGAGCUAUGUGGCUCAAUGCAGCUAUGCUGAACUUCAGCUGAGCGUUACACAUGGAAGAAUGUAUGCUGAUUGCCAGGCUUGGACUUGCGUACAGGCAACUGUGUCUUAUGCCUGGAGGACCAUGAUGGCCAUGGAAAUAGUGAGAGCGAGCCCACAGAUGGAAAUCAGGGCCGGUGGGGAGGUCAAAGAUCUCCCUCACCAGCCCACUUCACCCCCAAGGCAAGAGGAAGUAGGAAGCAUUUGAUCACACAUACACACACUCAAACCACUCCUAUAAGCACACUACAUCUUCUGCAAACGCACACUACAUGCUCUAUGUACAUACACACUCUAGCUCCUAUGCAUAUGCAUGCACAUUACAAUCCCUAUACACAAGCACCCACACUACAGCCCCUAUAACAUACAUGCACACUACAGCCUACUAAACACACACUAGAUCACCUAUACACACAAACCCAUUCACAACAGCCCUUAGAUACACACACACAAACACACUUCCACUCCUAUACACACACUGCACCCUCUAGAUCAAGCUUCCUCAAACUCCGGCCAUCCAGAUGUUGCUGAACUACAACUCCCAUGAUUCUAUUUAUGAAAUAGGCUGAGAAUCAUGGGGGUUGUAGUUCAGCAACAUCUGGAGGGUGGGAGUUUGGGGAAGCCUGCUCUAGAUGCACACUAAACCUUCUACAUAUACAGUUGCAAGAAAAAGUAUGUGAACCAUUUUGGAAUGAUAUAGAUUUCUGCACAAAUUGGUCAUAAAAUGUGAUCUGAUCAUCAUCUAAGUCACACCAAUCACAGUCUGCUUAAACUAAUAACACACAAAGAAUGAAAUGUUGCCAUGUUUUUAUUGAACACACCAUGUAAACAUUCACAGUGCAGGUGGAAAAAGUUUGUGAACCCUUGCAUUUAAUAACUGGUUGAACCUCAUUUGGCAGCAAUAACUUCAACCAAACGUUUCCUGUAGUUGCAGAUCAGACGUGCACAACGGUCAGGAAUAAUUCUUGACCAUUCCUCUUUACAGAACUGUUUCAGUUCAGCAAUAUUCUUGGGGUGUCUGGUGUGAAUUGCUUUCUUGAGGUCAUGCCACAGCAUCUCAAUCGGGUUAAGGUCAGGACUCUGACUGGGCCACUUCAGAAGGAGUAUUUUCUUCUGUUGUUGAUUUACUUCUAUGCUUUGGGUCAUUGUCCUGUUGCAACACCCAUCUUCUGUUGAGCUUCAGCUGGUAGACAGAUGGCCUUAAGUUCUCCUGCAAAAUGUCUUGAUAAACUUGGGAAUUCAUUUUUCCUUCGAUGAUAGCAAUCCGUCCAGGCCCUGAUGCAGCAAAGCAGCCCCAAACCAUGAUGCCCCCACCACCAUACUUCACAGUUGGGAUGAGGUUUUGAUGUUGGUGUGCUGUGCCUUUUUUUCGCCACACAUAGUGUUGUGUGUUUCUUCCAAACAACCAACUUUGGUUUCAUCUGUCCACAGAAUAUUUUGCCAGUACUGCUGAGGAACAUCCAGGUGCUCUUGUGCAAACUGUAAACGUGCAGCAAUGUUUUGUUUGGACAGCAGUGGCUUCCUCUGUGGUAUCAUCCCAUGAAAUCCAUUCCUGUUUAGUUUUUUACGGAUUGUAGAUUCGCUAACAGGGAUGUUAGCAUUUGCCAGUGACUUUUGUAAGUCUUUAGCUGACACUCUAGGAUUCUUCUUCACCUCAUUGAGCAGUCUGCGCUGUGCUCUUGCAGUCAUCUUUACAAGACGGCCACUUCUAGGGAGAAUAGCAGCAGUGCUGAACUUUCUCCAUUUAUAGACAAUUUGUCUGAACAGCAAGGCUUUUGGAGAUACUUUUAUAAACCUUUCCAGCUUUAUGCAAGUCAACAAUUCUUAAUCGUAGGUCUUCUGAGAGCUCUUUUGUGCGAGGCAUCAUUCACAUCAGGCAAUGCUUCUUGUGAAAAGCAAAUCCAGAACUGGUGUGUGUUUUUUAUAGGGCAGGGCAGCUGUAACCAACACCUCCAAUCUCAUCUCAUUGAUUGGACUCCAGUUGGCUGACAUCUCACUCCAAUUAGCUCUUGGAGAUGUCAUUAGUCUAGGGGUUCACAUACUUUUUCCACCUGCACUGUGAAUGUUUACAUGGUGUGUUCAAUAAAAACAUGGCAACAUUUCAUUCUUUGUGUGUUAUUAGUUUAAGCAGACUGUGAUUGUCUAUUGUUGUGACUUAGAUGAUGAUCAGAUCACAUUUUAUGACCAAUUUGUGCAGAAAUCCAUAUCAUUCCAAAGGGUUCACAUAAUUUUUCUUGCAACUGUACAUAUUCAUUCUACAUCCUCUAGACACACACACUCUACAGCCACUAGUCACACAUAGUACAUCACAGACAGUCCCCUCUACCCACACACAAUCCCACAUGCAACCUCAAAACACUCACAACACCACAGGUAGUCUUGCCACAUAUACACAAAACCUUUUACCAAACCUGUCCCACUAUUCUCCUUUGGUAUCCUGCUUAUUGGGAUAUCAGAAACAAUUCUACAGUAAACACAGCACAAGCGUGUCAUUAAAAGAGUUUGUGCUGUGUAAAACAUACACAGAACAUUUUCCCCAAGCAAAAUUUCUGUGCUUGGGGUGUCCUGGAGUGACAUCAACCUAACAUACUCACUUUUAGUGGACAUACACAUCAUUAGUGAUAAAAUAGCUUCUCUCUGUCCCGAUCCCCUCCAAUUCAGCUGCUCUGCCUUUAAGGACACAUGACAUGUGUGACAUGAUUCCCUUUUAUUCCAUAAGUUUGGUCCUUAAGGUGUUAAAUUCCCAAACAAAUUUUUAUUUUUAGACUAUGUAAUAGCUUCAGUGCAAUCUGAAAAUAAUUCAGUACAUUAGUAUGCAAACAUUUAGCCAUUUAGCCAUUUCCAGCUGAUUUGAGUUUGUUUAAAUUGAAAACUGGAAAGAAAAACACAUUUUUUUCCAGGGUGUGUAACUAAGUGGCUACUAUAAAAGACUAGACAUACCCCAUUUUCAAUACCCUAGGUUGUCUACUUUUUCAAAUGGUAUGUCUUUAUGGGGGUAAUUUUCAUUCCUGGACUGCCAUAUGGUGUCAAAGGCAGCAUAGGCCCAGCCAACCAAUCUGACAAAUUUCAGUGUGUAAAAGCUGAAAUAGAUAAGCCCAAUAUUUUACCCUGUAGCCUCCUAGAACCCCAUUGAACCUGUACAUGGUGGGGUAAUGUUGUACUGGUGAGACAUCACUGAACACAAAUAAUUUUAGAACAGUAAAACAUAUAAGGAUGACUAUAUAUUUCAUCAAAGUGCAGCUUUUGUGUGAAAAAUGCAAAAAACAAAUAUGAGCACUAAUUUUGGCCAUGGUUUGUAACUACUAAAUAAGACUGGCUAUUAAAAAGUACUGGACAUACUCUGGGCCGGUGCAAGGAUUUUUGGGUACACAGAUGAAAAUGAUUUUGCCCCCCACCCCCACACAAAAAAAAGUAUCUUCACCUGUGUGCCUCUUAACUCGCCUUUCUUUUGUUUCUUAUCCCCUUUUUAAAAAAUGUCUGAAACCCCUUUAGUGUAUCUUAUCCCCUAUUUUUCCCCAUUGUGUGUCUUACACCUCCUUUGUGUAUCACUUACAACCCCCCUUUUUGUGUCUAACUCCACCCAGCCCCUCUGUGUCUUUUACCUCUUCUACAGCCCCUCUGUGUCUCUCUCACCCCCUUUGUAUUUCCAUCCCCAGGCCAUUCUGUGUAUCUUUCAUCCCCAGCCCCUCUGUGCAUCUUCCCCUCCCUGUCCCUUAGUGUUCCUCUCCCCUCCCUUCCCUGUCCCGUAGUGUUCCUCUCCCCUCCCUUCCCUGUCCCUUAGUGUUCCUCUCCCCACUUACCUGUCUCUUAAUGUCCCCAUCCUCCUUAGUGUUUCUCACCCCCCCCUUACCUGUGCCUCUCCCCCCCCUUAGAGUUUUUCUCCACUCCUCCUCUCCCUUAGUAUUUAUCUUUCCUUCCCUUCCCUCUCCUCCCCAGUCCCUAAGGGUCCCUCCCAUCCUCAGUUUUCUUCACCUUCCUGUUUGGUGUGCCUCCUACCUCUUUAGCUCUUUUGUAGCAGGGUUGAGCGGCGUAGACCGCGGUACAGGAGUUUGUUUCCUGUACCUGGCCGGACUGACAGGAAGUGCUCUCUCAGUGGACAUACUGAAUUUUAAAUACCCCGGGUUGUCUAGAUUUGCACAUGGUAAGCCUUGAUGGGGGUCAUUUUCGUACCUGGGCUACCAUAAGGAAUCAAAUGCAACAUAGGUCAUGCAAACCAAUCUGCCAGAUUUCAGUAUUUAAAAACUGAAAAGAGCAAGCCCUAUGUUUGGCCCUGUAACUUUCUAAAACACCAUGAAACAUGUACAUGGUUAAGGGGGGAGGGGUGGGGUGGUCAUUCUUCUACUUGUGGGCCAUCACAGCAUACAUACCAAUGUUUUUAUUGCAGCAAAAGCUAACAGUAUUAUGACAUUUAUAGUUAAAAUAGCUUGCUGAACUUGAAAAAUAACUGAAUUUCUUAAUUCCUCACACAUCAAUUCAUAUUUUAUUUAUAUUAACCCCUUAAGGACACAUGACAUGUGUGACAUGUCAUGAUUCCCUUUUAUUCCAGAAGUUUGGUCCUUAAGGGGUUUAAUUAUGUUACAUAAAUAUUUGAUGUGAAAUGAAAGUCUUAUUUCUCCUGAACAAAAUUAAAUAUAAUAAGUGUUAAACAAUGGGUUGAACAAGGAUAAAGCUAAAAUGCUUGGUUUUGUUUUGGUCAGUACAGUUGCCUCCAUCCUUAAUGUUGUGGCUGAUCAGUUUAUACUUUUUUUAUUGUUCAUAUAUAGCAUUCCAUUUAAUCAAUACAUAUAUCGUAGUCGUCUUCACCCCUUAUCUAGUAGGGACUCUUAAAUAAGACUUUCUUAUUCCAUAUCACUCACAAUUUGUUUUUGCAUGUUUCUCUCAGCAUGGUUUUUGGUAGAUUUAAUUUAGUAGGAAAUUAUAGAUAUGUAGGUAUUUUAUUCAAGUUAAUACUUGUAUUAUUUGGAUUUCUGGACCUACUUGUAAAUGUGUUAGAAGUAUUGUAAGGGGCCUUUAUAUUCAAACUUUAUUUUGUCCUUAAUUUCAAAUGAUCUGUCUAGCAGUAGAAACUAGUAAUGUUCUUUUGAUGUUCUGUAUGGUUGGCUACUCAACUCCCCUAUUUUUGAUUUUGCUUUUUUGUUUAAUUAUUUUUUUUUUAUUUGAUUAACUAUAUGGCUAAGCCAUAUAGGAGUGACUAGUAACCCUAUAACUCCAGAUUAGGAUACAUGAAAUAUGGGGUUUCUAAUCUACAUUGUAUUAAUCUUUCCAAAUUGUUAGACAAUCCUUUUAAUUUGUUGGCAGGACAGCUGCACACCUGUUCAACUUACAGGCUACUAUUCUAAAGAUCUAUUUUAGGUUUUUUAAAAAAAUAAUAAUUUCUAAAGCCUCUGUACAAUUUGACUUUGUAGUGUGUAAAGAGGAGAAUGAAUGAUAAAAUUGUCACCACAAGUUCCAUCAGCAAAAGCAGGUAACUGCUGCCUUAUCCAGUACCUUUUACUGUCUGUUCUAAAGAGGACUUAUUGUCUACUCAUUGGGUCCAGUCACAGGACACCUCGGUAACUAUUAGCCUAUUUUCUUGCCAAAAACUUACUGGAAUUUUUAUUUUCUUAUAAUUUUAUAUAGGAUUUUUAAACCAUGCAAAGUGCAAUAUUUUUAUAAGACCAUUAGUAAUGUUUGGCGUGAACUAAAAUUGUAAUUCCUUACGGUAUAUUCAUUUAGAACAAAUCAUGUUAGAUGUAUUUAGUCAAAAGCUUUCCUUGCACUUGGCCAAAUCCUAGUUGAUGCCUUCAGAUCUGCUUCAACAGAUCACAUUCACAGAUGGAAACAUAAAAAGCGAUUGUUUUUCAUGCUUAUUCCAAACGCCUCCUUUUCCCUUUUUUUGUUGCUCCAGCAAACACUUGUGCCUGAAUAAAUUUAUAGAGAAGCUAAAUUUGCCUUCCAAUAGAGCUGAUACAAAUUUAGCUCUCACAAUUUUUGGAAACGACACAGAUCUCUCUUUGAAACAUACUGCAUGCUUUCAGACUGACUCAUUUCAAAUCUCUUGUUCUUAUUUAUGUAGCUGUGCAUAUUAUGUCCAUUCUACAAGAAUAAAAGCGCAAACAAUAACACGUUUUUGAUAGCUUCUCUUCAGCCAUUUUGCUUAUGCAAAAUAAAAUUGUUCUCCCAUAAACUGCAGCCAGCUUUCUUAAGGUUUGUGACGUUUGGAUGAAAAACCUUCAUAGUGACUUGUGCCAAACAUGUGCCUUUACACAUGCCACUCUGGAAAGCCUAAUCCAGUCUCCAUGAGGGAUUUUCUGGAUAUUCAGGAUUUGCCACAUGUCCAGAUAUUACCUGUCCCAAUUAGACCAGACAAAAAAAUUAGGGCUUAUACAGUUGGUGUCUUACCUGGUGUUGGAUUUAUGCAGCUGACAUAUUAUCUGUUGUGAUUUUUUAAUAGAACGCAAAAACCCUGCAACUAAUGGGUCCAUUUAAGCCCAUUGAACAUAAUAUUAAAAUUUUCUCAAUGUAAUUAAAGCGACACGGUAAGCAUCUUAAGCACUAUGGUUCAUGUUUCCUGCUCUACUGUAUGGCACAGAGCAGAGGCUGAGGAACCCCUUGGCUGUGCUGGGCAGUGUUAGGGACACACGGGAUUAUAAUCUGCACCUGUGUAGACCACAUGCUCCCAUUGGGCACCACCAUAAAUUCAUUUUUAUUUAAUGUAUUGCUGAAUUAGCAGUAUGUUCAGCAUGUCAUGUUUAAAAACAGAAUGGCACGAAGGGCAUGUGGUGGGGCAAGACAGUAUACAGGAGGGCAGUGUUCUCUGAAACCACUACAUGUGAUUACAAGGUGCACACAGGGAAUUUGGGACAUUUAAAAUCUACACUAGUACGCAUUUCACACAAAUCUAAAUAUAGCAAAAAUAAGGCCUACUUAAGAAUCUAAACACAAAACUUUAUUGCACUAAUUUUUAAUUAUUGAAAUGUUCCUUAACUUCUGAAUCUACAGUUCCUCUUUAAACCAUUAGUUUAAUGACAACAUACAAAGAUUUAGAUGAUUUUAUUAUGUUCAACUGAAGUAAUGUUUUAUAAAUCAUGCUACAAAUAUAAAAAAUAUCUACUACUUUGUGCAUUCAUGCAUAUUUACCAGUACUUGACUCUAUACAAUAUUAGCAUACAAUGGAUGUCAAGAUGCUACUUUGUUACCAAACAAGAAGCCUUUUCUUCUGUUAGUAUAACUGAGAAUCAUAUUAUGAAGACAGUUCCUUUUUUAUGCUAAAAAAAAAAAAAACUCUACUGAAAAGGUGAGAGAAGUUUGUCAGAGGCCAAGGUGGCAAGUUCUACGUGAGAAGGAUGAGCCAAAACAAGUACAGAGCAGAAUAUAAAACCUCUUCCUGGAUGGAGAAAAACCUAUUUGCGGGAAAUUGCCUGAAAAAAGUAUUGGUUAAAGAACAAGAAAAAUAGAUUAUUGCUUAUUUAUAUAUAUGGUUUUUUUUUACCCUUAAAGUAGCAGGAAAUGUAUUAACUGAAACUUUGUUUUUGCUGUGUUAUAUUAUUUUAUAUGUGUUAUACAUCUGGGAUACCUGCUUGAAGUAAUAUGUGCAUGUUCUGCGUCUAUCUUAAAGGAACACUAUAGUCACCUAAAUUACUUUAGCUAAAUAAAGUAGUUUUAGUGUAUAGUUCAUUCCCCUGCAAUUUCACUGCUCUAUUCACUGUCAUUUAGGAGUUAAAUCACUUUGUUUCUGUUUAUGCAGCCCUAGCCACACCUCCCCUGGCUAUGAUUGACAGAGCCUGCAUGAAAAAAAAAACUGGUUUCACUUUCAAACAGAUGUAAUUUACCUUAAAUAAUUGUAUCUCAAUCUCUAAAUUGAACUUUAAUCACAUACAGGAGGCUCUUGAAGGGUCUAGCAAGCUAUUAACAUAGCAGGGGAUAAGAAAAUCUUAAUUAAACAGAAAUUGCAAUAAAGAAAGCCUAAAUAGGGCUCUCUUUACAGGAAGUGUUUAUGGAAGGCUGUGCAAGUCACAUGCAGGGAGGUGUGACUAGGGUUCAUAAACAAAGGGAUUUAGCUCCUAAAUGGCAGAUGAUUGAGCAGUGAGGCUGCAGGGGCAUGUUUUAUACACCCAAACUGCUUCAUUAAGCUAAAGUUGUUCAGGUGACUAUAGUGUCCCUUUAAAACAAUUAGGAAAAUGUUAUUUUGAUAUGUUUUCCCUUUCUUAUCUAUUUCCUUUUUUUUUGUUUUUUUUUAACUGUAUUGAAAAUAAAAUAUUACAUGUAACAUAGACUGAUGUAUUAUUUUGUAAUCAAUCCAUGUAUGUUAAUGAAUAUUUUUGGUAAAUCUCAUAACUUAACGAUGCACCUGUUCUCCAAGAUGCACCUGUUCUCCAACCUUCUUUGGUCAGAAGCAUCACUUUUUUACAAAGUCCGUGCACAAUUUGAAGGUUUGUAACAAUCCCAGAAUUAAUUUAUCAGAUGACCUGUGCUUGUGCAGGAUUUAGUAAAUGAAACCUAGCUUUGGAUUACCAGCAUGGUUUUUGGUCAGAUAAACUGUGCUUGUGACUAAAGAAUACUAAAGAUGAACAUCCACUUAGAGCAAGAGUAGGCUAGCAGAUAACUUACCUGCGCUAGAAUUUACUGAUAUGAAUGCCUUUAUAAAAUGUCAAUUUUCCAUUAAGGCCUCUGUUUGCCAGGUUUAGUUACAUAGCCGAGAAGAGACUUGCGUCCAUCAAGUUCAGCCUUCCUCACGUUUGUUUUUUGCUGUUGAUCCAAAGAAGGCAACAACAAAAAAAAAAAAAAAACAGUUUGAAGCACUUCUAAUUUUGCAACAAACUAGGAAAAAAAAUUCCUUCUUGACCCCAGAAUGGCAGUCAGAUUUAUCCUUGGAUCAAGAAGCUAUAAACCUAAAUUUAAAGAUUAUAUCCUUGAAUAUUCUGUUUUUGCAAUUAUGCAUCUAGUUGCUGUUUGAACAUCUGUAUGGACUCUGAUAAAGCCACUUCUUCAGGCAGAGAAUUCCACAUCCUUAUUGUUCUUACAGUAAAAAAAACUUUUCUUUGCCUUAGACGAAAUUUUCCUUCUUCCAGUCUAAAUGCAUGACCACAUGUCUUAUGUAAAGUCUGGUUUGUGAAUAGAUUUCCACACAAUGGUUUGUAUUGGCCCCAGAUAUAUUUGUACAAUUCCUUGCAUAAGUAUUCACCCCCCUUGGCAUUUUUCGUGUUUUGUUGCCUCACAACCUGGAAUUAACAUGAAUUGUUUGAGGAUUUGCAUCAUUUAAUUUACAGAACAUGGCCACAACGUUGAAGAUUUUUUUUGGUUUUUAUUGUGAAGCAAACAACAAAUAGGACCCAAUAACAGAAAAUGUCAAUGUGCAUAACUCUUCACCUUCUCCCCCCCCAAAGUCAAUACUUUGUAGCGUCACCUUUUGCGGCAAUCACAGCACCAAGUCGCUUUGGAUAUGUCUCUAUCAGCUUGCCGCAUCUUACUACAGGGAGUUUUGCCCAUUCCUCCUUGCAAAACUGCUCCAGCUUCUUCAAGUUGGAUGGUUUGCGCUUGUGAACAGCAAUCUUUAAGUCUGACCACAGAUUUUCUAUUGGAUUGAGGUCUGGGCUUUGACUAGGCCAUUCCAACACAUUUACAUGUUUCCCCUUAAACCACUCACGUGUUACUUUAGCAGUGUGUUUGGGGUCAUUGUCCUGCUGGAAGGUGAACCUCCGUCCUAGCCUCAAAUCACGCACAGAGUGGUACAGGUUUUGCUCAAGAAUAUCCCUGUAUUUAGCACCAUCCAUCUUUCCCUCAACUCUGACCAGUUUCCCAGUUCCAGCUGCUGAAAAACAUCCCCACAGCAUGAUGCUGCCACCACCAUGUUUCACUGUGGGGAUGGUGUUCUUUGUGUGAUGUGAUGUGUUGGGUUUGCGCCAGACAUAGCGUUUUCUUUGUUGGCCGAAAAGUUAAAUUUUAGUCUCAUCAGACCAGGGCACCUUCCUCCAUACAUUUUGGGAGUCUCCCACAUGCCUGGUGGUUACUCUGCCAUAAAGCCCAACUCUAUGGAGCGUACAGCUUAUUUUCGUCUUAUGUACAGAUACUCCAGUCUCUGCUGUGGAACUCUGCAACUCCUUCAGGGUUACCUUCGGUCUCUGUGCUGUCUCUCUGAUUAAUGCCCUCUUUGCCCGGUCCGUGAGUUUUGGUGGGCGGCCGUCUCUUGGCAGGUUUGCUGUCGUGCCAUGUUCUUUCCAUUUGGUUAUGAUAGAUUUGAUGGUGCUCCUGGGGAUCAUCAAUGAUUUGGAUAUUUUUUUUUUUUUUUUUAUAACCAACCCUGACUUGUACUUCUCAACAACGUUGUCCCUUACUUGUUUGGAGAGUUUCUUGUUCUUCAUGGCAGUGUUUGGUUAAUGGUACCUCUUGCUUAGGUGUUGCAGCCUCUGGGGCCUUUCAAAAAAGGGGUGUGUGUGUGUGUAUAUGUAAUGACAGAUCAUGUGAUACUUAGAUUGCACACAGGUGGACAUCAUUUCACUAAUUAUGUGACUUCUGAAGGUAAUUGGUUGCACCAAAGCUUUUUAUGGGCUUCAUAACAGAGGGGGUGAAUACAUACGCACAUGCCAAUUUUCUGUUUUUUUUUUUCUAAAAAAUAGUUUUAUGUAUAUAUUUUUCUCAUUUCACUUCACCAACUUAGACUAUUGUGUUCUGAUCCAACACAUAAAAUUCAGAUUAAUAAAACAUUGAAUUUAAGGCUGUAAUGUAACAAAAUAGGUAAAAAGUCAAGGGGGUGAAUACUUUUGCAAGGCACUGUAAAAUGUUAUCAUAUCCCCUCUCAGGCGACGCUUUUCUAAACUAAAGAGGUUUAAAUUUGUUAACCUUUCUUCAUAGCUGAUAUGUUCUAUUCCUUUUAUUAAUUUUGUAGCCCGCCUCUGCACUUUUUCUAGUGCCAUAAUAUCCUUCUUUAGAACAGGUGCCCAAAAUUGCACAGCAUAUUCAAUAUGUGGUCUUACCAGUGAUUUAUAAAGAGGCAAAAUGAUAUUCUCAUCCAUAGAAUCAAUGCGCUUUUUCAUGCAUGACAACACCUUACUGGCCUUGGCCAUUGUGGAUUGCUAUUGUACAUUGUUGCAUAGUUUGUUGUCUAUAAAAAUUCCCUAGUCCCUUUCGUGUGUUGUUAUCCCUAAUUCACUUCCAUUAAGGGUAUACGAUGCUUGUGCAUUCUUUAUGCCAAAGUGCAUAACUUUGCAUUUUUCAACAUUAAAUUUCAUCUGCCAUUUGAGUGACCAGCCCCCCAGUCUAUCUAAAUCCCUCUGCAGCAAAGUUAAAUCUUGCUCACAUUGUAUUACUUUACAGAGUUUUGUGUCAUCUGCAAACACUGAAACCUGACUUUCAAUUCUUUUUUUCAAGAUCAUUUAUAAACAUGUUAAAUAGAAGGUGUCCCAGAACAGAACCCUGAGGGACACCACUUGCCACCUCUGUCAAACUUGAAAAUGUAACAUUAAUGACAACUCUCUGUUUUAAGCCAAUGUUCUACCCAAGAACAAGCAUUUUCAUCUAGAUCAAUUUCUUUGAGUUUGAACCCUAAUCUAUUGUGUGGAACUGUAUCAAAUGCCUUGGCAAAAUCCAAAUAUAUCACAUCCACUGCAACACCCUGAUAUAUACUUCUACUUACUUCUUCGUAGAAUGCAAUUAGGUAAGUUUGACAUGACCUGUGCUCCAUAGAACAAUGCUGUUUUUUUCUGAUAGCCAUGUUCUUCUCAAGGAAUUCUUGAAUAUUAUCCCUUAAUAAUCUUUCAAAUACUUUUUCAGCCACAGAAGUUAAGCUCACAGGUCUAUAAUUUCCAGGUAAGGAUUUUGAACCCUUUUUGAAUAAAGGAACCACAUCUGCCUUCCUCCAAUCCUCCGGAACACUUCCUGAAAGAAAAUAAUCUUGAAAGAUUAAAAACAGAGGUUCUCUUAUGUCUACCCUUGGUUCCUUAAGUACUCGUGGAUGAAUACCGUCAAGCACUGGAGCUUUGUUUAUAUUAACUUUCCUUAGUUGCUGCAUCAUCUUGUCUUAAGUUAACCAAUUACAAUUUUUCUGCAAGUUUAAUCAGCAAUCAUUGCCAUGGGUACUUUUUUAAUAUAUACGGAGGAGAAAAAGUUAUUUAAAAUUUCUGCCUUUUCCUGGUCUUCAUUAACUAACAACCCCAUUCCAGUUUUUAGUGUACCUACACUUAAAUUUUUAGUUUUUUUUAGAAUUUAUGUACUUAAAAAAUGCUUUGGGGUUGGCUUUGCUCUCUUUGGCUUCAUUUUGAAGUUUAGCAAAUCUAAUCACCUUUUUGCACGCGUUAUUGGCUUCCUUAUAUCUUUUAUAAGCUACAUCUGAUUUGUCCAAUUUAAAUGCCCUUUUCUUAUUUUUAAUCUAUUGUUUUACUUCUCUACUAAGCCACAUUGGUUUCAAUUUGUUUAUUUCAGUGUUCUUGCAUAGCAAGACCACUUAAUGUUAUCUCACAUAUAUAUUUUUAUUCUUAUUAUAGCCAAAUUUACCACCCUAACUCCUCCCACAGUUUUUACACUACUAUACCGAAACGUGCAGAUUGUUCCCGAUUGGAUUGCUAUUACUUUGUGGAACGUUUUGCCGAAUGGUUCACGGAAUAUCGUCGUUCUUGUGGUGAAAUUGUUGCCAUAGGAAUGAAUGGCAAAAUGUUCAAAACUAGAGUGGGAGCUGGCAAAAGCAGAAAAAUCAGGACAUGAUUUCUAAACUGCCACGACUCCCUCAUUUUAAAGCCCACCUACACAAAUCUUACAUCAAAAUGUUCAGCUAUCCCCACUGCCACUAAACAUGUCCACGGCUAAGCCAUAGUCCUGAUAGUUUUCACAAUAUGACCAUUUGUUUGCAACUCACGCCGUCCAUUGAUAUUCAUUGAAACUCCACUCUAGCCAGCUCAAACUUGAAGGGCAAUUUCUAAACUGCGACUGUGCCUUCAUUUUUAAUACUUCAGAGACAUACUAUGCAUCAAAAUGUAGGUCUGGGUCUUGUGAUUCUCACAAUAUAAAGCUCUAUAAAGUGCUGUAGGAUUUAUAGUUUUUAAAAUAUGACCGUUUGAAGAUGGCAACCGCCAAAAUACUCUGACCUGUCAAGGCUGCAGCAGCAAGUGAUGUCAUAGACAGGGCCUUUUGUACACCUGCUAAUGUUUGUAUGAUUUAAUGUAACUGUGAAGCACUUUGGGCAACAACGUUGCAAUUAAAUGUGCUAUAUAAAUAAAUAAUAAGUUACUCCGCCCACUCCAGGUGUAGACUACUGGUGGAGGCAAGAACACUUCACACAAUUUCCCCAGAAAUUGUAGCUUUUCUAGUUUAUAUUUAUUACCCAAUGGUACAUACUGAGAAAUGUACCUUUUUGUUACAGACUAUUUUUACAUUUGUGUCUACUGUCCAUGUUUAUUAGAAAAUUCAACUCCAUUCUGCCACAAUACCACAAUAGUACAAUGUAGUGGUUAUGAUGCUAGAGGUGCCCAAGCACUGCAGUGCUUAGCUGAGGAGAGCGGAUUUAAGCUUCUGCUUAGGAGCAUCCAGCUCUCCUUCCGACAGACAGUAGGUGUGGAGCACUAAUGCAAACGGUUACUAAACAGUUUGAAUAUUUAAAUUGGGGGAGAGCACUCAUUGCACCAUAACCAUCACAGCACAAAUUAAGUCCAUUACCUGCCUGUAGACUCCGAUUGACGAUUGGUAGAGAAGUGUUGAGCUCCACCAGACAUCUAACGUAUUUUGUUUACUCUUGUAUUCCAUCUACAGCUCUUUGAAUGUAAUCUUUAUUUUUUGCAUUUUGUCAAUCCAUUUCCUUUGUGUGUUCUUUGAAACACAGAUGUGAUUCUACCUGUGAACAACCUUUAAAGCAAUAAAUAGUUAUUAUCUGUAAAUAAUAAAAUAUGUGGAUAAAUAAGCAUAUAGUGUCACAUUUCUGCUUUUUAAAACAAAACAAUGCAUUAAAAAUCUGUCUAAUUUGGUUUCAGAUAUGGGACGUGGAACUGGAAAGAUCUGCAGAACACUGGGCAGAAACAUGCCUGUGGGAGCAUGGUCCCGCUAACUUGCUUCCAUCCAUUGGACAAAAUUUAGGAGCUCACUGGGGCAGGCAAGUUUAUAUAUAAAAAUGUAUUAUCCAAAACAAACAAUGUUUAGAAAAAAAGCCAAAAUACUUACAGGCUUUGUUUUAUAAAACAUUUUCUUUCUGUUUGUAGGUAUAGGCCACCAACCUACCAUGUCCAGGCUUGGUAUGAUGAAGUUAAGGACUAUACAUUUCCAUACCCACAAGAAUGUAACCCAUACUGUCCAUUCAGGUGCUCUGGCCCUGUUUGCACACAUUAUACGCAGGUAUGUGUAUUUCAGUUACAAUAAUAAUUAAAAUUCUCACUGACGUAUCAUAUAGUGAUCAAUGAUUUUCAGAUUUCCAUUUACAAUGCGAUUGUAACACAAUCUGCUUCAAUAGCACAUCAUAUUAUUUUUAUAUAUAUUUAUAUAUAUGAGUCCGGCUAAGAUUUGAGAGAAUCUUCUAUAAAAAUUAGCUUCUGUCUCAAAUGACUAGCUUUGCAUAGUUAUGGAAGUUUUUUCAUAAAUUUUGUUUAAUAUGUAGAUUGCUAAAGUGAAGUUAAGUAAAUGAGGUUAAGUAGGUUGCUCCAUUUUUUUUUUCCAGUUUUUUGGUUAAACUUCAGUAAUUAGUAGCACAAUUAGCCCAUAUUACCAAGGAUGUUAUGGAUGCUUAUACUAUUGUCAAUUAAAUUAUUUAAUGUAAUAAUACUUAUUUCUUUAAUUACCUUUCUUUCUCUUUUUCCUGUAGGUUGUAUGGGCAACAAGUAGCAGAAUUGGCUGUGCCAUAAACCUGUGUCACAAUAUGAAUAUUUGGGGUCAAAUCUGGCCUAAGGCAGUGUACUUGGUUUGUAAUUACUCGCCAAAGUAAGUAGAUUCACCUAACUAAAUAAUACAAAUAUUUCUGUUAAGCGUAUGUUCCCAAUAUGCUAGAAUUCCGCUUUGAGGCAUUAGAAAUUAUAAGUAUAGUGCAUUAAUAUAGACAGUCUAACAGGGAUAACAUUUUAAAGGAAAGGCACGUACAUGGAAGUGGGUUUUUAAAAUGUCCUCUUUCAUUUUAUAACCUUUCCUAUCAGUUGGUAACCCUCAAUUUAUUUUAGGCUUAAAUUAAUGGUUUUUGGCAAGACACGUGUAUAUCCAGAUCAAAUAACCAAUGCUUAUUUUAUACAAUGAUUCAGAAUCAUAAUUUUUACUUCAGAAACUAUUUUUCGUCCUUAGCCCUCAUCACAUUGGUAGAUUAGACAUAACCAAAUAGAGUCGUGGUGGACCUCUCAAACAUCCACUCGGCUUACAGAUCUCCUAUUCCCACAGGGCCGCCCCCCUGCUCAUUAGAGAAAUCAACAACAAAAAAGCAGACAUUAUAUUGAGAAUGUCCAUUGGUGAAAAUCAUUUUACUAAAGCCACAUACAGCCGGGUGCACAGAUAAAAUAGGAUGUCCCGGCCAAAUAGGCCUUAAUCGUAUAUUUUAUCUUUGCACCAGGCCGUUGGCAAGGUAGAAGCCACAACACACUCUGAAAUGCAAUGCAGAUCAAAUAAAUACUCUGACUAGAAAAAAAGAAUAAUCAAGAGGAUGUAUUUCAAAGACCCACAACUGCAAAGAUUCUUUUGACAAAUUCUUGGUAGCAGUUUGAUUGUUAUUGUAUAUCAAGUAAAGCAGAAAUGUAAUCCCAGAAAUAUGAACAUGCAUGUGAAGGUUUGUUUACCACUAAUAUAAGUUAUGUACAUUGUUAAAUGAAAAUGCUGUUAAACAAUUAUUUUAAAUUAGUUUGUGGAUCAUAAAAAAAUAUUUUUUUGUUUAACUUAAUUGCUUACAAAAAGAAAAAGCUUAUUGUAUUAAGUAAUACUUUGUUACAAUAUAAAAUAAUUUAUUUUGUAAAAGUGGUUGCUAACAGCAAAUUUACUCUAUUAACUGUCCCCUUUCUGGAAUUAAUUAAAUUGAAUAAAUAUUAAAAAUCAUGUAAUAUCUUGUGUUAACCUUUUUCACAAAAUGCUCUAUUAUCGUUUCAGUAUAUAUUAAAUAUAUAGCAAAGGAUAUCAUAAUUCGUUGGGUAUAAUUUCUCUUUAAAGGUUGAACUCAACAUUAUUUAAAAAUAUAUUUACAUUUAUAUGAAUUAUAAGAGCCUUAAUCAUGUAUGUUCUUGGUCUAAUUAUAAAUUGUGUCCUUGAUUUAAUUCUUAGGGGGAAUUGGUGGGGUCAUGCUCCUUAUAAAAAUGGACGCCCUUGCUCUGCCUGCCCACCAAGCUAUGGAGGAAACUGCAAGGAAAAUCUUUGUUACAAAGGUACAGUACAUCAUGAAAAGUUUUUGAAAAGUUUCUUGGGGAAGGAUAUCAAAAUGAUUGGCAAAUUCACAUGUAUGGAGAUUUUUUUUUGUGGUACUACACAUUUUUAUAAUAAUUGUAUUACAGAAAUACUUUAUUUCAACAAUUUAGUUGAUAUGCCAAUAAAAGAAAAUGUGCAUGUUUUCUUUGUGGCUAUAUGAAAAAUGAUUUUGCAACACUUGUAAACUAUUACUACCGCAGUGCAAGCCCUCCCCUAUUUCCCUGGCACAGACUUUUAGUCUGUGCUGGUGAAUUGACCUCAUCAGAGGCUAUUCAUUAAACCUUAUCAAUGAGCUAUACUACAUUGAAGUCCAUUUUUAUUGAAAUCAGAACUUUUUUAAAUUGAAAAAAAGACCUCUUUACAUACAUAAAGCACUUUUGCAAACUGAAGUGCUUUAAGUGUUUUGGAGUGUUUCAUCAAGAACCAAUGAUGGCAACUGGUAGCACCUUACAAAUAUUCAUGAGUGGGAAUGGUACCUAAUGAAAAACAUAUUCUAACAUUUAUUUUUUUGAAGUACACCUUCACUUAACAUUCUAUUUUGACUUAAUAUGGCAUGGUAAAGUGCAAAUCAGAAUUAGAUUGUGAUCUUACUGGGUCUUUACUGAGAAGUCCCCAAUACAGUUAAAACACAUUCUGGAAUAAAUAUCAGUUCACUGUAUAUGUUAAAUGGAAUUUUGGAUGCCUCCUGGUCUACUGGUUCUGUUUUAUGAAACCUUGAGUACAUUUUCUUCAACAACUUCUCUACGGCUUAACAUUUGUUUGCAUGGGUUAUCCUUACUUGCAUCCAUAUUAAUCUUGUAGAUCUUUGAAUAAAAAUGUAUAUAAAUAUAUCAAUAUUAAACUCUUUCAAAAUGUAAAAAAAAAAUUCAAUUUUUUUUUAUCAAAAAAAUAUUAAAUUGAGGCAAAAUUAUGACCGGCAUAUAGAGCUGGGAUUAGUUCUACUGAAAAAAGGGGAAGAUAGUUUGUUUCUGAUGUAUGUGAGGUCUAAUAUCAGACCUCUCAGAAGCUUGCAAAAUCGAAUUCAAGGUGCUUGUAUGAUGUCCGAGAUGUUUGUUGAUUGCAGCUCAGAUUUGUCAAGCAAUGGGUUCUUUCUUGUAAAGGCUGUCAGAGUUUAGAUCAGGCGCUUUUCGAAAUUUGCAGCUUCUUAGUAUGGCAGCUAGGCCCCACCCCCGGAACAAUUGUAUUUUUAAAAGAAUUUUGGACAAAUUUUUUUUUUAUUUUUUUUUUAGAUGGCACAAAUCCCAAAUCACAGACAAGUACAAUAUGACUCCUUGAUAACUUACAGGGGUGAUAUCAAACUUUAUUCCUUUUCUUAAAACAUCUAGACAAUGUUAUGGAUAAUCAAUGUAAUAUCUGGUUCUGACAUUUUAAUUGCUUAAUAAGGAGCUCACCAUUAUAAAAAACAAAACAAAAAACAGUUGCAAGUGUUGAGUUGAAGUUUGUGAAGUUUCCAUGUUGUAGUUAUAUAUCACAUAAGUAAGCUUUUUUUAAAAUAAAUUAAAUGGUCAAUUUACAUGACAUUGUCUUUAUUUUUAUCUCUCAAUCUAUAGACUUUAUUCUUGAAAGAAAAAAAUAAAUAAAGCAUACUACAUUAAUCAUCAUGACCUUGACUUAGUAUACAGUGGAGCAUUCAUCAAAAGUUGAUGAAGGAUUUAAAGUUUAAAUCCUGAAAUACGUUACUAUUAUUAGUGUUAUUUUAAACAAACACUUCCAUAAAAAAAUUACUUAACCUUAAUGAAAAUUCUACCAUUAUUAGUUGGGAAAAUAUGUGGAAAGUCACCAUUCAUAUGCAAAAUGAAUACCAUUACUGUUAGGAUAAUUUUAUUAAAAAAAUACAUUAAAAAUAGCCUGAAGGGCAUUGUUUUUCCAAAUAGCUUGGCAUUUAGCUGUGGAUAAGACCAUUUACCUCUUGAUGUGAAAACACUGUGUAUUUUAUAUGUUGGUAUAUUCAUACAGAAUAACACAUAUUUUGUAAGACUCAAGCACUGGAAUCAUGCCUCCUGACACAUGGAUUAAUGUCCAUCUUGAUGUCCCUUGGAGAAAUAGUUUGGUGGUCUCACCUCAGUCUACAGUGAACCAAAGUCUUCUUUUUUUAAACCACAACUAGCAAUUAGGCAGAGAUUUACACAGUUGGCAGUCGUGCAGGGAAGAUGCUUAUUACUAGUUUGUUGGCGUGUUCCUCGAGAUCAAACAAGGUCACUUGAGUGUAUGGAAUCUCACUGUGAUACUGCAGAUACAUUUAAAGGUUACGUUAAAAACAAUAACUACAAAUUGCUUUGUUGAAUAUGUUACCAGAAUAUAUGUAUUCUAAUCAUCUCAUAUUUUUGGUUAUUUUCUCUUUGGCAGAAGGUUCCGAUUUACAUUACCCGAUUCCGGAACCUGAGGAGGAAACCAAUGAGAUUGAAAGACAGAGGUCAAAAGCACUAGAUACUACAUCGCAAAGCAGAGCUAGAACACAUUCUCCUACAUCUUCUACUAGGACAGAUGGCUAUGAUAAUAAUGAAGUUGUCAGUACUGAACAAAUGUGUAAGAAGCAUUAUUCUCAUUUCUUAUUAAUCUAUAAAGAAAAUGUACAUGGCAUGAUGUUGUCCAGUUUGAAAUUAAAAAUAAAAUUAUUUGCUUGCGGAAAAUUGUGAUGUUACAACCCAAUGCAUUUCUACACACUGGUUUAUGGGAAUGAACAUUUGUAUGUUAUCUUAUUCAUAACUUCAUCUAGAAAGUGAGAAUUAUGGAGGUAAUAGAGCUAAGCUACCAGAGGUUUUAAAUUUUUUAAAAACAAACAUGGACCUGGUAUUAUGAAAACAUCAAGAGAUUUCCGUGUAUAAUAUUCUAUGGAAUUAUUAUUUGUGGUUGUCAAAGAAAGAUCUUAAAUUAAUCACUUUACAAUGUAAUUAAUUCACUAACUUAAUCUAUUUAUCUAUAUCAGUGAUUUGCACACCAGUCCAGAAUUUAGCAAUUAACCACUUGUGUCAAGAUGCUUAUUUUUCUUCUUCUUUUUCUAAAAACACCUUGGACACAACUGGGUAAUCCCUAAAUCCUGGACUGGUAGGCGUGCAUUGAGAACUGGUUUGAAAACAUAUAUAUAUAUAAUGUGUGUGUGAAAAGGGCUACAUAUUAUUGAAAGUGUUUCAACAAAUUAACAAAUUGCUCACAUUCCAUUCUAAUAUAUUUACCUACACAGAAUAUGUGAAACAUAGACACUCAACAUAACAAUGGAAAAAUCUGUACAGAAUAGAAUAUUGCAUGCUAAAUUAAGUUCAAAGCAUAUUCCCUGUACUUACUUACACUAGAACUGCACUGGAUUAUGAUAUAGAAUAUGUGAGAAGUCAAAAAUAAUUUCACAUCAGUCUUUUGACAUUGGGCAACUAAGAAGCUGUAUGCUUUGCUGACAAUCUUCAUUCGCCUCUGAGUUGCAGUCUAACAGUUGGGUGUCUUUAUUUAAAACAAGCAUAACAAAAAUUCCAUUUUAAAGUCCAUUGAGUAAUCCGUAAUCUAAUCCCACUUGGGUUUAGAUACUUGAAUCUGCUAUGAAUAUUUAGAUACUUUAAUUUUAUGUUAUAAUAUGUUUUCUUUUUUUUUCUUUUUUUAGCUCAGAUUGUGUCUUGUGAAGUAAGGUUAAGGGAUCAAUGUAAAGGAACAACAUGCAACAGGUAUACUUCCUUCUGUUUCUUGUUCUGCAACUUGUACUUUUCUUGGAAGAAAAAAUGCUUCAAUAUGCUAUUUUACUUAGAACGUAUGUUCUUGUGCUUUCCUACUUUCUAUUGUAAUUUUAAACCUUGUCAAUACUCUGAGGAAUAUUUUUGUGUUAGAUGUUUUAGAUUCAUUCAUGGUUGUUUGUAUUGUCAACCACUUCAUUAUUUGUUUGCUAUAUAUUUCAGAUACGAAUGUUCAGCUGGGUGCCUCGAAAGCACUGCCAAAGUUAUUGGGACUGUGCAUUAUGAAAUGGUAAAUUCUUUUAUGUUUUAUUACAGUUUCUAAGAAUAAUAUUCACAGAGGAGGAGGAAAAUUGCAAAUAUUUUUGAUAUUGCAUUUGAGUUGUAAAAUCUGUAUGUCCCCAAAGGCUAUUGGUGUUUCCAUGAGUCUGUUAUGCAGAAUUUCUUUGCAGCUUCUGUAAAGGUGAAGGUUGCCAUAGUUCAAUUAACUCUCCUUAGACUGGAAUUUAGAGGGCCAAAAUGGAAUAAAGAACAUUAAAUAAAUAGAAUUCAGAAUAAUUAUACCAUAUAGAUAACACAUCCUAAUUGAAUACAAAAUCUUUUGUUAUGAUGUACUAAACUCAAUUUAUAGCAAAAGUAUAGAAAUUUAGCAUCCACUAACUUAAUUGUGACUACAUUGCUGUCGAAUGUUUUAAUGUGUGACAUAUUCUGUUCAGACACGGAUUUCACUGUUCUAUCUGUGCCUGUAAAAGCUGCCAAAAGGGAAAAUGAAAAGAAUAAUACUAAAAAAAUAAAUGGUGGUCCCAAGGACUCCCUAAUAACAGGGAAAGAAACCAAACAUGUUUCUUUUUCUUCCCACAAAUUCAUCACUCGCUAAAGAAGCUGGGGGCAUAGAAGAAAAGUGUGGUCUUCUUGGUUAUGUGACUGCCUAAUUUAAUGUUUUAUACAUUAAAUAACACUCCCUAUCCCACUGUGAUGGGGAAAGGAGAUUAUAGGAAGUAGUGGACUUAAUCAUUUUAUUAAACACUUGUUGUUAAAAUAUUGUUUUUUUGUGAAAAUAAAAUUAUAGAGUGCAGGACAAUGCAGACUACUACUGCAGUUUGAAGAAAGCCACUGAGUAUUGGGUCCUUUUCUGUUAUUCAGAGUGACUAGUUGGAGUCCCUGUAGAGAAAUUAGUUUCUCUGCCAGGUGAAGACCUGUGUUGGAGCAGAUAAGGAGGUCAUUUCAACAAGUAUUGCAAUACAAUGCCAAAUGGAAUGUAGUAUGUAUAUAGGCUGGUUCGAACAAGGAGGGAGUUAAAUGCAAAAUUCUCAGAACGGUUUUGACCAACCAGCAACAUUUUUAACAGUCAAUGAUCUUUUGAUCUCGGGAUCCUUCAAGCUGUGAUUUGAGUUCCAUGAAGACAUGGAAAAUUCAACAUAUACAAUUUUGAAUGUUAUUUAGGGGGAAAAAAAAUCUAUGUUUCUACUUUAAAGAAAAAAAAAAGCAUGUCCAUGACAUAAUCUGUGUUGGCUGUCAUCAUAAAGGUACUAAUGCUCCGUUAUAUUUUCCAAGGUAAUUUUAGUUCUAACUGUUAAACGAGCUGUAACAUUUGCUCUUCUAAUAAAAUUUUCUUGAAGCUUAAAAAAACAUUUAAAGAAAUUAUAUUAACUAAAUUUGAAAGCCACAUUUGUUCUUUAUUGACACUGGUUUUUCAUUUUGGCUGUGCACAUUUAAAUUUGAAUAAACUAAAUUUUACAAGAGGUGAAAUAGCCUUAGUAAUAGUAAAAUAUAUUAACAGUAUAAUUGCUAUGUACCAGUUUAAAUUUUUUCCAGUCUUUAAGUCUUUUUUUUAAUCAUAUCUGCUUAUCAGUCUCCGCCAGGUAUAAUACAGCAGUGUUUGACUGUAGUGGAUUUUGUAGUGAAUCACACUUGAUUAGUAGGAGUUUUCUCCUGCUUUCAUUGUCAGUGUUCUUUGGCAUCAAGGCAGUUCUGCUAGAAUAAUGUACACAUAACAUUUUCUUUUCUUUAAUUUAAUAUACGUUGUCCUGCAUGAUGACUGGAACAAUUUAAAGGGACACUACAAUAUAAGAAAUAAAAACAUGUGUUCCUAAUGCUAUACUGUUCUUUUGCUUAUCUAGAUAACCCCCUGGGGUAAGUGUUUGAAAGGUGAGAUGUAUUUACCUUUCUGCCCUUGCUUUGCUCCUCUCCACUAUGCCAGUCUGCCUCCUUGGCUGAGAUCAUCAAGAGUGAUAAUCUCUGACAAUCUACUGCUUUACCAUUGUGAUACAUUAGGUGGGUAGUGCACAUGCACAGUAGAAUGCCACACUACACUAGGGGCAGCAUUUGAGCUAUAAAAUAGUUUGACUCGCUUAUAGCAGAGGAAGUGCAUCUUGUGGCUGUAAACAUUGCCGUUCCUACAGUGUUUUAAGUUACAGGUUUAAAAAAAAGAGGCAAUGUUUUAUAUUACAGGUUUGAAAAGAGAGGGACACUGCACCCAGAUGAAGUGAUCUGUGUGUCUCUAGUUUCCAUUUAAGCCACAAAUGACUUAUGCUGCUUCUACUAUUUACUAACCCCAUAGCAAUGGUUAACUAAAGAUGAAAAAAAACAACUAAAAGUAGUAAGUAAUUGGCUAGUAAAGCAUCUGUAAGUAUGUUGUAUUGCUUUAUCGAAGCUUAUAUUCUGUGCCAUGCCAGUAGAUGGGGAUUUAAAUGGAUGGAUUGUAUUUAAAACGCAGUUGGUUACAACAGCACAGAACAGGUAAAUGGAUGAAUAUGCCAACUGGAUUGCCACUGGACAACAAUAUUCAUUAUUUUGUACAUAUUCUUCAUUGUAUCAAAAGGAAAAAGUUGAAAUCCUAGAAACAGUAUUAAAACUUGAGACCUAAACCAAUAAAUAAACAAUUUAACAAAGUUUACUGGUAUAAUUCAAUAUUACAUACGUUCAUGCCAAUAGACGAUUGAAACACAUUUUUUACACCUGUUUAAGUUUGAUUUAGAUAUUACUAUAAAAUAAGCUGAAGUUGUAAUAUUGCAUUUUCCCUUUGUUUGUUUCAGCAAUCAAGUAUUUGCAAAGCUGCUAUUCAUUCAGGUACAAUAGACAAUGAAGGAGGAUGGGUUGAUGUGACGAGGCAAGGAAGGAAAAAUUAUUUCAUUAAAUCCUAUAGGAAUGGGGUCCAAUCCAUUGGGUAAGAUUAAUGUUGCCCUUAGAACAUAUUUGUUGAAAAAAUAACCAAUAAAUUAUAUUUUGUCGUUACAAUGUAAGCGAAUUAUUCCAAAGCUAGAACAAUUCCGUAUGUACUGACGUGGACAUUUACUGUAACUAUUCUUUAGGAAUAGAAUAUGUAAUUCCACUCUCCAUGCAAAUUCACAAGGAUGGCUGAUUUGAAAUAAUUAUAUUGUGGCAAUUCGUUGAUGAUAUUGCCUUUUAUGGGCGGAGUAAGCCAAAUUGCUACCAACAUUGCAGAUGCUCAGUCAUGCUAUUAGUGUAGAUAGACAAAUUAGGCCAGACAUGUUUAACCUUGGCACCGGAUUAGUAAUUCAGAACGUUGCUAAGGAUAAAUGUUAUAGACAUCUGGUUGUCUGCAAAUAAAAGAGCAUAUGCGCUUUGAAAUCCAUAAAUCUCAUAUGAAAAUCCUAUACAGUUUAUUAGACACAGAAGUUUUGAAUGGUCUUGCCUAGAAGCAUGCAUCCACAACAUACAUUAUUCAGCUUUUUGCAGGCAAAUCUGCAAAUCCAUACUAUUUGCCCAUUGGCAGUGCAUCCAGCUAGUAAACAAGUACUUAAAAACACUUCUGUAAUAGGAGGGUUAACAAAUCGAAAAGGUAUAAAAAAAACCCCCCAAACAAACAUACAGAUGUCAAUAUGAUUUCAUAGAAGUAUCAGGGUCCCUAUAACUCCUUUCAACAUGUUGCAUUUAUUUAGACCUCUGGCAGGGCGUUAAAAGAUUUUAAAAUCAUUACAGAGGCAGUAUUUGCGCAUCUACAUCCAUAUUGUCUUGUACGGUAUUUUGUUUUUCCUCUCACAUUAUUUAUUUAUUUAUUUAUUUAUUUAUUUAUAUGAUUUUUUUUUUUUUUAAUGGAUUCCCAUUUUAACGUGUAGAACAUGGGGAGUUCAAUAGCAUAAUUUCACAAUGCUCUUGACUUCAAAUCAGGUUUAAUAUAAAUACAUACAUGUUCCCAUUUUCUAGUUUUUCUAUCCUUUCUAAACAAUCUAUAUAUUUUUCAAUUAAUAGCCCUAUCAAGUGUUUCAUCCCACCAAGUCUCAGUAACCCCAAUUAUGUCACACUGCUCGCUGUAUUCCAAUAUCUCUAGCUCCCCCAUUUUCCCAAGGUAAUAACAUUAGCACGCAGACAUUUAAAGUUACCAUUUAUUUCUUGAACACUAUUUGAAUAACAUGCAAUUAAUACCUUCUUGUUCAUAUCUUACCACUCCCCCCAUCUCCUCUUCAUGGACUUAAUUCCCUCUCCUUUCUAUAAUAUCUACCACAUUUAUCCUUCUUUGAUCCUCCACUCUUAUUCCUAGUUUAAAGCCUCCUCCAAUCUUCUAGCCAUCCUCUCCCCUAGCAGAAAAGAUAAUUCUUUCAUUCAGGUGCAAUCUAUCCCUGCUAUAAAGAUUGUACCGAAAAAGCAAAAUCGUCACAGUGCCCAAACCCUUACAUCCUACAUCAAAACGUCAACCAGGUAUUGACCUCUCUAAUCUCCCGCUGCCUUUCCACUGUAGCAUGUGGUGCAGGUAAUAUCUCAGAAAAAGUUGUCUACCCCUGACCUAGAGUCUAAAGUCACAGUGGACAGAAGAUCAGAAUAGACAAAUAUGUCUCCAAAGAUUAGUCUGAGAUGAGGGGUUUACAUUUAGGAGAUGGGAUCGAGACGAGACCAAGUGAAUGAAUUGCUGAGUGCAUCUGGCACGGCAAAUGUCAGCAUAGUAACUGAACCUGUGGACUGUGGGGCUAAGCUGUGGCACGUUGACUAGUAGAGGUUUUAAUCAGCCUUGUCCAUAACUGAGCCUUACUUAACUUCUAUGAAAGCUAAUUUAAAUCACUAGUGCAUACACUAUUUUAAAAAUGAAUUAUCAUUUGCAUUAAUCUGACUUACCAAUAUAUGGGUCUUUUCUACAAUAUUGUUGAAGAAACUUGUUUAAGAGAUCAAAAUUCUGGAAAAAAAUUAAUUUUUAACUACUAUUCUAUUAUGAUCUCCAUUCAUAAAGCUAUUAAAAAUAUUUCCAUACAUGAGUCAUUUAGGGCUUGUGCAUAAAAUCUUAUACUCUAGCAAAUAUUUAGUAAGCCUUGAAGAAGAACAUAGUGAUUUACUUUUAGUGCAAUAAUCUUAUAUUUUAUUAUUUCUACAGAAAAUAUCAAUCUGCAAAUUCUUUUACAAUCUCCAAAGUAUUAUGUGAGUAUAUUUUAAAAUUGCUAUACACAGUAUAUGAAGCAGUAAAGACAAAUAUGUGCAAUUGAUGUUUCUUUAAACUACAGCAAAUGUGUUUAGAAAUAAGCCUGUGUAAAUAAGAUACGUUGUUCUCAUUCUCAAUUACAUUAUAGUUGUGUAAAUUACGGUAACUUUAGGCAUAUUUUGCAAGCCCCCCCCCUUUCAAAAGCGACAGAUCCAGUGUGGGCAAAUUGACCGUAGAGUGAAGGGGGAGGCAAAUUCUUCUUAUCUCAAGCUUUUCAUCACGGCAGCUGCCGUCUUGUAGUGAAGAUCCUCUUCGUGCCCAGAGCUGCUUUAGUGCUGUAUUCCCUUGCAAGCGCGAGAGUACAACUCUGAGAUCUGUGGAUGAUCCCACGAGAUUGGUGAAUCCCCCGUAGAUUGAAACCCACAAUGGCUGCUGGUAUUGGACAAAAACGAACGUAGUGGAUGCCAAAUAUUGCUGCACCCCCCACCCCCCUUGACUGAUGGCAAAGUCAAGUUGAGAGCAUGCCAGUGAUAAAAAUUACAUUCACCAGACUUUUGGGAGGUAUGUUGCUACCUCUGGGUUAAUUGUAUGAAACUCUCAUAUGUGAAAAUAUUAGAAGUAUUUAAAUACACAAUUAAAUAAAAAAAGACAAUUACUAAUUCAAUAAAUGACUAUUUUUAUUUGCAAUAUCAUUUCUUACAGUUCUUGCUGCUAUAGUUUAGCAGUAAACUUUUUUUUUGUCUUACUACAUCUGACAUCUUGGAGAGAGAAACAACUUGCAUCAUGUUCAGUUCCUGGCUGAAAGCUUUAGUUUAAUUUGUUGUCAGCCUCACUAUGUCACUUUACAAUGUUAUGAUUCUUCUCAAUGGUGUCUUAAAUCCGCUAAAAAACCUCAAGCUAAAUCUCUUGCUCCUAGUAAUAAGAAGUAACAGUAUGAUACGGGUAGUACCAGCCACUUUUACUUCACAGGCCAAUAUUUAAUAACCACCAACAGUCCAGGCUUUACUGGAACACAACUGAGCAAUCCUACAUUUUGGGAUAGUCUAUAGCAGGGUGCUUUAAGGAGCAAUGAACUGAUCUAUAACAGGUUUAUUAGAUCAAUACAUAUAAAUAACAUGACUAUUUAUCAAACAGUGGAAACACUAGUAGAACACUCUGGCAUAAUAAAUUGGAUUGUUAUGUAAGUGGUACAAAAUGGCAAUGUUUCUGCUGCUAUAUCAGUGAUUCCCAGACAAGUCCUCAAGGCACCCCUACCAGUCUAUAAUUUAGUGUUUACCCAGUUGUUUUUGUUUUCCUCUAUAAACUCCUUAGAUACAACUAGGAAACUCCUAAAUCCUGGAAUGGUAUGGAUGGCUUGAGGACUGGUUUGGAAACCACUGUAUUAUAUGAUUGUUACAGGCAUGGACGAGAACCAAUAUUGUUUAAACUAACCCAUAUAUAUAUGUCCCUUUAACAAAGUAACAUCUAGAGGAGAAUAGAAUGACAUAACAUGGCCGUAGGGUGUUAUGCCAUUCAAGUGUGAAUUUGGUGGGAUAAUCCCAUUUCAGUGGGAUGGUCUUCACCUUGGGUCCAUGUCUUGCUGUACUGAUUUUGUUCUGCGAUAUCCCACUUCUGCUGACAUCAGAAACAAGUCCCAAGAAAGUGAAGUCACAUUUCAGAAAUGUGUGGACAGACCCAAUGUUUGGCUGACAUAGCUGAUUUUCACCCUGGUUCAUGUGUGCCAGUCCUUUUUAGGACAAAAUGUGUAUCAACAACACACUCCAACUCUUGCUGCCCCCUUGCUUUAAUAAAUAUAGAGGGAUUAUGCCAGGGCCUCCUACUUAGAUUGAUUAUAUUUUCAUUUCUCUCCACUUCUUUCUUCCUUUACAUCUGCUACUGUAUUGUUACAUGAAUGUGGCACAGUGAGUAGUGUUAGCUGUUAGGUACCCUGAGAGUAUUGAGUAAAAAUGAUGUGCAAUGGAAAGUAUGGAAGGGGAGUUUGAAGAUAGAUUAAUACAAGGUUCCAUUGCUAGUAAAUUAGCUUAGUUAGUAUCAACUUAAUUUUAUGUAGCAGUGCAUUGUUGUUGAGAGAUAUAUGUAUCUCAACAACAACAGACAUACUACAAUAUAUAUAUAUAAAUUAUAUAUAUCGUUGACGAUAUGAGUAGAAUUGAAGAGUGUUUUAAUAAUGAACACCUGAAAUGUACAUCGUAGUUUGUUUUGUAAUGCUUAGCUAUGUUUCCAUGUAUGUUACAAUACUUACAUUCCCCUAACAAAGAUUUGACUGUUGUUAUAUCAUAUCAUACAUAUUUUAAGAUUUAUUCUGCAUUUUCUCUUACUGUUAGUUCAAGCUGUGACAUGUGAAACGACAGUUGAACAGUUAUGUCCCUUUCAAGAACCAACAUCACAUUGCCCAAGGUGAGUGAAUUAUUGUUUUUAUUUAUGUUUUGUUAUGGGGAAACCUUGUGCAAUAAUUAAAAUGUACAAAACAUUGGCUGUACUUUCAUGGGACUGGUACUUUCCAAUUUUAUGUCCUCAGACUAACCGGUAUUAUUAUAUAUAAUAUUUUAUAUAUAUAUCCCUGAAUAAGGAUACCAGUCAAAGUUAAUAUCAGACAGUUGUGUCAGUGACCGUAAUUCUCCAGUUUGAAUUAAAAUGUACAUCUUAUCCCGCAGGUGACUUGUUAAGCAUUCCAGUAGAUGUCUUAUUGACUUAAUAAGAAGGAAAAUUACAAAAUACUGCAUGUGUACAAAAAUAAAAAUUCUACUUCUCCAAAACCCCAUCUAACAUAAUAGGAAUUUGUUCUCGCCCAUUAAUUUACAUGUAUAUUUUGCCUCAUGGUCCUUCCUGUUUAUUUUCUUUGAAUACAGUGGGAUUCCAAUGACAGAUGCAGUAAAAUAGGCUGAUUAAAUUAUUUAAUCCAAAUGGAGUUGUAACUUUCAUUUCAACAUGUCUUUCCAAUGUUAUACUAUUUCUAAAGUGCAGCACUCAAUGUAAAAUAAGAGUUCUACUUUCAAACAUUCAUAUUGUAGCAUACUAAAAUCCAAAUGUCAAAAUUUAGACAAAAUUAGCUAAACUUGAAAAAAAUUCUAAAACUCAAGUUGGAUACUUUACCUUCAGUUUUCCAAUUGAAUUUAAAUUCAUUAAAAUAGUAAUAGGAUAAUAGGAUGAUUGGGAAAACAUUUUCAAAGCCGGUGGAUCCGAGUGACAAUAUUGCACACAUCUGUGGAAAUUAAUGUGGAUGAACUUCGCUGGUCAAUGAAGUACUGUAGGGUUUAACCCUGCAAUCUAAAACCAUUGGUGUUUAAUAAAUACAACAAGGCUGUGAUUGUAGAGCUAACACAAUUCUGCUGAUUAGCCAAGUCAGACUUGGUUAUUCACACACAUGCUGAGCAUUGAUUUGAUUGCUACGCAUGCACACUAACCUACCAAUGCUUCCCUAUGGGAAAGCAUUGGUUUUGCUGAGAACAUCAAUCUUGAUUUCAGGAAGGUGGGGCAGCAAUGGAGUAAACGUAAGUGAAUUGCUCUACUUGUUAUAUUUGGGGAGGGGGCAAUAAUCUAACUAGAUACUAUGGCACUGUAGAAUAAGCAUGUCAGACUCAAAAGCUAACACAGGCCAAAUAAACAAGGUUCAGGUUUACGUGGGCUGCAAAAAACCAAAGACUUCAGUUUUCAUAGAAAUUUAGGUUUAUUUAGAAAAGUACAGUAUAAAAAAAGUUGUCUAACUGAAGCCCUACGAGCGUGAGGACGUCCAGUGUCAAAGUAAACAAAAAAAGCUAAUUUAUUUUAAGGAUACCUGCAUUUGGAGGAAAGAUUAGGAGCUCAGAUUUAGAGAGAUUGAGUUUCAGAAAGCGUGAGGACAUCCAGUUAGAGAUGGAAGAAAAGGAGAGGUCCGGGGAGGAGAGAGAUAUCUGGGUGUCAGCCACGUACACGUGAUAGUGAAAUCCAAAUGAGGUAAUAAGUUUGCCAAGAGAGGCAAUAUAAAGAGAAAAUAGAAGGGGACAAAGGGCAGAGGAACUUCAACCAAGACAGGACGAGGGGAGGAGAUAUCAUUAGAAAAGGAGACACUGAAUGAGCGUUGGGAGAGAUAAGAGGAAAACCACGACAGAGGAUAGAGUCACAGAGACAUGAUGAACAGUGUUAAAGGCAGCAGAGAGGUCACAAAUUAUUAGUAUGGAGUAGUGGCCUUUGGAUUUAGCUGCUAUAAUUAGGUUGUUAUUAACAUUGAUAAGAGCAGUCUCUGUAGAGUGGAGAUGGCAGAAGCUAGAUUGAAGAGGGUCAAGGAGAGAGUUGGAAUUGAGGAAGUGAGACAUACGGGUAAAGACAAGUCUUUCCAGAAGCUUUGAGGAAAAGGGGAGCAGGGAUAUGGAACGAUAGUUAGAGGGGGAGGAUGUGUCAAGAGAUGUUUUUUUCAGGAUAGGUACUGUGGUGAAAGUGACCUCACCACUGGUUUUUGGAGGGGCCUGUUUGCCAGCCUCCUGCCCUGCGACUAUGGCCCUGGGAUGUUUUGCCCUUUAAGGAACUGAUUUGGGCAUAUUGUAUUUUAUUAUGCUGCUGCUGGCCCUUGAAGAACUAUCUGGGGACAUACUGUGGAGUUACUGGGUGGCCACCAUUUCAUGUAUCAGAGGCACAUGGUGAGAACAAUGGAUGGUGGCCAUUUUAACUCACAGACACUGUUUUGACUUUUCUACACAGUGCCAUCUUGCCUGUAUUUGGUGCACAAAGACAUCGUGCAGUAGUUUUAAACUAUAGAACAGGGGACACACUUAACAGUAAUUAUUUUUCAUAUAUCCUGUAUAUGUUCUCCGGAAUCUGCAUUAAACCGUAUCUUCCAAACUACUGAAUGGAUCUGCGUGAAUUUUGGAAAUGUGAUUCACCCAGAUCCCCUGGUUCCAAGUGGGGUUAUUGCAUGUUUUGGGGUCCCUGUGAUCUGUUUUAUAAUACUGUAUUUUCCUGCCUGUGAUAAUUAAGUUAGUCUAUUGUGUUGAGAUAAUUGUAUCACAAGCAGAGGGGAGUAUUUCUGAUGUAAUGAAUGGGAGUGUUAGCUGUGUUGUAAUGUGUUGAUUGGUUGUUCUUCAAAACCCUGUGGGCAGUACUAGGUUUGUAGAAUGUGAAUAAAAGAGGCUGUGGUGGUUGGUGGGGUCUGUUGUGGUUGUGGUGUUUGCAGAGCACUUGGAGCCCUCUGUAAGCGCUGGGAAAAUCCUUCAACGGAGGUACCCAGUCGGGGUGCCAGGUGAUCCGUUACAGGUACUAAUUACACGGUCAGCAGGGACAACACCAGAAGAGAGAGCAGUUGAAGAUGUGUGUUAAGGAAGGCACAAGGCAGGGGGAGAGAGAUCUGAUAAGGUGAGAUGGGACAGAAUCGAGUGGGCAAGUGGUCAGGCGAGAGGAAAGGAGAAGCGCUUUCCUGAAGAAGUGUGUUUUCAAAGAUUUUUUUUGAAAGAGUGGAGACUGGAUGAAAGUCGAACAGAGAAGGGAAGGGAGUUCCACAGCAGAGGUGCAACCAUGGAGAAUUCUUGGAGGUGAGCAUCAGAUGUGGGAGUACGGACAGAGGAUAGGUGUAGAUCUUCGGAAGAGCACACGGGCCUCGACGGGACAUAUUUGUGUAUUAGGGAGGAUAGGUAAGUUGGAGCAGCAUCAUGUAGGGACUUGUAAGCAAGUACCAGAAUCUUAAAUUGAGCCCUAUAUCUAACUGGAAGCCAAUGUAGGCACUGAGAGAGGGGGGAGGCAUGGGAGGUGGCAGGCAGACAGGAAAAUGAGCCUCACCGCCGCAUUCAUUAUAGAUUGCUGGGAACACGUAAGACCACUGAGAAGGGGAUUGCAGUAGUCAAGGCGAGAAAGAACAACAGCAUGGACCAGCACCAUAGCUGUGUCUGGUGUUAAAUAAGGGAGAAUCCGAACUAUAUUUUUGAGAUGGAAGCGGCGGGAUUUGGUGAUCAACUGGACAUGAGGGGUGGAGGAAAGGUCGGAGUCAAAGAGAACACCUAGGCAGCGACUCUGCGAGGCAGAAGUGCUGCUGGCGUCGUUGACUUGGAGGGAGACAGACACUGGAGUAGCAACACUUGAGGGUGGAAAGACCACAAGUUCUGUUUUGGACAGGUUGAGUUUAAGGAAGUGAGCGUCCAUCCAGUUGGAAAUCGCAGAGAGGCAGUCAGAGACAUGAGUCAAGAUGGGUGGAGAGAGAUCACGAGAGAAUGUGUAGAUUUGUGUGUCAUCUGCAUGUAAAUGAAAAUGGAAGCUAAAGGAGCUGUUGAGUUUACCAAGGGAGGCAGUAUAGAUAGAGAAUAGUAGGGUACCAAGGACAGAAUCUUGGGGAACGCCAACAGAGAGGGGUUGGGGAUAAGAAGAGACAGAGCCAGAGAAAGAAACCCGGAAAAAGCAUUGGGAAAGGUAGGAGGAGCACAAGGAGAGAGCAGUAUCCCGUAAACCGAGAUUACAGAGAAUGAGAAGAAGUUGUUGAUGAUCAACUAUGUCAAAGGCAGAAGAAAGAUCAAGGAGAAUUAGGAUAAAGUAAUGGCCAUGAGAUUUAGCAGCGAUAAAAUUGUUGGAUACUUUGGUCACAGCUGUUUCAACAGAGUGACAAGCGCGGAAUCCUGAAUGAAGCGGGUCAAGCAGAGAGCUGGAUUUGAGGAAGUUGUCAAUCUUGCAUACACAACUCUCUCAAGGAUCUUGGAGGCAAAUGGCAGUAGUGAUAUAGGGCGGUAGUUGGAUGGGGAGUUGGGGGUCAAAGUUGGGCCUUUUCAGAAUAGGCGUUAUGGUUGCAUGCUUGAACGGUGAGGGAAAUGUGCUGAAGGAAAGGGAGAGAUUGAAAGUUUUAGUGAGAGGGAGACAUAAUUCAUCCCACAUUUUGUGGAGUUCAUAAAUUAACCAAGGAUGUUUGGAGGGCACAAAGGAUGUAACAUAUUAUAUUAUUUUUUUAUUUAAACACCCAUUUUUAUGUCAAACAGUUUAACAGCUGAUUUAACAAAAAUGGGAGCUCUCCACAUCAUCAUCUCGAUUAAAGGAGAGUGGUCUCUAGAUUUUUGAGAUGUCUUGUUUUUGGUAAAACCACUCCCAAAUAGUUUGAAAAACAAAAAAACUGUGAUAACCCAUAGAUUUAUGUCUGCAUUUGCAGUUAAGUUGCUUAGACUGCCCCUUUAAACAAUUACUUUGAUUGUGUUUUAGCGAUUUUUGUAUUUAUUUAUUUAUGAAACCUUAUUCUUGUCUAAAUAUUGUCUUUGGUUUUUGUGUGUUUCAUGUGAUUAAACUUUUCACAGGCUUACCUCCAUAUGACAUAUUUUGAUCAUAUUACCAUUUCUUCGUGCAGAUAGAAAACCCCUACAUACAGAUAGAAACAAUUUUCUUGGCAGAAUUUUAUUCCUUAAGCAAUUUUUGCAGUGCCUUCACUUAUUCACCUUCUUCUGUUUAUUUUUAUUUUGUGAACUCUUCUGUAUUGUCAGGUGGAUUUUAUACGUCCUUCUUUCAGUCAAAAAGUGUUUUCCUUAUACUAAAUUGAACCUUUUUAUGAUCUCUGUUUGUGGUCUAUUCGUUUGGGAAAAGACUCUGCUUUAUUUUGAAAGGUGUGUUUAAAUUCUGAGAAGUCUUUCUUUUAAUUAAAUAUUAUAAAAGCAAUUGUGAAACAAAUCUCAAUGAUUUCUGUCAGUUGCCUGAGGAAAUAAUGAACCAUGAAUUUCCAUGUUGUAAUUGUGAAUAACUAUUAUUUUUUAUUUUUUUUGUGGAUUACUUUUAAUUACUAUUAUGAUUAGGACUGAAAUUAGUACAGUCAUUAUCAGAAUAACAAACAGUACAUGUAAAAUGUGCUUUAAAAUUGUUUAAUCCAGAUGAUGUAAUUUGAAAUUUGUUUUGUAGUUUUAGUUUUGCUGUAAUAAGGCUACUGUGUGCAUUGUAGGCCUACUGACAAUUAGUGAUGUCCCGAACGGUUCGCUGGCGAAUAGUUCCCGGCGAACAUAGCGUGUUCGCGUUCGCCACGGAUGGCGAACAUAUGCGAUGUUCGGUCCGCCCCCUACUAAUUUACUAAUACUAAGUAAAAAUUACUUAGUAUUAGUAAAUUGUGCCCCUACUCGCAAUACCACGAGUAGGGGCAUGUCUAUUAAACAGUGAGCAGCCUGUGGCCCUAAAAAUAACAAUAAGGGGGGGACCUACUGUCCCCCCCGGCCCCCACCCCUGAGCGGUGGGUGGGGGUCCUAACAUUAAAAAUAAGGGGGGGACCUACUGUCCCCCCCCGGCCCCCACCCCUGAGCGGUGGGUGGGGGCCCUAAAAUUAACAAUAAGGGGGGACCAAUUGUCCCCCCCGGCCCCCACCCCUGAGCGGUGGGUGGGGGCCCUAAAAAUAACAAUAAGGGGGGACCUACUGUCCCCCCCAGCCCCCACCCCUGAGCGGUGGGUGGGGGCCCUAAUAACAAUAAGGGGGGGACCUAUUGUCCCCCCUGGCCCCCACCCCUGAGCGGUGGGUGGGGGCCCUAAAAUUAACAAAUUAAAAAUUACUUAGUAUUAGUAAAUUGUGCCCCUACUUGCAAUACCGCGAGUAGGGGCAUGUCUAUUAAACAGUGAGCAGCCUGUGGCUGCUCACUGUUAAAAAAAAAAGGGUCCCCCCUGGUGGGGGCCCUAAAUACUAAUGGGGGGGCCCUAAAAAUAACAAUAAGGGGGGGAUCUACUGUCCCCCCCCAGUCCCCACCCCUGAGCAGUGGGUGGGGGCCCUAAAAUUAAAAUUAACAAUAAGGGGGGACCUACUGAGCGGUGGGUGGGGGCCCUAAAAUUAACAAUAAGUGGGGGACCUAUUGUCCCCCCCUGGCCCCCACCCCUGAGCGGAGGGUGGGGGCCCUAAAAUUAACAAUAAAGGGGGGGACCUAUUGUGCCCCCGGCCCCCACCCUGAGCGGUGGGUGGGGGCCCUAAAUACAAAGGGGGGGGACCCUAGUCACCCCCCCCCCAAAAAAAAUUAGCACCCUACCUACCCCCCUCACCAUAAAAAUAAUGAGGGGGGGACCUUUAACUAAAAACCUGUAAAAAAAAAAUUAGAUAAAAAUAACUUACCAUUUGAUGUUUUCUUUCUUCUACAAUCUUCUUUUUUCAGCCCCAAAAAAGGCCAAAUAAAAAGCCAUAAGAACCGACGCAAUUAAAAAAAAAAAAAACGAGCGCACAAGAAAAUAAUCCAUCUUCACCCAUGGAGGGCUCCGCGCAGACUGAGCUCUGCAGGGUGGGGAAGGCUUAUAAAGCCUUGCCAUCCCCUGCAAUUAGGCUAAAAACACUCUGAUUGGCUGGUUUAAGCCAAUCAGAGUGCUCUUUGUCAUUUUACACAGCGUGGGAAAAUUCAAAAGAACUUUCCCACGCUGUGUAAAAUGACACAGAGCACUGUGAUUGGAUGGCUUGAAAUCCAUCCAAUCACAGUGCUCUGUGUCAUUUUACACAGCGUGGGAAAGUUCAAUUACAAAUGGUAAGUUAUUUUUAUCUAAUUUUGUUUUAACAGGUUUUUAGUUAAAGGUUCCCCCUCUUUAUUUUUAGGGUGAGGGGGGUAGGUAGGGAGCUAAUUUUUUUUUUUUUGGGGGGGGUAGGGAUGACUAGGGGCCCCCACCCACCGCUCAGGGGUGGGGGCCGGGGGGGACAAUAGGUCCCCCCCUUAUUGUUAAUUUUAGGGCCCCCACCCACUGCUCAGGGGUGGGGGAUGGGGGGGACAAUAGGUCCCCCCCUUAUUGUUAAUUUUAGGGCCCUCACCCACCGCUUAUGGGUGGGGGCCGGGGGGGACAGUAGGUCCCCCCUUAUUGUUAAUUUUAGGGCCCCCACCCACCGCUCAGGGGUGGGGGCUGGGUGGUACAAUAGGUCCCCCCCUUAUUGUUAUUUUUAGGGCCCCCACCCGCCACACAUGGGUGGGGGCUGGAGAGGGGGAGGACAGUAUUUCCCCCCCUCAUUAUCUUUAUGGCCCCCACCCGCCGCCCAGGGGUGGGGGCCUGGGGGGGGAGGACAGUAGGUCCCCCCCCCUCAUUAUCAUUAUGGCCCCACCCCCGCCCAGGGGUGUCGGCCGGAGAGGUGGAGGACAGUAGUUCCCCCCUUAUUAUCUUUAUGGCCCCCACCCGCUGCCCAGGGGUGGGGGCCGGGGGGGGGGGAGGAGAGUAGGUCUCCUCCCCCCCCUUCAACCAGAAAGAGUCCCUGUGGGUUUUAAAAUUCGCCUGCCUAUUGAAGUCUAUGGCGGUUCGCCACAUUCGCAAACCGAAAAUUUUAUGUUCGCGACAUCACUACUGACAAUUAUACUCACAGCAUGCAGUACGAUGCUCCGCAUAUUAGUAAAUAUUAUGAUCCUGGUCUUUUCCAAUGAGAUGUAUUUAAAGUGUUAUUUAUAAUCUUUAUCAAGACUUAUAUAAGAGAUACCAGUAUAUUUAGAAACUGUAUUGAGGAGAUUUACUAAAACAUUGCUUACUAAUUUUCUUGACAUGCAAAGAAAAGCAUUUGGCGAUAAUUAAAAAAUUUACAAGAAAACUCAAAGCACCAAAACCACUACAGCCUUGUAUAGUGGUUAUGGUACCUUGAGCGACCUGGCUGUUUUGGAAUGGUUUGACAACUUACUUGGGUCCUGCGUCCAGUCCGUUCCAUGUCGGACACGCCUGCAGAAAAAGACCAGAUGUAGCAUGGGCACUUGGGGGACCCAGAUAAGUUGUCAAAUUAUUUUUUAAUUGUUUGGCAGAUUACUUUGGGAGAGAACCAGUGUGCUCCUUGCACCCUAAUAAAUAUAGAGAGUUUUGGCUCUGUUUCUUUGUCAGUAGCAUUUUGUUAUUGUUACCUCUGUAAUUGAAUGUAGCCUCCAUAGAGUCCAGUUUCUCAUCAAGUUUGUGAUGAAUCUCUAAAUGGCUAUAUUGGAUAGAAGUAUUUUAUAUGUCAAUGGUUGCUGUACAGAUGGGUAUUGUCCCUCCAACUCCUACAUUGGACAGGAGCACCUCCUAAUUAAACAAUAAAAGUGAGACUCCCUCCCCUUCAUUUCCUGUCCACUUCCCUUGGACACAGAAUGUUUACACCUUCUGUUUUCUGUUUUAUCUUUUGUGCCUCACUUGGGUCUAAGAUUACCCCAACCCAUUGGGAUUUCUGUAUCUCUCCCCAUGGAAGCCUCAGGAAACAACACCUCACCAAGGGUGACCCCCUAGAGGAUUCUCCCCUUAACGACCAGGGAGUUACGCUGCAGUGACCCUGUAGGUAACCGCUGGACAUGCCAGCUCCCCCUGAGGUUAUAAUUCCUGUUCAGAAUGUAAUAGAGUCCUGGGGUAUCUUGGCUUUCCCAUUUAAGUUGGCUAUUGUGGAGGAAUAGAGGACCAUGGACAUUCUCAUAAAGAAGCAAGAUUCUCUUUAAGCCGCGGUACAUUUUAUUAUCCUUUUAAAAAAACAAAAAUUUGUAAAAGUGCAUACCUCCUAGCUGACUCUUGGAUUCUCAGUUCUACUCACAGAUCCUUAUAUAAAAAGAAGGAAAAGACCCCCUUGUGUAAACCUGUGGUGACAUAGUAUUGCCUGGAAAGAGCCUUUGUAUGGCCUGUCUUAAAGCACUGGCUGGUCCUACAGAACCUGAUCCAGAUUUCCUCUCCUAUAUCUGCCAAGCAGUUUUACAGGGUCUUCAAAAGACAGAAAAAGGAAAGAAACGGUUCAGAUUCUUCAUCCCUGAAUGGAAUUCAGAACAUAGCUCAGAUGAAGAAAUGCCGCCAGUCUUGAAAGAGGCCGAAUUUUCAUCUCAAGAUGAAGAUCCCCGUUCCUCUCCUAUCUUCAUGAACAAUAAAAAAUAGAAGCUGUGAUUGAAGCAGUCCAUGACACAUUUGAUCUCAGGGAUAAGAUGGAUGAAGAACCUGCUUCAAGUAAACACUUUGCAGACUUGAAGAAGCGAAAUCCCACUUUCCCUCUUUAGGAAGCCAUUGAAGACUUGAUUAAAGAGGAAUGAAGGAAGACCAAAUAAAGGGUCUCUAUUCUGGGUCGAUUUUCCAAGCUUUACCCUUUCAAGCUUGGUGGAUAAUACUGGGUCUUUACGAAAUCCUAUGAAUAAACGAAUAUACUCCAAUCUGUCUAAAGUCAAUAUUGCCACAGGUUUCUAUAGAUCUAGUUUGGUCCAUCUAAAGAAGCAUGGUUCACUCCGAAGCUUUAAGAUGCGCUCUCUGGCUACGACUAGUGGUGUUGUAGAGAGAGUCACUGAGGAUAGUGGUGUUGUGGAGAGAGGCACUGAGGCUAGUGGUGUUGUGGAGACCGGCUUGGAGACUAUGGUGAGGCCUAAUAGAAAGCAGUUGUUGUUGGGUGAUUCCAUUAUAAGAGGUGUGGAGAUGGACAAUGGUGGUCUUGUGAGGUGUCUUCCUGGAGCUACUGCUCACAGAGACAGGAGACGUAUCUGUAAUAUUGUUAAGCAAGCAAAGCAGGAAGGGGAAUUGGAUGUACUUGUCCAUCUAGGGACAAAUGACUUGGCUUGCAAUGAGGUUUCAAAGGAAGUUUUUUAGUGUUUUUGCCAAUGAUAUACGGCAGGUUGCUUCCACACUGUCAUUCUCUGAAGUUCUGCCUGUGCAUAACACUCAGAACGACAGGCGGAUGCGUAUUAGGGACUUUAAUUUGUGGCUUGGUGAAUGGUGUCGGGAGCAAGGAUUUGGCUUUAUUUCUCAUGGUAGCUCUGUUUGGAAUGGAGAUAAGCUGUACAAAAAAGAUGGUUUGCAUCUUUCUCAAAAGGGAACAAAUGUUCUCAGUGAGCAGUUCAGAGGUUUUGCUAGGAUGUAUUUAAACUAGGAGGGGGGGGCAAAAGGGUGAUAAAACAUCAAUCCAAUUGUCCCCAAAACAAGGACAGAAGGUGCCUGUAGCAAGUGUGUUAAAAAAUGAUAAGCUUAGAGUCAUGUCUACAAAUGCUCGCAGUUUAGGGAAUAAGAUCCAUGAACUUGUGGCAAUAAUGGCAACUGAUAGUGUAGAUUUAGUCGCUGUUACUGAGACAUGGUACAAUGAGAAAAAUGACUGGGACAUAGCAAUACCAGGGUACUCUUUAUAUAGGAAAGAUAGGGAAGGCAAGAAAGGGGGAGGGGUGGCCUUGUAUGUGAAGGAUAGCAUAAAAUCUAGCCUAAUAAAAGUUAGUGAGGCAAACAUAGAGUCCGUUUGGGCUACGUUAGAAUUUGGUAAUCACACAGUAACUCGUGUAGGUGUGAUUUAUAGGCCCCAGGACAAAUUGAAGAGUUAGAUAAUCUACUAGUUGAGGAAAUAGCUAAAAUGACAAUGAAGGGGGAAGUUAUCAUCAUGGGUGACUUUAAUCUUCCUGAUGUAAAUUGGAAAACAAAAUUAGCUACUUGUGCCAGGAGCACACAUAUUCUAAACUCCCUACUGGGAUUGUCUCAAAAACAAGUUGUUGAGGAGCCAACUCGUAAAGAGGCCAUACUAGAUUUAGUGUUAACAAAUGGAGAUUUGGUAUCAGAUGUUACUGUAGGUGAAAGUUUAGGAUCCAGUGAUCAUCAGUCAGUGUGGUUUAAUAUAAGAACAGUGACUGAGUCACACCACACAAAAACAAAAGUUUUAGACUUUAGAAAAACAGACUUUUCUAAAAUUAGAAUAUGGGUAGAGGAGUCAUUAUCAGACUGGAGCAAUUUAAAUGGAGUCCAAGAAAAAUGGGAUUAUUUAAAAGUUGCACUAUUGAAGGCAACAGAAAAUUGCAUUAGGCUUGUCAGUAAAAGCAAAAAUUCAAGAAACCACUGUGGUACUCCGCAGAUGUGGCCAAAAUAGUUAAAAACAAAAAGUUAGCAUUUAGGAAUUAUAAAAAAACCCAGAGUGAGGGAGACAAAAUGAUCUAUAAGAUUAGGCAGAAAGAGGCUAAGCAAGUUAUAAGAGCUUCCAAAUCACACACAGAAGAGAAAAUAGCACAGUCAGUAAAAAAGGGGGAUAAAACAUUUUUAGAUACAUAAAUGAGAAAAGAAAAGUAAAACAAGGAUUAGUUAGAUUAAAAACAAAAGAAGGAAGGUAUGUAGAAGAGGAUAAAGGUCUAGCUGACUGCCUCAAUGAAUAUUUUUGUUCUGUAUUUACAGAUGAAAAUGAAGGAAAGGGACCUCAGUUGAGAAAAGGAUAAAUGAGUCAUUUAUUACACGUGAGUUUACAGAGGAAGAGGUUCUAUUUCAACUGUCAAAAGUAAUGACAAAUAAGUCAAUGGGACCUGAUGGAAUACACCCAAAGCUAUUAAAAGAGCUUAGUGGUGUACUAGCAAAACCAUUAACAGAUUUAUUUAGCCAAUCAUUGUUAACAGGAGUAGUCCCAGAAGAGUGGAAGUUAGCGAAUGUUGUGCCCAUUUACAAGAAAGGUAAUAGGGAGGAGUCGGGCAACUAUAGGCCAGUAAGCCUUACUUCAGUAGUGGGGAAAGUGAUGGAAACCAUGUUAAAGGAUAGGAUUGAUGAACAUCUAAAAACACAUGGAUUUCAAGAUCAGAAACAACAUGGGUUUACUUCAGGGAGAUCAUGCCAAACUAAUCUUAUUGAUUUUUUUGAUUGGGUAACUAAAAUUAUAGAUCAGGGUGGUGCAGUAGACAUUGCUUACCUAGAUUUCAGUAAGGCUUUUGACACUGUUGCACAUAGAAGGCUUAUCAAUAAACUGCAAUCUUUAAGUUUGGAUUCCAAUAUUGUUGAAUGGGUAAGGCAGUGGCUGAGUGACAGGCAACAGAGGGUUGUAGUUAAUGGAAUAUAUUGAAGCUUGGACUUGUCACCAGUGGGGUACCUCAGGGAUCUGUACUUGGACCCAUUCUCUUUAAUAUUUUUAUUAGUGAUAUUGCAAAAGGUCUUGAUGGUAAGGUAUGUCUUUUUGCUGAUGAUACUAAGAUAUGUAACAGGGUUGAUGUUCCAGGAGGGAUAAGCCAAAUGACAAAUGAUUUAGGUAAACUAGAAAAAUGGUCAGAAUUGUGGCAACUGACAUUUAAUGUGGAUAAGUGCAAGAUAAUGCAUCUUGGACGUAAAAACCCAAGGGCAGAGUACAGAAUAUUUGAUAGAGUUCUAACCUCAACAUAUGAGGAAAGGGAUUUAGGGGUGAUUAUUUCUGAUGACUUAAAGGUAGGCAGACAAUGUAAUAGAGCAGCAGGAAAUGCUAGCAGAAUGCUUGGUUGUAUAGGGAGAGGUAUUAGCAGUAGAAAGAGGGAAGUGCUCAUGCCAUUGUACAGAACACUGGUGAGACCUCACUUGGAGUAUUGUACACAGUACUGGAGACCGUAUCUUCAGAAGGAUAUUGAUACCUUAGAGAGGGUUCAGAGAAGGGCUACUAAACUGGUUCAUGGAUUGCGGGAUAAAACUUACCAGGAAAGGUUAAAGGAUCUUAACAUGUAUAGCUUGGAGGAAAGACGAGACAGGGGGGAUAUGAUAGAAACAUUUAAAUACAUAAAGGGAAUCAACACAGUAAAGGAGGAGACUAUAUUUAAAGAAGAAAAACUACCACAACAAGAGGACAUAGUCUUAAAUUAGAGGGACAAAGGUUUAAAAAUAAUAUCAGGAAGUAUUACUUUACUGAGAGGGUAGUGGAUGCAUGGAAUAGCCUUCCAGCUGAAGUGGUAGAGGUUAACACAGUAAAGGAGUUUAAGCAUGCAUGGGAUAGGCAUAAGGCUAUCCUAACUAUAAGAUAAGGCUAGGGACUAAUGAAAGUUUUUAGAAAAUUGGGCAGACUAGAUGGGCCGAAUGGUUCUUAUCUGCCGUCACAUUCUAUGUUUCUAUGUUUCUAUGACACUGGAUGGCAGAUUCUUCUUCAAAGAAUAGCUUUUGUGCCCUUCCAUUUUAAAGUGAUAUGCUCUUCAAAAAACAUCUAGAUGCUUGUAUAAAGAGAGCCGUUUAAGGUUGUAAAGCCUUUCUUCCCCAAGAUAGACAUCCCAAGCAGUCCUUUACUUGUUGCCUUUUUGAGACAAAGAUUUCAUUACAUUACAGACCUGGUAGAGAAUUCUUCAAAACACAGACCUGGAUUGGAAGCCUCUUCUCUUCAAGAGGCAGUUGUGGCAGAAGAGGAUCCUCCAGACAAACCAAGCAUUUCUGAUGGUUUAUCAGCCCAGUACUUGGGGGUAGGAGCUUGACUUAAUUUUAGUUUAUUUUAGACAAGUGGGUUUUGAAAAUUCGCUGUGACGUCUGUUUCCUAGAAUUCACCACUAUUCCUCAUCCAUGAUAUCUGCCAACCAUAUUCCUCAAUACCCAGAGAAGGCAAGAGCAAUUCACGCCUUUACUUACUCCCACCUAGCAGGAAGAGUAAUCUGCCUAUUUCCUCAAGGAGAAAUGGGCAGAUUACUCUUUCUGCUAAAGCCAUCUGGAGAAUGGAGGCCAAUCUUUGAUCUUCAAAAGCUCAAUGAGCUAUUAUUUGUAGGAAGAUUCAAGAUGGGUUCUAUAUCAAUUCCUUUGUUAAAGUAAUUUCUCCAGGGAACUGGAGGAUUUCAAUAGACCUUUGAGAGUCAUUCUUUCAUGUCCUGAUUGCCCUACCUCUCCAAAAGUUUGCAGUGGAAAAUCAGCAUUCCCUAUUCUGGGCCCUUCCCUUUGGUCUCAACAUGGCCUCCAGAACCUUUUAAAAAAUCCUGGUAUCUGUAAUUAGGUUCUUUCAGCUAAAAGGCAUUUCUAUCUACCAUUAGCUAGAUGAUAUUCUAGUUCUUUCCAGCAACAAGAGUCUAAUUCUUUCUCACAAAAAUGGAGUACUUCAUCUUCUCCAAAAGGUUAAAGCUUCUCAGGUGAUGACCAAGCUGGGGGUGAAGUUUGACACAAACAGAUCUAUUGUGUUCCUGUCUUUGGAAACGGGUCAGACUCCAACAAUAAAAUUAUCCACUUUUUAUCUCUCAAAUUAAUCCCUGUCAGAGAGUUCGUGACCUUACUGGGGAGUCUAUCAUCAAAGAGAUGGGCACAAUGGCGCAUGAGUAUACCUUAAUUGGUUUUCUUUUCGCAAUUCACAAACGAAGAUCUGAAACACAUACAUUGGAUGACAAUAACAUUAAAUGACUGUCAGUCCAAUUGGGGAGCACACCUGGGUUCUCACCAUAUCCAAGGGCACGUCACUUCCGCAGGUGGUUCUUUGGUCACACAUGCACACACAGUUCAGCUAGGGGUGAGUUUAUUUCCUUAAUAGUUUUUUCCUAAUUGUGCUUCCUAUAUAUUGUGAAUUUCAUUUCAUUUACUAUAUUGAUCCUGAUGAAAGUCCCAUGUGGGGACUGAAACAUUGAUCCUAUGUUUUAACCUUGCCAAAUAAAGAAGAAUUUUAUUGGAGACCGUUAAUGCUGCCAUCACUACCUUUUUCUGGAUUUUAAAGUCCCAGGCUAAGCACCCGGCAAGUAUUCAUAUAUAUAUAUACUCAGCCUGAGUGCAAGGACUUCCUAUUAUAUAUAAGCCUGUGUGGUUGAAUAGGAGCACUCAGGCCUAACUUGUGUAGCAAGGUAGGAGCUGCUGUUGGAUCCUCAGUGUAGAAGUCCUUCUCAUCAUGGUUAAUCAGUAGUGAUCACAUAUAUUGGAUUCCUGAUGCUUGUAGUUUUUGAGUAAUGAGCUGAAAGGACUGUAUCCAGGUAAGAGUAGCUCUGCUUACAUCUUCGUAAAAGCAUAGAGAGGAAUCUUCAACUGAAACUGGCUGCUUGCCUUUCACCAAAGCUAAUAGAUUGCCCUUGUCAGUCUUUAUUGACCUGGAACAAUACUGUUUUACUCUUUUAUGUUUUACUUUUUCUGGAUUACUCCAUUUGUCUUCCUAAACAUUUCUUUUUAAAAUAAUUACCAGAUCUAUUUAUUCAAUCAAUAUUUUGACCUUAUUGUUUGUUUUGCAGUGAAAUGGUUUUCGUCACAUGGUAUCUGUUAAUGCUCUGUACAGCCAUUUGACUUUAAUGGACUGUGCUUUUAAUGUUUGUUCUGCUUGUCACAUAAUGUUACACCACUUUACAGUUAGUCAGUUAGUUGAAUGGGUUUGUCUCUUUGGCUGAAAAAGCAAAUAAAAAAGCAAUUACUGUGCGUGAUGUACAUGAAUAUGGCAUAGUAUAAUUGCCUUCCAUUAAAGUUGCAGUAUUACAUUUCCCCAAUGCACAAUAUGCCAUUUAGUGGCAACAUUAAGUAAUAAACUACAUUCAUUCUCCGUAACUCUGGUUUACAAUCCUUUUAGCCAUUUCACUUAUGUACAACAGGUAGACUAACAAACAAGGUAGACAUACAAGAAUAGACAAUGGCACAGGCACUGCGGACAUUCAUACUUUUUCUUUAGAUACCAGGACAUCCUUUCAUAUCUAUGGAUUUGCAAAUUCGUAACACCACUUUCGAUGAAACUUAUCUAAAACUCCCAUAAUAAUCCCUUUUGAAAGGGGAUAAAAACAAAAAUCUCUGCCAUGCUUAAUAUUUCUGUGUUUGUGAAAAUGAAGACAUACUUCAACAAAGUGUACGUGUCAUUUAUUUACCGUGUAGAUAGAUGCAUUGGAAAAUAAUACUGGAAUCUUACAACAAAUCACAUAUUGCCUUGUUACUUUUUUUAAAAAGUACUGCAGCCAAAAAGGAAGUACAGUGGUAUAGGCUAUUACGUUGGAACUUCAAUAAUAGAGGCUAGUGAGAAGGAAAUGGUUUGCUGUUCUCAUCAACGGACCUCAAAAACACCUUGUUCCUGAAGUUGCUAGAUUGUUGAAUGUGGUUAAAGAGCAAAAAACUUGCAUUAUGCUAUCUCCAAUGGGCUCUGAUAAAAAAAAAAUGUGCAUUCACAUUUUUUUUUUUUUUAAAUGACACAUAGGCUUUUUAAACUCACUGUUUAUAUUUCAUAAUUGUUUGCUUUCCUUGCUCAUUUUUUUCUAUAAUGUAGAGUCUGUCACAUUCCUCGGUCAAGAGUGUACCCACCACUUUCAGAGGACGUGUGUGUGUGUGUGUGUGUGUGUGUGUGAAAAUGAAAAUAACUAGAAGCUGUUUGGCACAAUAGCAGCACACUUUUGUGAAAAAGAGGUAGUUGCACUAAAUACAAUGUAAAUAUUUUAUUCACACAAUGAAAAUAUAAAAUGUAUCAAUGCACCACUAAUAAAAUGCAAGGUUACUUAAGAAAAUGCACUGAUAAAAUGAAAGUCUUGAAAAACGCUGUGUCCGGAUAAAACGUAUAGAAGUUGUUGGCAUCUUUAUCAGUUUUCAGCUGAUGUCCAGUUAUUUAUUCCAUCGGGAUAAUUUUCAUGAAAUCAUAAUUUGUAUUUAUACUUAUCUACUUUAUAGCAGUAAUAUUUAUAAUUACUAGAUGGAUCAAAUAGCAUUCUUUCAGUUGUUUUUUGUGGGACUGUGUUUUAGUGUCUAGUUGUUUUGGCUUCUAUCCAGAGAUACGAGGAAGAUAAAAUGGGAAUUGUUCAGUUAACAGUGUGAUCUUCAUGCACAAACAGGGUCUGCUGUACUCCGAAACAAUGUGAUCCUCAUGCAUUAUUAAGAUCUCCCUCCUACCAGUAAUUUUACCUUAUUGGCACUCCCUACACCCGUUAAUUUAUUCACCAAGUACCUCUGUAAUGACUCCUUUAAUAUUUCUACCUCUUGUUACUGUGGAAAUUAGAUGCUCUGUGUUAUAACUAGUUUUCAUAUUUAGCUGCUAUGUUCCUCUUCUUGGAGUACAGCUAUAGCAGUGCACUGUAUUGAUUGUGUAUUGAUACUUUUUAUAUUUGUAUUGUGUAAUGAUUUACAUUGUAUUGGCACAGCUACGUAUUUCUGAUUAAAAAAAAAAAAUUAUGGGGAGUUACAUAGUAAUCUAGAUUGAAACCAGAUUCGAGUUCAACCUUGAACCCCUAAAGAACCCUUUCCUCUGCUGUGAGCCUAAUGAACUCUAAUCUAUCGACUAUGAGGUUAGCUGUUUGUAGUGACCUUGUAUGUGUUUGUCUAGUGCAGGAAUAGGCAACCUUCGGGACUCCAGAUGUUUUGGACUACAUCUCCCAUAAUGCUCUUACACCCAUAAUGCUGGCAAAGUAUCAUGGGAGGUGUAUUCCAAAGCAUAUGGAGUGCCGAAGGUUGCCUAUGCCUGGUCUAGUGCUAUCUUAUCUCCUAUGAGACAUUGUUUAUCUAAAGAAAACAAAUGCAGUUUUUUUACCCUUUCUUCACAACUGUUUUUCAUCCCCCUCAUUCAUUUUGUAGCUUGGCUCUGCACUUUUAUAGUUUUGCAAUAUCUAUUUCAAACUAGUGCCCAAAGGUGCACCUCAUACUGAAGGUGGGGUUUUACCAUUAAAGUAUAAAGAGGUAAAAUUAUAUUUUGAUCGCGUAAAUCAAUACCCCUUUCUAUACAUGAUAGCACCUUACUAGCAUUUGCAAUAGCAGACUGGUAUUGCAUACUGUUGCCUAGUUUGUUAUCUAUAAUUGUUCCUAAGUCCUUUUCAUUUAAAGUUCUCUAUAACUCAUCUCCAUUUAAUGUAUACAUUGCUUGUGGGUUCCUUAUUGCACAUGCAUGACUUUGCAUUUAUCUGUACUCAAGGUGGUGUAUAAUGUUUAGACUGUACUAUCUUGCCUAGUUUUGUGUCAUCUGCAAAUACAAACACAUGCCUUUCAAUGCCUACUGCAAGAUUAUUUAUAAACAAAUUUUAGAGAGGUGGACCUAGGAGAGAACUGUGAAGCACUUUACUUUUGUCAAAUUUUAACAUUUUCCAUUUACAACUGCUCUAUUUUUUUGUUUUUGUUUUUAUAUUCUUUAUUUUUGUUGUGCAUAUAGGAUACAUACAAGCUGGCAAUGCCACAACAGCAAAUACCAGCAGCUCAUAGUUUACAGUAGUAUGGCGUAGAAUAAAAGAGCACAUUUUUUUCUUUUAUAACCAAGCUUGCAAUAAACAAUCAUCAGUGUGUAGAUCACGACAGACAACUAGCACAAUUCUUGAAUAACGCAAGAGAACAGAGCACGUUGCCUACUUCAGUUUAGGCAUAUAUGUCGUAAAAGCUAAGUAGGCGACGACCUGUAUCCUGUCAUGCAGGUUCGUGUAAAUGCAAUAAAACAUGCUUGUGUAUUGUAAAGUAUUAGGAAAAGUACAACUAAUGGUGCAAAAGGAGAAGACCUUCCACCAGAGUUGCAGAGGUUGUAAGAUACUUAGGGCAUAACCCCGAAUAAAUAUAAGAGAGAGAAGGACUGGAAGGGUUGAGUUAAAAAAAACAGAACCACUUGCAGACCUAGUAUCCUUAGAGAGGCUGCUCUGUUAUAGAUAAGUUUAAAUGCCUUUGUAUAUUAAGAGCAAAAAGGAAGCUAUAAAUGUUAUUCAUCCCUAGUUGGGCUAUAAACAUAACAUAAUGUGAAGAGUCAAAUAGUGAAAAAAUAAUAAUAAAGAAAAAAAAAAUAGUAAGUGAGUAAAAAUAGGACUAACCAUUAUAUCAAAUAAGUCCAAACAGUUAUUUUACAGACUAAGAGUAAUUGUAUAAAGUUUUGCACAUUAAUGCAAAAAAAAUAACUUGUCUGUAUCUAGUGCUGAAAUAGAUCUUGAUAUUUAGGUAUAACUCAAUGUUUGAUUAGAAGGCAAGCUAAGAGACAUUGUAGUGCAUAUAGUUAUAAAUUAUUUGAAAUAAGCGAUGUAAUCGGUUGCCAAUUGUAAAAAUCAAACGGAGGUAUACCCCAAGGGGUUGAUGCAUAAACGUAGAAAGAUAGAGAUAUUUGGGGAAUUAAAAGGCAGCAAAAGCCAGGUUGGCUAUCAAAUCAACCAGCUGACCUAAUAGAUACAGCCAUAAUAGGAUUCCCCCCGUUAUAAUGUCUCUGUAGUAUUACCAUCGAAUAAUAUCUCUAUGUUGCACAAUGUAAUGAGUCAUGCAGAGUGGCUCGCUCAGUGGUGAGAGCCGCUAUCGGUAUGCUGUGUGACAAUAAUAAGCGUAAAUAGGGGUAGGGGUCUAUUUGAGUGUGAUCGAAUUGCCAAUUUCAUCUGAAGUCCCAAUACAACGGCCGUAAUGUCGGGACUUCAGGUAGGCGGCUAAAACACCCACAGAUGAACUCCCUUCCCCAAAUAGAUAGCUAGCAUUCAGUAGAAGUGGCAAAAAUAAUAGGUUAAGUGAUUAAAUAAAUCAUAAGCCUAUAGAGCGAUACAUUGUUUAGAGGGUACUAAUGGAGAUUUGGGGGGUAGGGAAUCCCUACACUAACCAUCGAGAGAUAUAGAACCAGUUGUGUUAAUCCCAGAAGGGAUAUUAAAUGGUGGUAAUAAAAGUCCCCAAUAGAUUCUCCCUAAAAGGGAGAGAGUGAAUAAAAAACGGUUGUCCUAGUGAGAAGCAUCCACAGUGACAGGAACUUAGCCUAACGCGCGUUUUGGCGAUAUCAUACGCCUUUGUCAAGAGCUAGUUGCAGACUGUGCUGCGCCAUUUUUUAAACCUGUUAGACCACGCCCACUUGAGUCCGUGACGUCAGAUGAUGCUCACGGGUAGUAUCCAUGCAGGGGUGUGUCUUAUUAGGAGAGUGGGAUGUGUUGAAUUUGGCAGGGGGAGAAAAAUUAACUUCUAAAGUGACGAGAUCUUUGAAGUGAGCCUCCCAGAGCCCUUAGUAGGGAUUAAGUGAUGGUAUAUAUUAGUUCCAAAAGAUAAUUGUUGAUCGUUGAAAGUGUGUAUUUGUAACCAAGUGUGACAAUAAACAUGAAUAUAAGUAAUUAUGAAUUUGACUAGUAGUCUCUGAGUUAUACCUAAAUAUUAAGAUCUAUUUCAGCACUAGAUACAGGCAAGUUAUUGUUGCAUUAAUGUGCAACUCUUUAUACAAUUACUCUUAGUCUGUAUGAUAACUGUUUGGACUUAUUUUAUAUAACGGUUAGUCCUAUUAUUAAUCACUUACUAUUUUUUUUUGUUUAUUAUUUUUUUUACUAUUUGACUAUUCACAUUCUGUUAUGUUUAUCGCCCGACUAGGGAUUAAUAACAUUUAUAGCUUCUUUUUUGCUCUAUUGUAAAGUAUUAAUUUGGCUGGGCUAACGCAUCUGAGCAAACCGCAUAUACUGAACACAAAUAGUACGUCAGUGCUAGACAUGAGGCUAACUAAAACAAUAAACAUUUAAGAGCAAAAUAUAGUAAUCAGGCUAGAGCAUCGUGUCUAAGCAUAUGUUUGUAGUUAGGCUUGCAUCCUUUCAAAUUGGAGAAAAAUGCACUGAAUAAACAUUAUGGAGGGUAAAAAUAACCACUAGGUAGGCAUCCGAUAGUAAAAAAAUCAAAAUUAUAGACCAAAUAAAGUAAAACAUAAUGAGGCCUUCCAAGUGCUUGCAAGUUAAGCCAGAGAGGUGAGCACAGAUUCAGAGUCCAGGAUUCAGCCGAUACCGCAUGGGGGAGACUGUUUGGAUUGAUAAUGCUAGUUUGGCUGCAUUCCUGCUCCACCACUCCACAAGCCCAGGCCGGCUUAGAAGCCAGUGCCCCUGCGCAUCUAUGCCCUCUAUCUCUGGUGAUAGUCACUUGCCCGCAGGACCACACUCCCAUUAACCGUCCCACAGGGCUGUGGAAGGCAGGUGGACAUGUCCACCAUCAGGUCUUUCGGCCCAGAAGCAGAGCUGCGAUCCAUUAUUUUGUUGCAGGGUGUCAUUGGUGCAGGCUGAGUAUGUUGUUGUUGCUAUCUUCGGGCUUCAAUCCAGACCCAAAAAGGCUGUACAGACCACAUCAAGCACCACUUGAAACCUGGUUUCCCACAAAGGUUUCAGGGGCUCACCAGGUAUGGUAUCUUAAGGUUGUGCCCAGAUCUUAGCGGCAGGGUCAUCGGAUGCUGUUCCUCACUAUGAUGGCUAGUCCGUGGUGGCCAUUUUGAGAUCUCCACUGGGCCCUAGGCUUUUGUAGCUGUAAAGCCAGCUCAGGAUAGAUAGGCUUAGGGUCUCUGGUGGGGUCCGGAAUAACCCCCUUCGGACCAGGAUGGGGAAUACAGGGCUUCGGUUUCAUACAGGAUUAGACCAACCAGAUCAGGUUCCGAAGAUCGACUAUUUCUCCCAGCCAGGCCACGGAAUAGGCCUCAAAUUGUGACCACCAGUUGGCACCGGUUAGUGAGUGAUAUCACUCGAUCGGUGAUAUGCCCCAGAGUUACCAGGUGUUGGCCUGUAGCAAUAUAGGGCUGAAAGUAACUGUAUUUGGAGUAUAAAAUUUAUAAAGUUAGGAACUCAAGCAACCUGUGUCUGCUUGGCUUGAUUGUCAGGCCCCGCCCCCCAACUGCUCUAUUUUUAAGCUAGUGUUUUUUCAGCUUUAAUAGUAACCUUUUGUGUGAAACUGCAUCAAAUGCCUUAGCAAAAUUGAAGUAGAUCACUUCCAUUAGAAUACACUGAUUGAUAAUUCUACUAACUUCUUCAUAGAAUGCAAUUGUUAGUUUGACAUGACCUGACUUUCAUAAAACCAUGUCAAUUCCUGGUAAUUAUAUUGUAGUUUAAUAUGAAUUCUUGAAAAUUAUAAUGGCCCAGCAAAUAAUUUCCCAACCACAUAUGUUAAGCAGGUAUGUAGUUCCUGGGUAAAGCUUUUAAAUCCUUUUUAAAGCAAAACAUCUGCUUUUCUCCAAUAUUCUAAAAAAAUUUAAAUGCUAGUAUUGAUAUUUCUACACUAAGUCCCCUAAGCACACAUAGGUGAAUACGAUCUGGCAAUCUAUCUGAGACUUUGUUUACAUUAACUGUAUUUAAUGUCUGAAGCAUUUUAUCCUGAGGUAAGACUUUUGUAACAGGGAUUUGCAGAUCUGCAACCAUAGAUUAUUCUCCCUAUAUAUUGAAGAAAAAUGAUUUAGAUUUUUUGCCUUGUCCUGAUCCUCUUUGAUUAAUUUGCCCAACUCACUUUCCAAUGGACUAACACUUUGACUUUUAGCCUUUUUGGCAUUAAUAAAACUUUUUAGAGUUGGUAUUGCUCUCUUUGACUUUGAGAUUUUCAUUUUCAAUUUUAGCCCAUCUCAUCGCCAGCCCUAUUGGCAUGCUUGCAUUUGUUAUAGGAUGCUAUUGACCCCUCAUAUAUAAAUAUGUGUGUGUGUGUGUGUGUGUGUGUGUAUAUAUAUAUAUAUAUAUAUAUAUAUAAUAUAGUUUUGAAUGUCUUUUUCUUAUAUUUUAUCAUUUGACUGACUCUUGCACUACGCCACAUUGAUUUUAAUUUGUUUCUUUUAUAUUUGUUUCCCAAUGGUAUAUAUUGAAAAAUGUACUUUUGUACAAUUUGCUUAAAGACUUUCCAUUUCAGUUCUGUGUUUUUUUUUGUUUUUUUACCAGCGAAUAAUUCCUGCCAGUCAAUUAGUCGUAAAGAUGCCCUUAUCUUAUUAAAUUUAGCCUUUAAAAAUCUUUGUCAAACUGAUCUAAAUUUGUUUUGGAGUUGAUCUCAAAUGAUACCCUAUUAUGGUUACAAUUUCCUAAGAGCUCCCUAACGUGAAUAUUUGAAAAUAGGUCAAAUGUAUUUAUUUAUUUAUAAAAUAUUUUACCAGGAACGAUACAUUGAGAUUUCACUCGUUUUUCAAUUAUGUCCACAAAGCAAUACAAUUAAAUACAAAAAACAAUAUUAAUAUACAAUAUAUACAAAAUGUAACAUAGAACAGGUAAGAAAUAUAUAAUAAACCAUGACAGGUGCAUUCUGCUUUGAGAUAUUUAGAGAGGGAUCUCUUAAAGAACUUUAGGCUUGGAGAAGAUUUGAAAGUGUGCGGGAAGUCAUUCCAUAAUUGCGGUGCUCUGUAGGAAAAUGAGGAUCGAGACACUUUCUUUUUGUAUUGAGGUAUACUAAGUAAACUGCUGGUACUGGAUUGGAGGUUAUAGGUCGUGGGAAAGGCCAGGGAGAGCAUUCUGCUUAGGUACGGUGGGAGCUUCCCAGGAAAAGCUCUUAAACACAAGGCUGGAAAGAUGAAAAGUGAAUCUGGAUUCCAGCGACAACCAGUUCUUUUAGCACGUCACAAUGGUGGGUUCUGUAAUUACAUUGUAGCACAAAGCGGCAGAACGAGGUUAUACAAUGUAUUAAACUUAUUAAGGUGAGUUUAUGGUGCAGGUAUAUAUACUAUAUCCCCAUGAUCAAUGAUUGGCAUCCGUAUUUUCUGUACAAUCUUUUCCUUUACUGUAGGGCUUAGGCAGGAUUUGUUUCUGUACCGGGCAUCUAGUUUUGGAUAAAGUUUUGAUGCAAGAUUUUCUAUGUGGAGGCCAAAAGAUAGAUUGGGGUCUAACAUACCCAAGUUUUUGAAAGAGUGGACUGUGGUCAGUGUGCUAUUUGAUUUUGGUUUGAUGGAUAGAUGGGAAUUGUGUAAUUUGUCUAAUUUAGGUACUGUACCAAAGAUCAUUGUGACAGUUUUUUCAGUGUUUAGGAAGAGUUUUUUUUGUGAUCCACUUUUCUACCUCUGUGAACUGGUCUGGUCUUGGAGCACAGCCUCAAGCUGCGGUAGAUCGGGUUUGCUUGAAUAAAUUACUGUGUCGUCUGCAAACAUUUGUACAUUUGAGGAUUUGCAGACAUUAGGGAGAUAAUUUAUAAAUAAUGGAAUAGUAGGGGGGCGAGAAUGGAACCUUGGGGAACACCAAACGUGACUGGGAGAGGGAGGGAGUCACUAUCGGAAAUGGACACAUAUUGUGAUCAGUCCAAUGCAUAUGAUCGAAACCAGGUUAUCGGUCAAUCACUAUGUAAAUGUAAUAGUUAUUACAUGAUUCAGUUAUUGAACCAAAUAUUUUGGUGGUUGUCUGUGGUAGGAGAUAUGCAAUACUAUUAUAUAUUCCUACAGUAAAUUCAUGCCUUUAUGGGUUGUAGUUCAUAUAACAGCAUGACAUUCCUGUAAUCCCAAAAGGAAUAUCAGACAGAUCAAAGUCUGAAACAGGACAUCUAAGUGUAUUCUGUUGAACAGUUCGUGCUGCUAAUUUCAUCUACCACUGACUAAGCAAGCCCUUCCUAUGUUCAGAUCAUGAAUAAGUUAUAAGUACACUGCCUUUUUUUCAUGCUGCACUUUAUAGAAACAUAGACUGUGACAGCAGAUAUGAACCCUUUGGCCCAUCUAGUCUGCCCAAUUUUCUAAAUAUUUUAAUUAGUCCCUGACCUAAUCUUAUAUCUAGGAUAGCCCUAUGCCUAUCCUAUGCAUGCUUAAACUCCUUCACUAUCUUAACCUCUAACACUUCAUCUGGAAGGCUAUUCCAUGCAUCCACUGCCCUCUCAAUAAUCUCAGGAAUACUUCCUGAUAUUAUUUUAAAACCUUUGUCCCUCUAAUUUAAGACUAUGUCAUCUUGUUGUGGUAGUUUUUCUUCUUUUAAAUAUGGUCUCCUCAUUUAGUGUGUUGAUUCCCUUUAUGUAUUUAAAUGUUUCUAUCAUAUCCCCCCUGUCUCAUCUUUCCUCCAAGCUAUACAUGUUAAGAUCCUUUAGCCUUUUCUUGUACGUUUUAUCCUGCAAUCCAUGAACCAGUUUAGUAGCCCUAUGAACUUUUUUUCAAUCAUUUACAUACUUUGUGUUCUAGGUUUCUGGCUGCUGACAAAACAUGAAAACUUCAGAUCUCACAAACUGAUCGUGUAUCGAGGAGCAAUUAUAGAUAGCUAACAAUUAGCAAAAGACCAAAGCAGAAAUCAAAUUCCUGUCCAACAAGGAAAUCAUAUACUGUUAUUACUUGCGUAUAUAAAAUCACGGUGCACAGAGAACUUAGUAUUUUGAAUCAGUUUUGUGAUCAUAAGAGAACAGAGAAAAACUAAAAACUAAAAUACUUUUAUAUACUUGGCAAAAAUGAGACAGAUCCAUAACGUAAAAGAAUAUUGUACGGCUUGACAUUUUUCAUUCACUUAAGCUUGUAUUUGAAGUUUAUGUCAAAGUGAAUUUCUACGUUUAUCUUUCAAACAAAAAUGCAUAAAUUAUCCAUGAAAUGCCUUUGUGGCAGAAUGGAAUUACUUCAAAUUCCCUACUAGAUGGAAUUUGAAACUGUGUUAUUUGUUAUGAUUAUAUGUCUGCUCAAAUCUCCUCCUACGCGCAGGUUAUUUUGCCUGUGGCUAGUUCAUGUAUUUUAACUUGGAGCACAUCACAGAACGAACCUUUAAAUGAAGUGUUUUCAUGCAUACUACAGCUAUAUUUUUGUUUCUGCUGUUUGAAUAUACAAACCAUUUAUUAUAGCAGCAUAUAUUGUUGGUAGCCAACUCGUAGCUUUCCAGCUGUUUUGAAUUCUAACUCCCAUGAUACUUUGUCUAGCUCUGCGCUAUUCUUACACCACAACUCCUUUUGUCGAACCUAAAACAACAGAUGUGUUGCUGCAAAAAAACAUUAUUUUUUUAAUUGUUACAUUUGCCUGCGAAGCAAUACAUACACAAGCUGUAUUAUAAUCUACUUAUAUACCAGCAAUGCAUCCCUUGCUGCAAAUACAUUUUUCUACCAAAUGUGCUCAGUAGUGAAGAGUUUAAUACAUGCACGGUAAAUAUUUUGUUUUAGAAAUCAUAUUGAUUAACUAACAUUCACUUUUAUAUUCUAUUUUGGAACAAUCCUAAAACAGACCAGCUUCCCGACAGGCAGGUGGGCUGGGAUUUGACAUCAUUGUUUUCAUUUAGCUAAACAUUAAAGGAUUACCUGUAAAUGUCUAGGCAUUUGGUAGUGAACACCACAACAGCAUAAUAUUGUUUCCCUAUGGGAAAGGUGGGCUUGUACCCCAGGAAUUGUCAUAAAAAUAGACUUUCAUCAAUUUUAAUGGAAACCACACAUGUGACUUAAUGUGAUUGCUAGAAUGUUGUCUAGUCCCCUUAAAGGUGCAUUGUUAGGCUGGCACUAUCUUGGGCAAUUGUAAAGAUUGUGAUAGAGCUACAAAAGGUUUAGCCAAGCAAAAUUCAGACUAUCUAUUAAGUGAUCAUAUCAAAUGUAUUCUAAAGAAAACCUUUAGAACAUUUUUUCAAUGGAUCCUGAAAGAUAUCUUUCAAAUGAAUAUAUAACAUUAUUUAUUAUUAAUGUAAAGUUGAAAUUACAAAUUCAAAAGGUGGGGUACCAUCCAAUAAGAUUGCUAAUCUGGAAAGAUAAAAUGAAUGGGUUACAGUGGUUAAAUGGUGCAUUAAGCUUUCCCCAUUUCUGGGACACAAACCACAGCAACAUUAUGCAGUAUUAGCGGGUUUUGAUACAUCCAGGUAGGUAGAGAGCCCCCCUUUAACCAGUCAAAGAUGCUCUGGAAAUCCGUGAUCCAAAAGGGUAAUAAGUGCUCAGGCAACCCUCACCAGUUUGAGGAUGUGUGCUGACACUAUAAUAAGUUAUAUCUAUAAGGCCAUAAUAAUUGUCUCCUCAGGUGAAAAUGUACAUAAGGAAACAGAGUGAGAAGUGACUUUGUAUCAUGUAUUAUGUAUGGGAUGUCUAAUUGCCUCUGUCUCGUCUGCCUUGUUCUGCUACAGUUCAACAAAAUCUAAUCUUAACUGGGGUAGGGGAGGUCAUGCGCGGAAGAAUAUGUAGUUGCGAGGCUCCUGAGUAAGUGCUCUUAUAAGCAACCAUAUAAAGCAAAAUUAUAGUAACAUAUGAUCCACGUGUCCUGAGGGAUACCCAGAGAUAACAUCCUGAGGCUCCAAUGGAAGCCUCCAUGUCUCUGCUACUGUAGAUCAAGAUGGCAACUACAGGACUGUAUUGUUGUCAUCGAGCUCUGCAUUGAUGUAUUACUAUAUCAACUUCGGGGGCCCACAGCACUCACUUAGGCUACCUUUCAAAACCUACUAGACAAGCUGCAAACUUCCCUAAAGCAAAGCAUCCACAUGCUGAUGAUCUAAGAAAGGCUGAUGAGCUAUGAAAGGAGACACAGUGCAUAGGGAAGAGAAUCACACAUAUAGAGUGCAAAAUGGAGAGAACUGGUGUCAGCCCACAAUUCUAUUACUGACACACAUGAUGCCAUGUAUACUUGAGUAAUAGCAUCAAAAUGUAAACUUUCCUACAUUUAGGAGGAUUUCUCCAGAAGAAACAAUAUACAACUCUGUGGAACAGCUGAAUUGGUGGAUAACACCACCCUAUAUGAUUUUGUAUCCUUGCUUUUCCUGGAAAAAAGGACUUGUUACUAGAUGGGGCACAUAGACUGUCUCAACUCUGGUGAUUACCACGGUAGAAGAAGGGACUUAACGAGUGCUAUGGGACAUUCCGGUUGCCCAAGUUCUCAUCAAUGCAGCUCCCUGAACAUUUACUACCCCAAGGCUCAGGCAUGACUGGCAGCAGGAAAGACUAGCAACAUGAACGUAGGGGUUUUGGGAUUUACUUGGAAACUUGCCAGGCCACUGUGUUACCCUUUCACAGAGAUUGAGUUCUUAAGAUAAUUGUAAUGGCUUUCAAAUAUGAGGUUAUGUUUUAACUUGUUCUCUUAAAUGAUGCUUUGGGUCUGGGGAAUGAGGCAGUUGUUGGGAUGCUGAGGCGCAUCAUGGUAGUUUGAUUACAGUGGUGAAUUAGAUGUGCCCUUUUUCAAGGACUAAGACGACAACAGUGGAUAAUUCUGCCAUUUCCUUUAUGUUUAAUAAUUGAAAUAGUUGCUUUAUUUAUAUUUAAUAUUUUACAGAUGUCAAAUCCUUACACUAUUGACACAUUGACAUGCUUGACCUUCAUGGAAUACAAUAUGGUCUCCAGUAGACCUUGCCCUUAAAAUGUUAUUGAUAGCAUAACAAGUAGUGUACACACUAGAAACCGUCCUGGUACUGCCACCUGCACAAGCAGAAUUGUACAUAUUUAUUUCUGUUAUGUGUUGUACAUAGUUACCUUAUCUCUCUUUUUUUUUUUUUUCCAAAGUCCUUUUUAUCACAUACUCCCCUUUUCCACCCCCCCCCCUCCCUCCAAUACAUGACACACUUGGAUGCUCUUUGAAGGAGUCUCUGGGGCCAUCAAGCCAAUAAUACUUACAAUGGUUUGUAUUCACCCUUAAUAUAUUUGUAUAAUGCUAUUAUAUCCCUCUAAGGUACCAUUUUUCUAAAUGGUUUAACAUAUGUUGCACAGCAUAUUUAAUGUGUUUCCUUACCAUGGAUUUAUAAAGUAGCAAAAUUAUAUUUUAUUGUUGCCUAGUUUGUUGGAUGUAACAAUUCCAAGAUUUUUCUCAUGUGUUGUUAUCCCUCAUUCAUUACCAUUUAGGGUGUAGUUGCUUGUGUAUUCUUUUCCCCACGUGCAUAACUUUGCAUGUAUCUACCUUACAUUUAAUCUGCUAUUUGAGCCCAGCUCCACAAUCUAUCUAAAUGUAUCUGUAGAGAAGUAAUAUCCUGCUCACCUUAUAUUACUUUACAGUGUUUUGUAGCAUAACUUUUAAUGCCUAAUUAAAGAUCUUUAUAAAUAUGUUGAAUAGAUGAAUUAGAACAGAACUCUGGGGGACACCUGGGGGACACCACUAACCACUUUUGUCCAACUUGAAAACGUACUAUUAAUGACAACUCUCUGUACUCUAUCUUUAAGCCAGUGUUCUACUCAAGAACAUUAAUUUUUAUCUAGAACAAUUAAUUUUAGUUUGAACACUAGCCUACACGUCUGCUACAUGUCUAUAAAUUAGUCUUACUUGCCAACAAUCUUACUUUAUUUCUUCACUUUCUUUCCACAAGAGCUUCUACUUUGCUCUGUAGAAAUCUAUCCUACCCAUCAAACUUGUAACAUAUCUUAAUGAAAAUACUGAUACAUGAAGAUUGAUGUCCACUUCAAUUUUUCUCGCUCUUUAACUGAAAUGGAGGAUCCUACUCAUCUGUCUUCAUGUGCUGCAUUCUGGUACUUGUACCAGUUCUUUUACUGUACCUUUUCUAUUGCCCACUCUGUCUAGCUAACACUUCCAUGAAUAUCUGCAUGCCUUCUGGUCUCUUGAAAGCCUUUCACCUAACAAUAUCUUCAACAUCUUAAAUAUAAUAUUAUGAAUCACUUGCCCAAUCUAGAUAAACUAAUUUUUGCCAAAACACUGGGCAAAGACGGGUUGGUUUCUUUGUGUGAAACUGCAUUCCAUUUGAACUUCACAAUUCCUGUUUGCUGGGUAUGUGUACCAAUUGUGUGUUUCCAUGUCAUUCACUGUAGAAAUAAUUUAUGUGUAAUAAAGGAACACUGUAGUGUUAGGAAUAGAAAUAUGUAUUGUGUUCAUCUGCCCAUCUCCUUCUUCAUGCCUCACUCACUUAAAGGGUCAAAAACCCUCUAAACCUUUACUUGAUUCGAGCACCAAGGUCCCUCUGCACUGACUCCGUCUUGACAUUUUUGGAUAUCAACCCCAUGGGGAUCCUAAUGCAUGUGCACAUUAGGCCUUCCCCAUAGGAGAGCAUUGAAUUCAUGCUUACUAUGAGGUAUCUGAAGACGCUGAAUAUCUUCUGAGAACUUCCAGCAUCGUUUCACAGAUUAAAACUCCAUGAAAUAGCAGAAAGUGCCUCUACUGGCUGUCUUGUAGACAAUGGCUGUCUGGAAGCACCACUAAUGGAAGUCUUAACCCUGAAAUAAACAUUGCAGUUUCUCUUAAUCACCAUUUCACAAACAACCAAAUUAGCUAUUGUCCUUUUAGUUUUUUAGUGACCUUUAUUCACGCAUUCAUUCAUUUAUUCAUUAAUUAAAGCAUGGCUUGGGUGUGGUAAGCCAAUUAUCUCCUGCAUACAGAAAAUAUCUCCAUUUACAACAGUAGAAACACAUAAAAAUACAUAAUUCCUAUCAUACUGAACAGAACCCCCACAUUCAACCUAUCCCCGGAUAGCUUGGAUCUGAGUGCUGACUAUAUCUGAACACAGUCAAAUCGCCAUGGGAUUAAACCAUGGCAAGGGCUGAUGAGAGACAGAGGAGGGGCAAAACGGCUAGUUCCAACUGGUCUGGCAGUGUCCCUGGGACAACGACCUGCUGGAGAACAAUAGACAGGAAAUGGGGGAUGGGCACACCUUCCCAUGUAUUCAAAGGGGCAGAAACAGUGUUUCAAAAUCCAAUAAGCCCAAAUAAGUUUCUUAAAGGGCAAUACAUUUCAGGGGCCAUAGUCACAGGGCAGAAGGCUGGAAAUCAGUCUUCUCCAAUGCCCAGUAGCGAGGCUGGUUCCGUCACAGUAUUAUACCCUGUAUAGAGCACCUAAUAAAUACUCAGUUCCGUGCAAGUAAAAUAUAAUACCACAUAGAUACUUAAUAGCUUCCUAUGUCUAAUUUGCUAUUCCGUUUUGUGUUUGUGGGUUUUAGUGAAGUUGUUUAUAUACAUUGUUGUUUAGAUUGUGUAUUUACUUGUAUAUACGUGUAUUUAAUGAUUUUGCAAUGUUGGAUAGUUAUUUCAUUUUAAGUUAAACAUAAUUUUCCCUUAUGUAACUAAUUUGGCAAGUGGAAAAUAAUGUAUAACCAAAUUAUAAAUUUUUUGUCUAGGGUCUAUUGUCCACGUAACUGUGCCCAAGCAAGUCCACACUAUGCACGUGUGUUUGGAACAAGGAUUUAUUGUGAUGUAAGUAGCUUUAUUAUUAUAAUGCUUUUCAAUGCUUUCAGAUUAUUGAUACCAAACAAUGGAUUAUGCUAGCAUUCGAUACAAUACCAUUAUUUAUACUCCUCUCUUAUAGGUCUUGCUUCCAUGGUUGUUGCAAUCACUUAGUCAUUGAUUAAUUGCUAAUAUAGCUGUACAUAUCAUUAGGGAUUUCGAGAGGUUUCUAUGUUACAAAAACGUUUAACAACCAGCAAUUAGCCAAUGCUGAAAAUAUUAACAUAUCUCAAAAAGAUUAAUAUGAGUUGGUAAUGCUAAGUGUUGCCUGGUAUCCCAAGCUAAAUUAUAAAAAUGACUGCCUGCCACUAUCUGAAUAAUAAUAAUAAUUAUACAGUGUCCCUUUUCUCAAUUAUUAAUUUCUUAACUAAAAAAGGUGGCACCAUGUUUGCCUAAAAGAUCUGCCUUAAUGCACAUUUGAACUAAAUUGUUCUUGCAGUUUUUUUUAAAAUGUAGAAUUUCCAUUGUAUAUUCUGAAUCUUUUCAUAAAUUAUAUUAAAAUGUUAGUUUAUGUGAAAAGGCAAACCAUCAAGAUAUAUACUGUACAUUUUAUGUCUAAGUCUGCAAUUUGGAAUUUAAAAAAUGUGAGCAUUGCGUGUUUUAAAAAAGUGAGGUAUUGAAAGUACAACGUGUGAAAUAUGUGCAUAUUAAACAAUCUUGUAGAAUAAAUAUUGCAAACAUUUUAGUAGGGUUCAUUGUGUGCUCUGCAAACCGGUGUGCUUUCACAGUGCGGCUAGCCUUGUUUGGAUGGCCGAUCUAGAUCUUUUGUAAUAAAAUGAUACGAUGGUUUAGAUUUUGGUAUUUUGCUGAGUUGUACAAAAAAAGAAAUCAUUAAGCAGCUGGGUAUUUACAUUUUAUGGCAUGUAAAGAACUGAUGGAUGCCAGAGGGUUUACUAUUCAACUCUAAUGCAAAGUCAUGUAAUACCCUAUGAAAUGUUUAGACUAACUUACAGAAUAUAUUAAGCUGCCGUUACUGGCUGAGCCAACGGUGAAAUGUACAAGCUAGAUCAGAGAUUCCUUAGUUAAGAACAUGUCUUACAGAUGUAGCCAUAUUUAAAGCAUGCUUUGAAAUUAAACCUCUCUCCAUACUGAACAAAACAUGUGAAGUGCUUUCUACUGAAUACCAAAUUUGAAUCCAAUACUUUAUUUGAAGAGAUAUAUUUAAUGAUGCUUAAAAAAUUGAACAAUUAGCAAGGUUAGUUGGCUUGUUUAUCUAGUGACAGUUCUAAUUUUAGAACUUUAAUCUACAAGUCACAUUUAUUACACUAAGUAAUAGAAGAUAAAACAAUUAUGAUAGUGUGUAAGUAUGCCCAUUCCAAAAAGUUCCAUUCCAUACAGUAGGAGCACCAGAACCAUUACAGCGACAUAUAGUGGAUUUAGUGCAAGCAGACUACCCCUGCUGUCUCCGCAUUGUAAACGUUGCCUUUUCUGAGAAAAGAUUUUAGGACACCUUUGUGGCUGUCACUCAUACAGUCACUAGAGGGCACUUCCUCUUUUGGUCCUGCAAACUUUGCAUCUUCACUCCCUGCAUGAAGACACGGAAUGCUCCUAAUAGAGAUGCUAAACCAUCUUUUUAGAGAAAAUGCUGAAUGGUCCCCCCUGACCAUUGCUGUGCAGGCACAGUAGCCUCCCAAUGCUUCCCUACUCGGCGGAGGGAGUAAAUGUAAGUAAAUCUUCUUUAUUUAAAUUUUAUGUAAAUAAGUAGGGAAAAAUAAGCUUUAUUUGAAUAGGCAAAUAAACAAAAAUCUAAAUUCAGUAUUAAAAUGAUGCAUGUGGCCAGUGUGUAUUAAAGCAGCUCUGUCACCUGCUUCCCCUCAACCCUCAUAAGCUCCAAAUCUUUAUGGAAUACUUACAUUGGCUGAGUUGGAAUUUCACAAAAAUUCUAAUACAGUCAAAAUAUAAUCCUAAUACAAAGUAGCGAUUACUUUGGCUUUGUAUUUUUCCAACACUUGAAAAAACUUGACAAACAGGGAAGCUAUGUUUGUCAAGUUUUGUCAUUUCCCACAUCACUAGUGGAGGAUGCUGCAGUCACAUGGAAUCCUCCAUGGACCUCAGUGCUGUACAUUUAAGAGGAUAAAAUACUGAGGUAAACUCCUUGCAGAUGAAGCACCAGGAGCUGAAGAGGACUGCCAACAAGGUCACGGCGGCAGUUGCAAGGAAGAUGUUCAGGUGAGUAAGACUAACCUUCCCUUGCACUUUGCGGUCAACAGUCACCCAGUUGAGCAGUCACCAUUGACAGAGAUGCUUUAAAUAAAUAGCAUUAGAAGCAGUAACAAACUGCCUGAAGAGAAAACACAAUGGUUUUACAUGGUUUUCAAUGGCUUUAAUGUUUAUAUAAAUGUAGAUGAUUUUAGUUUAGUAAACUAAGCUUGUUAAAAUUAAGAGAUCAUUGUAGAUACAUACACAUCAUUAGAAUAUACAAUUUACAUACAUUAAAUCAUACUCUGAAGGGAGAUUAGAUUUUGAUAUUCAGACAGAGAGCAGAUAUGUGACAAUACACAGGAUUAUUCAAUUAAGUGAGAAUUGCCUGAAUUCAAUGUAAAUAUUUAGGAUCAUUUAGAGUAAGAAUGGUUAAAAGACACAAUAGGGCAAGAGGAGUUAGGAGACAUGGAGAAACUUACGGGGGGAGAAGAUGUUGGGAAAGAGAUAACAGGGAGGGAGGGGGUGGAGCAAGUUACGGAGAUUACUGGGGAGGGUGGAGAAAGUUGGAGGGAGAAGGUGGGAGGAGUGGGGAAAAUUACAGGAGGGAGGAGGGAGUGGAGAAAGAUUACAGGGAGGGAGGGAGUGGAGAAAAAUUACAGGAGGAGGGGAGUGGAGAAAGAUUACAGGGAGGGGAGAAGAUUACAGGGAGGUGGGAAGUGGAGAAGGUUACGGGGGAGAAGGUUACAGGGGACAAGAUUACGAGGGGGUGGAAAACUACAGGGAGGAGGGAGUGGAGAAGAUUAGGGAGUGGAGAAGAUUACAGGGGAGGGGUAGAGAAGAUUACAGAGGUGGAGAAGAUUUUGGGAAGGAGGGAGAAGAAGGGUGGAGGGAGGAAGGGAGGUGGAGAGAUUGGAGGGGAGGGAGAAAGAAGAGGAAUGGCACCAGGGAGGGGAGAGAAGAUUAUGGGGGAGGAAGAGAAGAUUAUGGGGAGGAAGAAGAUUAUGGGGGAGAAGAAGAAGUACAGGGAGAAGGGGGAGAAGAAAUUACAGGGGAGGGAGAAGAUUACAGGGAGGGAGAAGGCUAGGAGAACACAGGAGUGGAGAUGAGAAGCGUAGGGAGGAGAGACCACUAAAGGAGGGAGGGGGCGGUGGAGAAGACCACUAGGGGGGUGAGGAGAGACCACUAAGGGAGGGGGGUGGAGGAUAGACCACUAGGGGAGGGUGAGGGGAGAGGAGAGACCACUAAUGGAAAGGGGGGCAGAGGAAAGCAGAGACCACUAAGGGGGAGACGAGAGACCACUAAUGGAAAGUCGGGGAGAAAAGGAGACCACUAAGGGAGGUGGGGGGGAGAGGAGAGACCACUAAGGAGCAGGGGAGAUCUCUAAAGAAUGGAAGGGAGAGCUCUAUAGGACAGAGGGCAGGACAGAGAGCUCUUUCACACCACGCGCGCACACUCACACACACAAUGCAUCCCUAUACACACAGAACACAACAUGCUUCCCUUACACACAGAGAAACACACAAUGCAACCCUUACACAUAAAGACAAUGCAUCCUUUGCACAUAUACACAGAAACACGCAAUGCAUCCUGUGACAGAUCCAUCUGUAUAGACUAAGAUUGCUGGAUUCGUCUGUUUUGCCUGUUUCACGAAGUUACCUGUUCGUAUGCCUUUGUUCAAGUGAAUGGACUUUUCUGCCGAACAAAACUGACGAACGGACGGCCACCCAGAAGGGAAGUGUGCUGCUGGUUAACCUAUUGAUCCCAAUUAGAACGUUGUGGUUAACCACAGACACUUCUCAAUUAAAACCGAAUACCGGGUGGUCGUCGUUCCUAUGUCGACCACGAGGCGGCGGCCAUUUUAAACCAUGCGAAAGAAGAGCGGUGUUCGGCAUUGAUUUCAUGGAACUGAAAACGGACACUUUUUCAACCGGACACAGCUUGUCAGGGAUCCGCGGGCAGCACUCACCCUCAGUCCAUCGGCCCGCGGUCUCCCCUCUACUUACCUGUCGGCGAGCGGCGUCUCCUCUCUGCCGCUCGCCGCCCGCGUCCUCCACGCCCCCCAGCGGCAGCAUGUAUAACGCUGCACGCUGGGAGGUCUCUGAACUAUGUAAACGCCGGGGUCACGUGAGUGACCCGGCGUUAAAGGAACAGUACCACAAUCACAGUGGGAGGUAUAGAUAUCCCCCACGUGUGAUUGUUAAUUCUGAUUGGAAGUUAUCCAAUCAGAAUUAAACCAAGGGUAUUUAUACUUACGUUUCCUGUCCCUCAGUGCCCUGUUGUGGUCUUGUGAUACCUGUAGCGUAGUGUUCUCGUCUUGCUCUCUGGUUACUGAUUAUUUGGCUCGUUAUUCCGAUUAUCCUGUCUUCUCCACUCCUUUGACCUCGGCUUGUUUCUCGUUCUCCCGUUUUCUGGCUCCCUUUACUUGGCUUGUCUCCUGACUAUUCUUAGCGUGCUUAGCCCGGCCACUCUAAGGACCGGUAUAGCACCCUUCCUCUCUGUGACCUGUUAGCGUGUUAGGUUCCGGAAUCGUGACACCGCUGAAGCCGUCGACCUCCCUCCUCAAUCGACAGAAGUGUGCGAACAUCGGCCGUUCGGGAGGUUUAAAUGCACGAAUGGACUUACCCCAGAUAGCCUUCCCAUGGAGUCAAUCGCAUACCGAAGAACUGUAAUAGACUUUGACUCCAUGGCGAUUGAACUAUGCGUAUGGGAUCUGAGCGCUAUUCGCCAGUAAUAUGCACUCAGAUCCAGGCUAUCUGGGGAUAUGUGAUACGUAUGGUAGCAUUCGACAAAUGUAAAGUUAUCUACUUUUAUGUGUUUUUAUGUGUUGAAUUUAAAAUGGCGAUUUGCCUCUGUCCUGGAGAUAAUUGAAUUACUUCUCAAUUAUCUCUAGCGCAGAGGGGAGGAAUUACUAAUGCAUGCUGGGAAUAAUUUGUGUCUGUGGUUCCUGAACUGCCAUAUGUCUAUCUGUUGCCACAGUCUCCCAUUUGGUCCCCUAGGGGAGUGUCCACCAUGUGGGAGACCUGCAUAAAUACGGGCAGGUAGCCCAUAGUAAAGCCAGUUCUUGUUUUACCCUCCAUGCGGAGCUUGGUCUCGUUAUUGGGGGGAUUUAUUACCGACGACUAGAGACUGCUGGAUGGGAUUAUUAGCUGCUUGGGAGAUACCUCUGUUCGGCUGCUAUUGGCGAUUCGUAAAUUUGGAGCUCGUGGAGGGAAGUGCCCGUACGAACCCCGUUCGUGAGUCUACAGCGUUCUCUUGCUUGCGGUUCGUAUGAUUACACUGUAUACGCAUGCAGCCUGGGUUAUUGCGAACGGGGAGCUAUCACAAAACGGCGGUUUGUACAUUUCAUGUUGAGGGUACUGUAACACAUCCCUUACACACACAUGCAAACACACACUGCUUCUCUUACACACACACAGAAACACAAUGCAUCUCUUACACACACUCAACGCACCCCUUACAGACACACAUGGUGCAUUCCCUUACAUACACAGAAACACACUUUGCAUCCCUUAUGCAUACAAACACAGAUUCACACAAUGCAUCCCUUACAUACAACAAGAAACACACAAUACAUACCUUAUACACAAACACUCACUGCUUUCUAUCCCUUACACAAAAACACACUGCUUCCACUACACACAAACACACUGCAUCACCUACACAAAUUGGUAUCCCUAUACACUAAAUUCCAUAAGCACACACAUUAGAUCCUCUACAGUAACACAUAACACAUCCCCUAGACACUCCACUCCCUGUGAGCGAACUCAUGGGUGGACCAUGUAGGUGGACUUAUAGGUGGGCUUUAUGGGAAUACUCACUGUCAGGCCCUGGGGCCCAGACCUUGAGCUAUAUAAGAGGCCCCAAAAAAUGGAGCUGCUUCCCGUUCUCCCAGAACAUUGAAUUUUGGGAACACAGUUACAAACAGCCUCCAGAGAUCCUGUUCUACACCAGACCAGUGGAGCCAGACUGCAGCCAGAGCCAAUCACCAUCCUCACCUGAUUGUAAGUAGGCAAUCUAGUAUAUUAUUAGUGACACUAAUCUCUAAUUUACCUCACAUUAAAUGGACACUAUAGUCCCAGAACCACUGCAGCUUAAUAAAGUUGUUCUGGUGUCUAUAGUUUGUCCCUGCAGGCUUUUUAAUGUAAACACACACUAUGUGCAGCACUGGCAUUAGUUCAUAUGGCAGAUCAUAUGGGUGGGGCAUUGCGAUGUCCCGGGGAGGGGGAGAGGAGGGGCGGCAAAUCUUUCUUUUGCCUAGGGCGGCAAAAAUCCUUGAACCGGCCCUGCCAACAGGUGGCACUGUACAGGCUCCACAGCUAAAUUCACCUAGUUGAUUACAAGCAUUACGAUUAUUACAUAAACCCUGCACCCACAAUGGAUACAGGGUGACUUAAACAUAGGAGUCAUCCAGGGAUCUAAUUGAAGUGUCCAUCUUAUGCUCCCAGUGAUGGUGACUACUAUCAUAAAAGGUUAAGAGGGGAAUAAGAGACAACUAGGGGUAAGUGGUUUAGGGAGAAAUACAAAAGAGUAAAUGGGGUUAGGAGGCACAAUGGCAUAAACACAAUUUGUCAAUAACAGAUUUUUGUUUAUGCCAUUGCUGGUAUAUUAAGCAGAAAAUAAAAAAAAUCUAAUUCCACCUUGACAUAAGUAUUCAGACCCUUAACUCCAUACUUUAGUAAAGCACAUUUGGCAGUCAUUACAGCCUCAAGUCUUUUUUGAUACAACAAGCUUUGCACAGCUGGUUUUGGGUAGUUUUUGCUAUUCAUUCCUGCAGAUCCUCUGUUAUGUCAGGUUGGAUAAGGACCACUGGAGGACAGCAAUUUUCAGGUCUCUUCACAGAUGUUUGAGUCCAGGCUCUGGUUAAACCACUCAUGUACAUUCACAGAGUUACACACUCUUGUUUUGUCUUGGCUGUGAGCUUAGGGUCAUUGUACUGUUGGAAGCUGAACCUUCCCAGUCUGAGGUCUUAAGAUUUUUUAUUAAGGGUAUCUGUGUAUUUUGCUGUGUUCAGUUUUUCCUUUUCGUCCAAAUUAGAUCCAAUUGCAAUUCGUCCAAAUUAGAUCUGAUUGGGUGAUAGUUCGAAUUUCCAAACUCCAAGCCAAAAUGUAGCAAUUUCACUAAACAAUAAAAAAUGCAAUGGCAGAGCAUGUUCAUUUUGAUUCAUGAUUCAGAAUUCCACCCAUGGUGCCAAUAAAAUGAUGAUGGGGGAAAAAAAGAUAAGCCACUGGACAGUCACUAAAUGUUGAUUUUAUCAAGAUCAAGUGAGAAGUUACCAAUAUUUAUUAAAUAUAGUAUAUAAAUAUAUUGUUUUUAAUGGUCCACCUAUUUUUCAUUCUAUUGUAGCCAAAAUGAAAACUACUGCUAAAUAUCAAGAUAAUAUUUAUAUUUAUUACGUAUAUAUUUUGCAGUACACUGAUUAGUCCAUUUACACACCUCUUGGUUAAUCUGAUUUGUUUUCCAGAAUCUUUAUUCAUUAACAAAAUUUGGUUCAGCGAAACUACCAUAUGGCCAAAAUUUGGCUGUCCCAAUUUGAUUCAACUGGAAUAAAUGUUUUCUGCCCUGAACAAACAUGUUUCUAACAGUCUGGGAGUCAAUUGUGUGCUUUUUGUAAAUUCAUAGCCAUAUUUCAUGUGUCUUGCAGUGAGUAGAGACUUCCGUCUGGGCAGUCUGCCAUACAAGGCCAAACCAGUUGUGUGUUGAAGUAGUAGUUUUUCAUCCUCAAGUUUCUCCCAUCUACACACAUAAACAAACAAUUGCAGUGUAUGAAAAGUGCUAAAUAUUUCUGAUGGUGUAGGCAACUCAUAAUCUAAAAAUGCACUGCAAAUGUUAAUGUUUUAAAAGAUAAACCUUUGCCUGAUGAAAAUAUUUUCUUUAACUAAGGUUGCAUUCUGAGAUACCGGACUUGACAGCCACAAGCAAGCAUGACAACAUUUUUGUGUUACAACCAUUUGAUAGAUAUAACAAUCAGAUGGUCCUUAGUGCUGUUUUUCAUUUGUUAUUGUGACAGUGUAGUAGUGCAAUAUUGACUGUGCAAUUUAAAAAUUCUGCACUAAAAUAUAAUGAUAUACUUCUGCUUAGAUAUGGUGAGCCACCAUAAUAUCUUCAGGAAAAGCAAGAGCUCCUCAUUUAUUUUAGGUCCUGUAUUUUAAGUCCACAUUUGGAAGUCAUAGGAGCUUUCUACCAAAUAUAAACUAGUCAAUAAGACCGGUAACAAUGCUAAAAGUAUCGGAAAUUGCACGCAUAUUCGUUGAAUACCGUAUAUCAGAAACUUACAGGUGUAUUCAAUGUAAAAUAUAAAGAUUUACUCACUUUUCCUCUGUUCCAGCAUUGCCAUCUUCAUGCUUCAUGGAUGUUAUUAUUUGUGUAACACCCACAUUUGGAACAUCCUCUGCUCCUCCUCUGCUUCGUUUCUGUUCUUCUUUGAGUUGCCUGUUUGGGACACAUCUACAAGCAGGAUAAAUCUGUCGGCGCAACAUGCUGCCUUCGUUGCCAGCAUGUCAGCGUCAAAACUGGAGUGAUAUCACAUAACUCCACACCUAUACUACCUAACCAGUGCUAGGGGCUAGGGAGUUUCCAUAGAAACUGCAGCGCAUGCCCUGCGUUUGCUUUGGGAGGAGAGCUGUGGAAAGUCUCUUCUGCUCUCCCUUGUCAGUCAAUGCUUCUGCAUGCCAAGGUAAUGACUGACAGCUUGGAUAAAAAAUAUUUAAAAUAUUUUCCCCCCCUAAUCUAUACAUUAGCUAUAAAAAAUACACAACAUAUAGAUAAAAUCUUAUGCUCAGUCUAAUGAGCAUAAGUUGUUUGGGGCAUGAUAGGUUCCCUUUAACCCCUUAAGGACCAAACUUCUGGAAUAAAAUGGAAUCAUGACAUGUCACACAUGUCAUGUGUCCUUAAGGGGUUAAAGGAGAGCGAGAGGUAAUAGGAAAAUAGCCUUUCACUACCUUCUCAGAAUACAGUAAUAUUCUUACACAAUAAGCAGAUAGUGAAUAGUGAUAACACCCUCCUCGGGAGAACUAAAGAAAAGGCUAUGCAGGAGAAACAGUGCACUAUACAACAAUGAAUGAAAUAAAACUAAAUAAAUUGUAAAUACCAAUAGGAACUGUAUAUCUAUACAAUAAAUUCAAUCUCCCGGUUCCAACAAAAUAUAGGAGGGAAAACAAAGAAAGGGAGAGAAUGGAAAAACAAAUACAAAUAUACUAAUAAUGACUAAAAACAAACUGCGAGAUAUGGUGAUAGUAAGAGCAGUAGAAAAUUCCAAGCAAUUUCCAAAAAUCUUGAAAGAACUUAAAUAUAAAUAUUGUAGAGAAGAUUCUUUCAACAUUUCUGAAGAAAAAGUGGUGCAAUCCAUGUUUUCGGCCAUAUUUCUCACAAAUAUUUCUAUAUAAUAACUUGGAUCCUUUUUUUCACAGAUUUCCAGUAUCUGCAAGGCAGCACUACAUGCAGGUGUAGUCCGCAAUCACCAAGGAGGAUAUGUGGACAUUAUGCCAAUGGAUAAAAAGAGACAUUAUUUUGCAUCAACUCAAAAUGGAAUAGCUUCUGAAAGGUAUAUUUGUUCUCUACAGAAAUAUCAAAUCUAAAAAAUAAAUUUUCUUUAACAUACAAAACCACUACACCUCACUGUAGUGGCUAUACUACUUGGACUCACCUGGCUCUGACCCUUGAUUUAAUAUCAAACCAUUUAAGAACAGUUACAUAUAAAAUGAGCAUUUUUUUGGCACCAAGGUACUUCCAACCAUCUCCUAGAUAAUGCGAAAUUAAAAUUUUCUCAUUGUCAAUAACUCCCCUAAAACACUCUUAGUCAAUCAAUCUUGUCCAGGUUGGGUAAAAUGGGCAAAAAUAAUGAAAUUUUAAUUUCACAUUCUCUUUGCGGCCAAGAUGUUAAGCAGUUUGACACUAAACCGAGGGUUGACGCUAGGCGGCCAACAAGCUAUACUGGUUGUGUUGCUUAGAGUGCCACUUCAUUGAGUCUUUGCAUACAUAUUAUUUCAGGGUAUGAUAGGCAGUGGUAUAUAAAACAUGCCCGUAUAUCAUAUCUAUACAUUUAGAAGUAAUAAAACAACCAGUUGAAUGUGUUAGUCCAUUUAGUGUAUCUUACUCCCAUGCAGUGGCGUACACACAACCCAUGGGGCCCCAGUGCGAAAACUGAUCCGUGCCCUCCCCACGCGCACACUUACUCGUGGGCUGGGGCAGCAACACAUGGUGGCGGGCACCUGGUUGCAGUGGUCACAGGGUUGCGACCCCUGCAACCGCGGUAAGUACGCCAGUGCACGCAGAUACACAUACCCUUAAAGGACCACUACAGACACCCAGAUCACAUCAGCUCAAUGAUGUGGUCUGGGUGUCAGGUCCCUCUAGUUUUAACCCUGCCACUGAAAACAUAGCUGUUUCAGAGAAACUGCUAUGUUUCACUGAGGGUUAAUCCAGCCUCUAGUGGCUGUCUCAUUGACAGCCGCUAGAGGCACUUCUGCGAUUCUCACUGUGAAAAUCACAAUGAAGACACUGAACGUCCAUAGGAAAGCAUUGAGUAAUGCUUUCCUCUUGCCACGCAUGGCAUUCGGAGCUGAGAGGCGGAUCGGGGCGGAGAGAUCCCCAGCGCCAAGGGAGUUGCUUAAGACACACACACACUCUCAUGAACAGACGCAUACACAAUAGCUAACAGACACACACAUUUACUGACAGACACACACUCAGUGACAGACAUACAUACACACUCACUGACAGACAGACACACUCACUCACAAAACACACACACUAACAGACGCACACAAACUAACACACUCAGUAACAGACACACAGUAAAACACUCACUGACACACUCUAACACACACACUAACACUCACACACACACACACUCUAACACACACACACACUCUAACACACACACUUUAAAAAAAAAAAUUUAAUCCUCCCAGCUACCUUACCUGUGGGAGAGCUGAGGGGAUUCCCUGGGGUCCAGUGGUGUCACCCAGCGGGCAGGCUGGCACGCGCGCGAGGGAGCACUCUCCUCUGAGUGCUCCCUGGCGUCAUCUUCCGGCUCCGGUAUCAGUGCGAUGCGCGAGGGAGCUGAAGAGGGAGCACUCAGGGCGCCCGCCGGGUGACAGCAGGGCUAGCGGUAUGUACGCCACUGCUCCCAUGUUUUGCUCUACCUUGUAUCUCUUGCAUCCCUUUUUGUCUCUCACACCCCACUUCUGUCUCUUACCUCUCGUUUCCUUCAACAACCAUUUGUUUCUCUUGCUUUCCCCUCACUCUAUUUUGUGACACUUACAAAAUGUUGCAGAUCUGCCUUGGGGACCGUAGUAAGGCCUCUUCUUUUGUCCACUACUUGGGGCUGACUUGAAGCUACUCGUUGCUCCUAGCUAGCAACUUCCUUUCAGACUGGCUAGAGGAUAAAUAAUGUUCUGUACCACUGUUCGCAAGUCCAUUCUACACUGUGUAACUAGCAGGAGGAGGGUGUUCUGUCUGCCCCUUUUUUACAGCAGUCUACCAGACAUUGCGCUAUGUGACAAUUGGAAUAUAGGAUGCAAGCAGGAUUUUAUGUUAAAAAAUAACAACUGCAUCCUAUAUUCUGAAAAAUAUUCUACAUACAAGCAUUAUAAAGUUAGGUGAUGCAUUAAUAACGUUUUAUUGAAGUCAAAAAGUGAAAGAAAAUCCCUACUGAUUUAAAUCAAAUUCUUACGAGUGUUUUCCUAAACUCUUGCUGCAACUUAAAAAGUGCCAAUUUUUAUGCAAAUAUAGCCUAUUUGGCUAACUCAGCUAUAGUAAUAUAGUAAUAAACCUUAGGUAUAUUAUAUAUUACUUUUUGUAUUAUUAUAAACCGCAAAAUGCAUUAAUUUAUCACAGUAAAAUAAAUACAGUAAUUAAUUUCAUCCUGCAAUAUUUCUAAGAGUAGAAUAGACUAACCAUUGUUACUUGACAAAUUGUAUAACUACUGGUAUUAAUGUAGUCCAGGAGAGGCAGUGGUACUGUAAAUGCCUGUCUCCUGUAAUCUUAUAAAUCAGACCCUGACAAGCUGCUUACAGGUCAAUAAGACCCUGUGCUUUCUCCAAGUGUGUGUAAUGUAAUAUUAGAACCCCGGCCUUCCCUGCUUGACUAAAGAUUACUUUUCCAUAAGUAGUGAAUAAGAUAAAUAGUUGCAGCAGCUCACAGUCUGUAUUGAAACUCUUCUAAGUUAUUUCCUUCGCUCUUUUCAUCAGACUGAGACUAUCUAGAACAGCCUCCCCACACACCUACCCAGCUUUUGUAGAAAACUGACACCCUAGCAGCAAAACAGCUAAAUCCUAAUGUAGUGGUUUUGGUGCGUAGAUGCUGCAUCUCUGGUUCAAUGUAAAACAUUGCUCUCCAUAAUAUUAAAUCAAGCCUUUCAUCCUAUCAGGGUUGAUGCAAUAAGUAUCUUUGAGAUGUAUCACUCCUGACUAAUGAAUUAUUUUCUGUUAUUUUAUAUUUGAGAAUAAAGUUUCUAUUUGUUUUUAUUAAUCUGGAAAAUACUUAAUUUAUAAACAAACUGAGAGUUAAUUAAAAGCCACAUCCAUCCAUAAACAAUGUCACCCUAUAUCAGAAAAACACGUACAAUGGAUAUGUCUAUGGACCAGAAAGGUAUAGGGGAUAUGCUUUCUGUGGGAUAAUGUCAGGGGGAAGGGAAUAUUAGAGAAGGGUGCCUAAAAUAUUUAAAUAUAAUUGGCCACAAAGUAUGAAAUGUAUCUCCUUGGUCUCCUGGUCAAUACAUUUGUAAUAAUUGUUUAUCUUUUUUUCCAGUUUACACAACCCAAUGGGAAGCAAAGCUUUUAGAAUAUUUGCGGUAAUCUGAAAAAAAAUAACACAAAAUGGAAUAUUGAAGAAAAAAAAAUGAAAGCGCAAGAAGUAUAUGUUUAAACAUUUGUAUAAAGAUGUAUUAUUAUUGUACAGAAAAUGCUACUUAUUCUGUGUUAAUCCAAAAUACUAGUUUUUAAUCUCAAAAAGAAGGUUUGGCAAUAUGUAUCAAAAAUGGCAUCCAUUUAACUUCUUUAAAUUAAUUGUUCUCUUCAUGUUUGCUGUACAGCAUGAUCUCACAAUUAUGCCAGAAUAUUAUGCUAUGUGUACAGUGAGAUAACUGCAUGCUGAAAUCCCACUGUUUAUUAUGUUUAGAGGUAAAUUGGGUUAAUCAUCAUAAAAACAGAACACAAUUAACAAAUAUGUUACUGAAAAAAAUAAAUGAGAGAGAUUUCAUAUAUAUGUUUAGACCUCCAUUAGGUAUAAAUGUAUCAUCAAGAGAUGGCUAAAUAAGCCUAAAUUUAAAAAAUGUUUAAAUAUUUUUCUAAAUCAGCGUUUCCAAAUCUCCUAUUUUGGGAUGUUGGAAUUUGUUAAUUCUGCACUGUUGCGUAAACAAAUACUGAUUAGCUUUGUUUAGUAAAGUGUAAACUGCUGAGAAUUCAAAAUGAGCUUAAAGGGACACUAUAGUCUUAUAAUCAAUCCUUGUAAGACUUCAUAGGUAAAUUCCAGACAGAUCGAUUAGAGCACAGAAUUUGAUGUUUUGUUGCAGCUGAAAAUGAUUUGUGCAUAAGUCUAAUAGAUACAUUAACUUGCAGUUAUGCCUAUUUCCUAGGAAUAUUCUAUAAAAUAGAUUGUAUUAUGAAAAUGCAGUAUUCGUUAUUAUUUGACAAAUAUGGUGUUUACUAAACCAGGAUUUGUUGAGAAUUGAAAGGAAAAUUGUGAAUUUUAGGCCAUAAAAACAAAUUUGAUUAAACAAAUAUAUAAGCCAAUUCUUCAACUUUAUUUUUCCAGCAUAGUUAUUGAGAUCAAAGAAAAUAUAACAUAAAAAAUCAGAGCUGUGUGUUUUUGUAACUGGCAUCUUUGUUGAUGUAUCUCUCUUCAUAGAAACUGUGUUCACUAACCCUCACAAUUUGUUUUUGGUUAUAUCUUUGCUUGUCUAUUUGCCACUCUUUUUUUUUUUUUAAAUUGCCAGUCUAAAAUUUUGUAUUCCUUUUAACUGCCGAGUUGUAAUACAUAUACAGACACAUAAUGUGUCCCUCUACUAUGGUAUCAUGGUAAACUACAUGAUGACUAGCAGAGAGUAGACAAGCAGAGGAAGGGCACAUUUUGUAUCAUCACUCCUGUUUAUGCUAUAAGAAAAUAAAGAAUGGUGGUCAAAAUUAUUUAAAAUAGUUUUUCCAUUAAAAAAAAUUGUUGGCCAAGCUUGGUUAAAAUGUCCCUCAUUAUAUGCAGUGGAAAUGCAACAUUAGUGUGCUGAUUCACUAACGUCACAGCAACCAUAAAACCUUAAUUGUCCUUAGCCAAAUAUGGAUGAACAGCUUUCAGGCUAAAACAAUCUCCUUAAAUUGAUUUUUUGAUAAAAAAAAAAUGAUUUAAUUAAUGUUUGUAUAUACAAUAUGUGGCUAUUCAGCUAUUGUGACCACAAUUUAUGUUGUAGUUUGCUGAUCAUCAAUUUCAUAAAUGUAAUGGUUUCAUCUCAUUUACUAAUGCUGCUUGAUCAAGGUCACUUCAUUACUGAUCAUAAGUUAAAAUUCAAAAGUAAAAAACAAAACGUAUAUAUUUUUUUACUUGCAAUAUAUCUUUUGUUGCUGCUAAUUCAUGUAAAGAAAGGGUUAGUUUUGCUGACUUUUUCAAAGCUAGUGGUUAAGAUUUAAAAUUUUAUGUAAAUAUUGUUUGAAAACUAGUAACUAGACAAUUUAUGCAUACAAUUAUAUUUUGUUUUUGUUUAGGUUUUUAUAGAAAAUUUAAAUUACUAAUUAUAAUAAACCUUUUUUUUUUUUUUUUUUUUAUAGCCUGGCGAAUAUUCCUGCAGGCCAGGAAAUGUACAGCAUAGAUUUUUAAAGGGCAGUUGAUAUGCUUUUUAUUUCAGUUUCAGACUUGUCAUUUUUUUUUUUUUAAUGGACAGUCCGUAGUCAAUGUUUGUACCCUAAAAUGGCACACGUAGAAUAUAAUCAGUGCUCAUUCAGUUUGUGUUCAUUAAAAAAUACAGUAAUUGUGUGCCUUAAAACAAUAUAAAAUUAUACUGUUCAUUGCAGUUGAAUUUGUGUCUGUAAAUCUUUCAAUGAAACUGUUAUUUAGAACAUUGUUUUGUUGGCCAAACAUUUGUUAAUCAUUCUUUUGUAAUUAGUUCAGCUUUUUGUUUGUUUAUUUUCUAUUUGAAAGUAUGUAAUAAAGAUACGGUAUUAAAAUGCAUUGUGGUCAUACAUUGUUUUGUUCUCAUAAAAUAAAAGUUGUCUGUGUGUGCAUUUCAUAUGAGCAUACUGUAGACUAUGUUUAAAUUUAUAUCCUAAUCAAAAAAUAUUUUUUUUAAGGAACACAUUGAACACCAG